AGCCAAUGGGAAGAGAGUGGCGAGGAGUGGCAGGUUAGGCUGUGAUGGCUGAGGUGAGGGGCAGUUUCCCAGUCAGGGAGGCGGGUGGGGAGUAAGAGAAGCGCCCCAGGGAGAUUCUACACCCCCCCGGACACUUUGGGGGGUCCGAAAGAAGAAGGCCGCCCCUCCCCGCCCCAAAACUUCCCUCGUAGGAGCGUCUUCCCCCCCCAUUCCUGGGCGGGAGACCCUCCCCCAGCCCUAGGCGCCCCCUCCCCCUGCCCCCAAUAGGCCCCCUAAAUACCCCCCCCCGUUUCACAGUAGGAAUUCUAAGUUGUCCCCCCACCCCCGUUCCCAUAUUGAAUUUUUGGGUCACCCCCCCCUUUGCAACUCUCCCACCAUUUCUCACUUAGAAGCCCCCCCCCCCCCCAAUUUCACUUCACCCCUUUCAUGCCCCCAAAUUCUACCCCUCCCCUUUAUACUGAGUUUCUGGGGUUGUGUAUUAUCAUUGCCAUUAUCCUUCUUCUUGACUUUCCGGCAGCGUUUUCCCCAAGGGGCCCUCUGUCCUCCCUCCAAAUUGCACGCAGCGACAUCUGCUUUGUGGAGUUGGGAUCCCUUAAAAAACUCCCCACCGAAACCACUCACAUUUCUUCUUCAGAAGGAUGCCUUGAGACAGAAAACUCCAUCCUCCCGUCCCACCCUUGGUCGGAGUUUGAGGAAACUCGUGUCUUUACAGACUCUUCUCUCUCAAAAGAACAUUGCAAAACCUUACCUGCCCGCUUUUGCACAACAGUGCAAAACCUUACUUGCAAAACCUUACUAAGCACAGCCAAGGCUCAGCUCUUGCCCAUCCACUAUCCCCAAAUCAUCUCUUCUGGUCGCUAGGGACAUCUCCCGAUUUCUGAAAGCUGAACACAGCUGUUGGUUCAUAGCAAGAGUGGCCUGGCAGGUGCGUGGGUGGUUUCUCCCUCCCCAUUUCUUUACAUUUCCUCUUCCCCUGCCAUUUUGAAAGGAGAGGUGUCCUUAUUUCCAUUUAUCCUUUAACACCCCUAUACACUUUCCUUUGACAGAGGGGCACAGACAAGUCCUAGAGACUUGUUAGAUGUCCUGCUGACCCCUUAGCUUUUUCCUCCCGCCCUACAACACCCCAGAAAAGCCAGGAAGGGUGAAGUCGUUCUCUGAGGUUUCUCUCAUUUGACCCCUCAGUGUUUGCAUCUGCACAGUGAGUAGAGGGGUCCGUCUCCCCCCCAAGCAGUCCUCCCAUUGUUGGGAACGUUUCCCUGAAGUUAGGACGGAACGAUUGCACCCUUUGGGAGCUGGGGUGGCUCCCCGGGGUUUUCGUCAUGGCUGGUGCCAUUGCAUCGCGCAUGAGUUUCAGCUCACUGAAGAGAAAGCAGCCCAAGACCUUCACAGUGCGGAUUAUCACCAUGGAUGCUGAGAUGGAGUUCAACUGCGAGGUAACGGAGGUGGCUGUGUGUUUUGUUGAAGUUUGGGGUACUUGUGGUUAGAAUGUUGCUUAGAGGGGUGUUCUGCAUCUGCGGUGCCUUGUGCACCUCCCAAAAUGCUUUAUUAAUUUUAUCUUGGAACAUAAGUUUAAGAAGGAUGUUGAAAAGCAGGAACGCGUGCAGAGUAGGGGGACCAAGACAAUCAAGGGCCGGAAACCAAGGUUUAUGAGGAAUGGUUGAGGGAGCUGGGUCUGUUUAGCUUGGAGAAGAGAAGACUGAGAGAUGAUAUGAUAGCCAUCUUCAAAUAUCUGAAGAUGGAGUUCUGCUCCAGAGGGUAGGAACCGAACCAAUGGAUUCACAUCACAAGAAAGGAGAUUCUGGCUGAACAUUAGUAAGAACUUCCUGACGGUGAGAGUUGUUUGACAGUGGAAUGGACUCCCUUGGGAGAUGGUCAACUCUUUGCCGUUAGAAUCUUGUCUAAAAGACUCUGCCAGGGAUUCUUUUGCUGUGAUUCCUGUGUUUCUGGGGGUUGGACUAGAUUACACUUAGGGUCCCUUCUGACUCUACUGUUCUGUGAUUCUGUUUUAAGAGCCCUGCUUGAUCAGGGCAAAGGGCCAUCUAGUGUGGCAUCCUCUUCUCGCAGUGGCCAACCACCACUUGCAAGCAGGAGCCAAGUGAAACAGCAACUAUCCCCACUUGUGAUUCCCAGCAGCAACUGAGAUUUAGUGUGGGGCUUGCAUCUGCCCUGUCUCAUCCUCUGCUAAAGCAAUCCAAGCUGGCGGUAACAUCUGUCUCCUGUAGAAGAGAAUGCCAUAGUUUAAUUAUGUGCUGUGUGAAGAAUAAUUUCUUUUGUCUGUUCUGAAUCUUCCAACAUUCAGGUUCCCUGGAUAUCCCUGAGUGCUAGUGCUGGAGAGAGGGAGAAAAAACUUUCCUCUAGCCACUUUCUUCAUGCAUAAUUUUAUAUACCUCUGCCUUUUCCCCUCCCUUUUAACUCACCUUUUCUGUAAACUGAAAAGUGCCAAACGCUGUCAACCGUUCUCGUAAGGGAGUUGCCCCAAUACUCCAUUGAUGAAAAUGUGCAUAAUGGAACCCUGGUGACCCUCUCAUUUUUAAAAAAAGGAAAAGCAAUUCUGGAAUGGGUGAUUUUUCAGGAGAGAGAGCUAGCAGUGUUGGUUACCUGUUCUCUACCUGCACCUUCCCCACUCCUGAUUCCGCCUCUUUCUUAGGCUUCAAGCACGUACAGUAUUUGGAAGAAGUGAAAUAGGUUAAAGAUGGUUCAGGGUAUAAGAAUGAAGGUCUGCAAAUUGGCCAUUAAUGAUUUUCAGCAGAAAACCAGAAGGUUAAUGGCUCAUUUAGAAGUGGAACAUUUCUCCCUGGAAUAAUUAGGAGAAUAAAGAGUGCUCCCAAGUAUAUUUAUGCACAAUUUUCCUGAUGGUAUGAGCUGUUUGACAAUGGAAGAGACUGCUUUAAAAGAUAGUGGCUUCUCCUUCAUUUGAUGUGUUUAACCAGAGGCUGAACAGCCAGCAGAGUGCCUGCCUCCGUGGGGGGGGGGGUUGGACUAGAUGACGUUUUAGAUUCUUUUUUCCCCCUGGUGGGUUUUGAUUUAUGGACAUUCAAGGGCCAAGCGCUUUCUCCAUCCUUCUGUCUUCCUCUUUGCAGGAUUGAUCGUGAUCUUGAGGGUUGAUGGUGUUAGUGAGAGAUAACUGUAGGUGUGUCAAUUAUUACUGUGGUUGUUAUAAUUUAUCACCCAUCCCUUCACCCUAAGGUCCUAGGGUGGGUGACAACAACAUAAAAGCUAGUGUUAGAAAUGGCUUAGAACAACUUACAGUCGCCAGAAGGAAGGUGAUUAAAAUAGAACUAACAGGGUCUUAAAUAUGUACACCCCAAGUGCCAAAAGCCAAGGUGAAGCAACGCGUCUUCAGCGUUCACCAAAAACUGUAUAAUAAAGAUGCCAGACACACUUCUGCACUGUGUAGCACACAAAUGAAUACAGAAUGUAAUCAGAGGAGUACAAGUUCCAAUCGGUGUGGGCGUGACCCACUCCUGACUCGCAUCCGUUGGUGAUGAAUAGGAAAAACAAGAUCAGUGGUGUAACUGAAGCUGUAAAGCGACCAUAGAAAGCUGCUUUAUUCAGAGUCAGACCACUGAUCCAUCUAAUGCAGUUUUAUCUGCACUGACUGGCAGUGGCUCUCCAGGGUUUCAGCCAGGGAUCUCUCCCAGCUCUGCCUGGAGAUGCCAGGGAUUGAAUCAGGGACCUUCUGCAGGCAAAGCAGACCCCAGCUUCUCCUGUCAUUGGAAGUUAUCAUAUACCAAGACAGACUAUUCCAUCUAGCUCAGUACUGUCUGCACUGACUGGCAGCGGCUCCCCAGAGUCUCUCUCAGCCAUAAAUGGAGAUGCUGGGAAUUGAACCCGGGGCCUUCUGCAUGCAAGGCAGGUGCUCUUCCCGAAUUGCUUUCUGCUGCACACUGGAGAUUCGUAGGGUCUUGGGAGGCCAAGUACCACUGUCAAGAUCUUGCUUUUGAGUUCCACUCCAGCCGCUUCCUACCGGAGCAGCUUUUGUCUGCAGGUUGCAGACCAGCAGAGGGAGUUUGUUACCAGGCUCUUCAUUUCAGAAGCACUCUGGGGAGACUUCAAGCUUCUUCUUUGAUGCUGGCCCAGAGCAAUGUAGGCGCAGUUUGAGGUAGCUUUUUUGAUACACAGGGGCCUGUAUGCAGCAGUACAUUGAAGGUCAGAGCCGCUUGGGCUGGCUGCUGCGUGGAGGUGCUGUUGCUGCUUAUACCACAUCUUGUGGGAAGGAACAGCCAGCAGGGGAGCAUCCUUCCCAAGCAGGAUGAGGUAGUGGCAGCAGCAGCAGCAGUAGCGAUAAGGUGACAUGAUAGAAGUUCACAAAAUGAUCCAGGGCACGGAAAGAAUUGAUAGAGAACAGUGUUUCUCCCUCUUACGUAACACUAUAAUUCACAGACAUUCAAUGAACCUGAAUGUUGGAAGAUUCAGAUAAAAGAAAGGACUUGUUCACGCAGCGCAGAGUUGAAACUAUGGAACUUGCUGCCACAGGUGGCAGUGACAGCCACUGACUUGGAUGGCUUUAAAAGAGGAUUGGAUGAGUUAUUGGAAGAAAAGGCUAUCACUGGCUACUAGCUGUGAUGGCUAUGCCCUGCCUCCGUGGUCGGAGGGAGUAAUGCUUCUGAAUACCAGUUGCUGGAAACUGCAGGAGGGGAGAGGGUUCUUUUGCUUGGGUUGUGUUACCAGACUUCCCAUUGGAAUAUGGUUGGCCACUGAGAGAAGAGGAUGCCUUUGGCCUGAUCCAGCAGGUUCUUAGGUUCUUUUGAAGGUUGUUUAGUCAAGAUGACAGUGACCCUGACCAUACGAUCUUAUGCAGGCCUACUAGGAAGUAAGCCCCCUUUGAAUUUAGUGGUACCGAAUUCCCACAUAUGUCCAGGAAUGCAGCUUGAAUCAUAGACGUAUCUUCCCUUGUCCGUGGGAUAAUUUAGACUUUCUUACUAACAUAAAAAGUACACUACUUUUCUCGCCAAAACAAGAGCCCAAAACAUAACAUGAUAAAUACAAGACAGGAUAUAAGCAGCCUUGUAAAGGACGCCACCUAAUACCACACUUUUAAGAAAUCUGUGUUUAGAGGCUGUGCUUUCCCAACCAAAGCACUCUACCCAAAAGCUCGCUUUGAAAAUGGAAUCACGUCUCAACCCCUUCUGUGGCGGUCCUGGUGAACAGCAGGCUUAAAACUCAAGGAAAUGACAUGGUUGUUAUAAUUAUCCAUUACUGCUAUUUUAUAUGGAAAGAUGAAAGAGAAUGCCAUUAUUUUCUGCAGUAUAAAUAAAGCAGGGAUGGGAGAUCUCAGGGGUGGGGGCCGAAUGUGGCCCUUCAGUUCUCUUUCUAGCCCAGGGAACUCUGCCUAGGCUAUACCCCUCUGAGGCUACACCCCUCCUAGACCCUGCUACACAGCUUGAGUGUUUUUUUUCAUAGCUGGGAUGACCUUGAGCUCUGAUUGUGCUUCUUGUUUGCCUGGAUGGAGGAGUGUGCAAGUGUGUGUAGAAACUCGGCUGUUGCACAAAGCUGGAAUUUACAUUUGUUGCUCCACCCACUUUGCCUCUGCCCCACCCACCAGUGACAUGUGGUCCUUGGAAGGGUUGCCCCAAAGGGAAUAAUCCCUUGGCCCGAAAGGGGUUAACCGCCCCGGAUGUAAAGGAACAGAAGGCUGAAGAAAUCUGGAAGGCACAAUCAUUUGAGCUGUCAGAGUUCUGCCUCCUGUUUAUUGCCUUUUAAAAGCAAAUAAUUUCAGGCUUUCCCCAGGACAGAGUCCGCCCCCCCUUCAAAGAUCCACAUCCAUUUAGCUGUCCUUCUAAGUCUCUUCCAGCUCAGUGGUAUCAUGUUUGCCAUGAAGUGACAAGUUCUGUACGCGGGUGAGGGUGCUCAGUUCGGAUUUGUGUAAUGGUGUUUUGAAGAAUUUCUUCUCUUCCUGUGAUUUUUCCGUUCCGAAUUCUUACCCUGUGGAAGUGCCAACGCUGGUCCCAGCUGAUUUCCUGACCUUAACACUCUUGACAGAGAGUGCUUUUGCAAGCCUUGAGUUAAAAGCGAGCUGGAAAGCUCUACAAGAAACCGUAAUAGGGGACAGUUUUGAGCUGGCAAAUACAUCAGAGAUUACCUUACAGUUUAUUACUACUUCGGAGGCUGAAAUGCAGAAAUUGGUGAGCUUUCUUAGCUACCUAAUUCCAGCAUUUAGGUCUGAAAUUGGUUAGCUUUCUUAACAAUCAAUAGAUCACUGUUCAGAAAUGUAUUUAUACUCGUUCUACAAGGAAGGCUUGUAGCUCAGUGGUAGAGCAUCUGCCUUGCAUCCAGAAGGUCCCAGGUUCAAUCCCAGGUGGGGCUGGGAAAGACUCCCUGCCUGAAAUCCUGCAUAGUCGCUGCCAGUCAGGGUCGACAAGACUGAGCUAGAUGGACCAAUGGCUUGACUCACAAUAUGGCACCAUCCUGUGUUCCUCAGCAUCCUGAGAUUGUUAUUUGAUGAACUGGAAGAAUAAAGAUAUGACAUCCUUUAAUCAAUGGAUUGACAAUAUGACAUCACUUGCAAUUUAUGAAUGGACUGCUUACAGGCACAAACGUUUGGAUAAGCAUGAUAACAUUUGGAAUUAGUUUAUACAGAAUGUAGUAGGCUAUUAACAGUUGCAUAAGUAUUAGGAUAAUAACACUAUAUCAGUUUAUUUAAGAAUGUAUAGGAAUAUCUUUUCUUCUUCUUCUUCUUUGGUGAUCACUCGUAGCUGAGUAAGAUUGUCUUCCAUAAACAUGGUUUUAAAAGUGAGUCCAUAAGUGACUUUGGAGGCCAAUUCUGGAUCCACACGUCCUUCCACAGUGGGGACAUAGGUUUCUAGACAGGAGUUGAUCAUGGUGAGGGUUUGCCAAGUGUGCCUUCCUCUUAGUGCGUUUCUCCCUUUCGUCCUGAGUUCGAGCGACUUCAAAACCCAUGACACCUUUAGUAAAGGCAAGAGUAUAUUAUAUUGCAUUUGUGUGUGUGUGAAUUUCUUAUAUACAUAUUAGUUCCCCCCCUCACUUUUCUUUCUUUUUUCUGUCACUUAAAAAAACCCAACCAACCAACCAGCACCCUGUGUUCCUAACCUACACAUUCCCUGUGGUUCUGGGACACUUUGGAGAAGGGCUGUAGCUCAGGGGUAGAACAACUGCUUUGCAUGCAGAAGGUCCCUGGCGACUCCAGGUAGAGUUAGGAAUGUCUCCUGCCUGAAGCCCUGCAAAGCCGCUGUCAAUUUUUGUAGAGAACGCUGCACUAGGUGGACCCAAUGGCCUGACUCAGUAUAAGGGAGCUUCCUGUGUUCCUAUGGAUGAUUUAGCACAGCAGUUAACCAAAGGCAUUUGUCUUUGGGUGGUUUCCAGGUUUCAAGCGACUUCCAUUGAAAUCAGCCUGGAAGAGGAAUAAAAGGGUGUGUUUGUGUGAGAGUGAGUUUAUUCACUUCCCGAUAUCUUGUUUGCUGAACGCUGUUUGCAGGAGGUGAUGUCGUGUCAAACAAGUGCACUGACUUCAAAGUGCAUUUCUAUUGUCGCUUUUCUUAUUGCACAGGAUUCGGUUCUUCUAGGGAAGCAGGCUAGUUGCACAAGAGCUCCACAAAUCCACUUGAAUUUGCCCAACGUGAAUUGGCUGGUAGGGGAUUAAAUCCUACCUGCACAAUAGUAACAGUCUCAAUGUGUCUUGAAAGUGUUCUGUGUUUAGGACCAGGAGAGAGAGAGCUGACUAAAUGAGGGAUUGCAAAAGGUGUUUCCAGUGCAAGCCCCAAAAGUUCACAGUGAUCAUCUUCUCAUCUCUAGGCUUACAUUGUAGAAGGUAGUGAGGACAGGUAACUUCUGUAUUAAGGUUAAAAAAAAGGUAAAGGACCCCUGGAUGGUUAAGUCCAGUCAAAGGCGACCAUGGGAUUGUGGUGCUCAUCUCACUUUCAGGCCAAGGGAGCCAGUGUUUGUCCACAGACAGCUUUCCGGGUCAUGUGGCCAGUAUGACAAAACUGCUUCUGGCACAACGGAACACUGUGAUGAAAACCAGAGCGCACGGAAACACUGUUUACCUUCCCGCUGCAGCGGUACCUAUUUAUCUACUUGCACUGGCAUGCUUUCGAACUGCUAGGUUGGCAGGAGCUGAGACAGAGCAACGGGAGCUCACCCCGCUGUGGGGAUUCGAACCGUUGACCUUCAGAUUGGCAAGCCCAAGAGGCUCAGUGGUUUAGACCACAGCACCACCCGUGUCUCCUACUUCUGUAUUGUCUGUUCAACAAUGGUUGAAGGAUUUGGGGGUCAGGAAGAUUAUAAGUGAUUCCUUAACUGUGAUUCCUGCAUUGCAGGGGGUUAUUAAUAUUAUUACUGUUAUUUUUAAAAUUUCUAUACCACCCUUCAUCGGAAGAUCUCAGGGCGAUUUUCAGCCUAAAAAUAUGGAAUAAAACCACAAAGUACGUAAUGAAAACAAGAACAAACCAAACCAAUAACCCCCGUCACACAGACUAAAUGACCCUCUCAGUCCCUUCCAACUCUACAAUUCUAUAAGUCUGCUGUGACACAGACAGACCGUCUUCAUAAUAAAGCUGGUGCCACUAAGGGCUGUAUGCUUGGGGAGAACAUGCGGUAGGUACCUCUGGCCUGUGGGCCCAGCACAUGUCCUGAUUUGACCCGCGAGGUCCUUUUUCUCAGCAAAGUGUUCCCUAGGAUUGGUGUCAAAGAAAAUCAGCCUUGCCUCCCGAGGCUUUGAGGUAUUUGGAGCAGGGACCCGAAUGAUGCUCAGAGCAUGUGGGAAAAGGUCUCAAGCCAUUCGUGGCUUUAAAGGUGGAGAAGAGCACCUUGGAUUGAGCCUUGAAACUAGUUGGCAACUCACGCAAAUCACGUAGAGCCAGCAGCGCGAUAAAAUCAGAUCACCCAGGCUCCCAUCAGCAUUCUGGCUGCAUCAUGUCUGGCAACGCAUGGAAGUUUCCCAGAAUUUUCCAAGGGCAGCCCCACAUGGAGGUUAACAUGAAAUUGAGAGUCCUCAGUUGUGCAAGUGAAUCUAGAAGCAUAUCUCAAUUUAGACCUGUGUCGGCAAUGACAGUGCCUCCAGCUGCAACUGGGUAGUGUGUGUGCGUAUGUUUGCACAAUGGAUGGGGGGGGAGGCAGGUGUGUUUGUGUGUUACAAUCUGCUUCCAAUGCAUAAUCAGGGGUCAACAAACUUUUUCAGCAGGGGGCCGGUCCACUGUCCCUCAGAUUGGGGGGGGGGGGCAGACUAUAUUUUGAAGAGAAAAAAAAUGAAUGAAUUCCUAUGCCCUACAAAUAACCCAGAGAUGAAUUUUAAAUAAAAGGACACAUUCUACUCAUGUAAAAACACACUGAUUCCCGGACCGUCCGCGGGCCGGAUUUAGAAGGCUAUUGGGCCGGAUCCGGCCCCCAGGCCUUAGUUUGUCUACCCAUGGCAUAGAUUGUCUUCUUUUUUUAAGGGGUGGGAGGAUUUUACUCUGUUCAGGGCAAACUUGGAAGGGUCACUUGCCAGUAGCAGAGUUCCAUUUAUAUUUCACAUACCCCCUGUUUUGAAGAAGCUGCAUUGGUUGCCCGUAACUUCACGAUACGGUUAACUGCAAAUACUGAAGAGGCAACUUUUUAUCCUGGCCUUUGACGUUUGAGAUCUACAGUGGUACCUCGGGUUACAGACACUUCAGGUUACAGACGCUUCAGGUUACAGACUCCGCUAACCCAGAAAUAGUACCUCGGGUUAAGAACUUUAUCUCAGGAUGAGAACAGAAAUUGUUCUCUGGCGGUGCGGCAGCAGCGGAGGCCCCAUUAGCUAAAGUGGUGCUUCAGGUUAAGAACAGUUUCAGGUUAAGAACGGACCUCCGGAAUGAAUUAAGUACUUAACCCGAGGUACCACUGUAUAUUUCUAGGGCCCCCUCUAUUUCUGUCACAUGUUUUAAACUGUUUCGUAUUUUAAUUUUUUUUAACCCAUCCUGGGACCUUGGGUGAAGAGAGGUCAAUACAUUAAAAUAAUAACAAUGAUCUUAAAAAACAGGAGGAGGAGUCUAGCUGCAGUGUGGAUCAGUCCCAAGGGCAGCCCCUGGUUGAGCACAUUGCAGUAAUCUAUGCUUGAGGCCACCAAUGCUUUUUUCCUAUAACAGCCUCUCCUUUCACUCCCAUGAAACAUCUUAACAGUGCAGCUCCAUUGAAAUCUUUAGUAAUCUGAUUUACCAACCUUUUGCGGGGGUUUGCGUCGCUUUGAUUUCUGGAUUUUAUUUUUGUUGGGCGGCCUUAAUUUGAAGUUAACUGCUUUUAAAAACCAUAUCUGUUUAUUUUUUUAUUUUUAUUAAAAAAAAAUAUUUAUACAACAAGAAAAACAAACAAACAAAAAACACAAAUACCGAAUUACACACAAAUUACAAAAAUAACCAUAGACACUUAAUAUUCUUAGCAAACAAUAAAACAUCUAUUGGUCUUAACACUAAAGACCCAACCUCCCGUCUAUUCCAUACUUCAAAUUCAUAUUACUUAUUGCCAAUACACUUUUUUCCCAUAAUUAAACUUAUUCUCAUUAAAUCUAAUUUCUUAUAUCUACCUUGCAACUAUUACUGAAGUUCCUCGAAUGCUGCAACAGAAUUUAAACUACUAUAUUUAUUUUUCAGAUAUUCUUUAAAAACCUCCCAUUUAGAAACAAUUACAAAAUGAAAAUAGGGAGUUGAAAAGGGAAUGUGAUAAGAUAAGGAAAGAAACAGCAGAUCUGAAAGCGCAGCAAGAUUCAACUUUGGACUCUAUUGCGAUGUUGCAAAUGCAGAGAAGGGAGAAUACCCUAAGAUUCAGAGGACUAACAGAGGACGCAGAGGAAAUAAUUGAGAAAAAAAUCUCAAAAGAGCUAGCAGCUUGGUUAGACCUAGAAGAAGCAGAAGAUCAAACUGGAUUUUUCCCCGGACGAUUUAUGCAAUCCAAUAUUAGAUGUGUGAUUAAUGUAUUAGAAUAUUUGGAUAUUAAAAUUGAUAAACCAGCAGCUGUUAUGUUGGUGGAUGCUGAAAAAGCUUUUGAUAAUGUGUCCUGGAAGUUUAUGAAAAAAUUAAUGGAAGAAACUGGACUGGGAGAAAAUAUUUGUAAAGGAAUAAAUGCCAUCUAUUCGGAACAAUAUGCAAAAUUGAUCAUCAAUGGAAGAAUUACUGAGGAGUGCAAAAUAAACAAGGGAACCAGACAGGGCUGCCCACUGUCACCACUGAUAUUUAUCUUGGUGAUGGAAGUCUUGAACAAUCAGAUAAGAAGGGAUCAGCUUGUUAAAGGCAUCACUCUGGGAAACAAAACAUAUAAAAUUAAAGCCUUCGCGGACGAUCUACUUGUUAUGACUGAAAACCCUAAAGAAAGUCUGAAAAGAGUGCUGGAAUUGAUUAAAGAAUUUGUAGAAGUGGCAGGCUUCAAGCUGAAUAUAACAAAAACAAAAAUGCUUGUUAAAAUGUAACCACAGAAGAAAAGGACGAUUUAGAAAAAAUAUUGGGCCUGAAAAUCUCCUCAAAAGCGAAAUACCUGGGUAUUUGGAUCACCCCCAAGAACAUAAACUUAUUUCAGGAUAAGUUGGUUAAAACUUGGUUAGAGAUUAGAAAAAACUUUGUAACCUGGAGUAAACUAAAAUUAACAUUUCUGGGUAGGAUUUCCAUUAUAAAGAUGAGUGUACUUCCAAAAUUAAUCUUUUUAAUACUGGGCGAAGCAGGUUGUCUCAAGAUAUGGCAAAGAGAAAUUUCCAAAUUCCUGUGGGAAGGGAAGAAACCUAGGAUUAAACACCUGAUCUUAAUAGACAUAAAAGAGAGAGGAGGCUUUUCCCUACCCGACCUAAAACUUUACUACGAGGCAGCAUGUUUCACCUGGCUAAAAGAUUGGUGCACGUUGCAGGAUUCGGACCUCCUCGACCUGGAAGGUUUUGACAACCGUUGGGGAUGGCACGCCUACCUAAUAUAUGGAAAAGCGAAAAUUCAUAAAAACUUUACCAACCAUAUAAUAAGAAAGUCACUCUUUGCUGUAUGGGAAAAAUAUAAAGACCUGAUGGAGCCUAAAGUCCCGUGGUGGACUUCUCCAGUAGAAGCCAUAGCAGUAAAACGGAAAAAUACUCAGGAAAGCUGGCCAACAUAUAAAAUACUUCUAAAAAAUGAAGAUAACCAAAUAAAAUUACAAAACUUUGAGGAAAUAAGAGACCACAUUUCAGACUGGUUCCAAUACCAUCAGUUAUUUGAAAAAUUUAAAUCUGACAAACAAAAGGGGUUCUCAACAGAAAUUUCCCGAUUCGAAUCUGAUCUUCUAAAUUCUAAAAGAAAAACUCUUUCCAAAACUUACCGACUCCUCCUUGACUGGACAGUCAAGGAGGAGGAGGUAACUAGUGGCAAUGGUGAGGUGGUCCCAGGAUUUUGGCCACUCAAUAACCAUGGCCCAAUGGGAAAAUUUAUGGAAGAUCAAUUGGAAAUUCACAAAUUGUUACACGAUUAGAGAGAACUUUCAAAAAUGCAACAUCGAUGGUAUCUAACACCAUGGAAGCUUUCAAAAAUGUAUAAAAAUGUAUCAAGUAAUUGUUGGAGAUGCGGAGACUCAGGAACAUUCUACCAUAUGUGGUGGAUAUGUAGGAAAAUACAGGUAUUCUGGGAGAGUAUACAUGCAGAACUGCAAAAAAAUGCUAAAGAUCUCUUUCAAUAAAAAACCAGAGGCCUACCUCCUGGGAAUAACAGAUUUGGAUAUUCCACAAAAGAGGAAGGGUAUCUUUUUAUAUGCAACGGCGGCAGCAAGAGUUUUGAUCGCAGCAAAAUGGAAGAGUUAUGAAAUCCCCUCUAUUCAAGAUUGGAUCCAAAAGCUGACAGAAUAUGCUGAAUUAGAUGGUUUAUCAGAAAAAAUAAAAAAUAAAUCAAAACAGGAAUUUGUUUCUAAAACCAUAUCUGUUUAAAAUGUUUUCUUUCUGUCUAUUGUAAGCCACAUUGCGGGCCUUCACGGUGGAAAACUAGCCUUAAGAAAAAAGAGAGAAAAAGGAAAUUAUCUGUUGAACAGACCCCAGUUUCUGGUGUGGAUCAGAGCCAGGGAUUAGACUUUCCCCUCUUUUACUGUCACAAUAAAUUUCUUCCCGCUGAAUUAAAAAAAGAAUAAGUAGGCUAUAGAUAUCAACAGAUCCCGUCUGUUUGUUUAUUGAAAAGUCAGAAGCUGUCAGGAUGUUUUAACCCAGUUCAAUCAUCAUUGGAAAAACAGCUGGCGAUCUGGCAAGGCUCUCAUGUUGCCCGUUUAAGUUGUGAUGUUGGAUAAAUACCCAGGGUUAAAAAUAGCUGUCUUCUCUCCUCCUGGACACUUUCCUUAGUAUGACCUCCCUUUCCACGCUGCUGCUACCAGGAUCUGGCCCUCUACUGUUCUGCCCUUAAUCUAUCUGUCUGCACCUCGCUUCUGCUCCGACAGAGAGGGCCAGUCAAGUGCGCUUCUGUAGCUGUACCUUGCCAUGUCUGCUGUCUCCUUAGAGGUUGCACAGAAAUAGCUUUUAAUUAAAAAGUCGUUAUCAAGUUGUCGUGCAGCAUAAGUAAAUAAAAAUAGCUUUUUUUAUGGCUUCUGCUUGCAGCAUAGUUAAGUGGCUCUUUAAGGGGUUGUGGGUUUUUUGUGACAUCUGUUUGUUGAAGAGGGAAAUGAGAGGAGCUCUCCUGAUUUUCAAGCUCUCAGUGUCUCUGAAAUAUUAUGGGUUUUCUUCUGUGGCUGCUGACCUAGCUCCUGCUGCUGAUGUGUGAUACCGUUAUUGAGGACUUGUCAUACCCCAUUAUUUAUCUGUUGCUUCGGAUGCCAAUCUCUUGGAAGGUGUCUUGUAAAAUGCUCCGGUAUCUUUUCUAAACCCUUUUCAUUGCCAAUUGAGUAAUUCUAGAGAUGCCACGGUCAGCCACAGCUGGGCACAGGAUGAUGACAACGUAAGAGCAUCAGAAGACCUGCUGGAUCAGGCCAGUGGCCCAUCUUGUCCAGCACCCCGUUCUCAUAGUGGCUGACCAGGUGUCUGUGUGAAACCUGUAAGCAGGAUUUGAGCACAUGGAUGCUCCCCCCGUCCUAUAGUUUCCAGCAACUGGGACUCAGAAGUAUUUCUCCUUCUGUUGAGGCAAAGUGUACCUUGGAAGUUGAAUGGAAUCCAUUCCGGAAGUCUGCUCGACUUCCAAAACGUUCAGAAACCAAGGCAUGGCUUCCAAUUGACUGCAGGAAGUUCCUGCAGCCAAUUGGAAGCUGCGGAAGCCCCGUCGGACGUUCGGGAUCCAAAGAACGUCCGCAAACCGGAACACUCACUUCUGGGUUUGUGAAGUUUGGAAGCCAAAAUAUCCGAGUAUCAAGGUGUUUGCGAUCCAAGGUACCACUGUAGUACACCUCUUUUUUUUUUUUAAUAAUUUUUUAUUAAAGUUUUCAACAAACAAAAAAGAAAAACAACACACAUAAAAAACAAUACAAAACUUAACAGUAAAAACACAAAACAUAACAGUUAAAAACAAACUCUCUUUUCCAUUUCCAAUUUUAAAUUACUUAUUUUCUGGACUUCCUCAUACCUCCCUCUUUUGUAUUCCAAUCCACAUUAUUUGUCCAGCAGUUUCUUUUCCACUGUUUUAUUCCCAAUCUUUAAUUUAAUAAAACGUUAAAAUAUAUAACUUCAACUUUUUAAACCUAAUCCUUGAUCUUAAUGUCAUAUAGCUUUAAAUUUUUCCCUUUUAUUAUCAAAUUUCCAUUUCUUUAAACAUCUUUAAUCUUGAUCUUUAAUCUUAAUCUAUCCUUGACUUUAACCUGUACAGCUGGAAACCACUUGUUUUCAGUCCAACAUCACUCUAACAUUCCUUAACACUGUAGUACACCUCUAUACGCCAGUUGCUGGCAUUGCAAGUGGGGAGAGAGUGCUUUUGCGCUCAGGUCCUGCUCGCAGGCUUGCAAUAGGCAUCUUGUUGGCCACUGCGAGAACAUGAUGCCGUCCCAGAAGGGCCUUUGGCCAAAUCCAAUAGGGCUCUUCUGAAGUUUUCCCAUGACCCCGAGCUCUUCCAAAUAAUUUGGAGCCACAUCCCUACUGGAUCCCACUCUGCAACCUUGGCUCAUCAUGCCGUCCUGACUUCAUCUCCAUCCACAAGUGGGCUCCUCUCUCCUAACAUUUGCCAUAACUUCGUAGCGGGCCGUAAUUGCCUGAGGAGCGGCGGUGCGGCGCUUGUAGCAAGGACACUGUCCCCAUAUUAAAUUGCAUUAUCGGAGUGACGCUUUGGCUGCCUGCCAGGUGCAAAUGACUCCUGUUGCAGGUUAAUAAAUAAUGUACACCCUGUUAAUAGAUUUCCGCUCCCCCUUCCCCAAACUCUUGACAUCUUGGCUGGAGAACAAGAAGAGGCCUCCCUUCUCCCAUCGUCGACUGGUUGCUGAGUUUUAAGUGCUUACUCCUGUUUACUUUUAGAAAAACGACAACCAGGAGAUGCUGAUGAAUUGCAGGCGCUCUGCACUUAGUUGAGAUCAUAAAUCCCAGCCCUGCAAAAUAACCGGCUUGCGGCACUUAGCCCUCUUUAUAACCGGAGUUUAUCCACGUAUUCCGGCAAGACUUGCAAAUAUAUCUAACAAACCAUGUUAAGAUAAAGCUAAUGGAAUAUGACAGGACCACCUAGGAGAGAGCAUUCAUUCUCAAGCUGCUGGCUCAAUUUGGGGUGUCUCGAGGCGGAGGGAGAGAGAGAGUGGCCCCCCCCCCGCCAAGCCCCAUUACCCCCAGACGAAAGCCGGGCCAUUGCAGCCCUUGCUUUUUAUAAAUUAUGGCUCUGCCUCUAAUGCAGUUUUUAUUUUGAGGAUAUAGCUUUAUUAUAUCAUUCUGGCCACCACUCCGGAUGAUGGCGGGGGAAGAGCUGUGAUGAGGAGCCUUGCUUUUCUUUCAGUUGGUGGUGACCUUCAUCAGAUGCGUAUGCUAAAUCUCACAGCCGCAGUGAGCAAGAAUAGUGGAGUGGAUUGUUAGGAAUUCAGGAAGUUGCUUUAUACAGUGGUACCUCGGGUUAAGUACUUAAUUCGUUCCGGAGGUCCGUUCUUAACCUGAAACUGUUCUUAACUGAAGCACCACUUUAGCUAAUGGGGCCUCCCGCUGCUGCUGCGCCGCCGGAGCACGAUUUCUGUUCUCAUCCUGAAGCAAAGUUCUUAACUCGAGGUACUAUUUCUGGGUUAGCGGAGUCUGUAACCUGAAGCGUAUGUAACCCGAAGUACCACUGUACUGAGUCAGACUAUUGGUCCAUCUGGAUCAGCCUUGCCUACACUGACUGGCAGCAGCUCCCCGGUCAGAGGUCUUUCCCAGCCUUACCUGGAGAUGCCGUCGGGAAUUGAACCUGGAACGUUCUGCAUGCAAAGCCACUGAGCUACCACCGGUGUUAGAAACUCAGAUAUAUAAGCUAGGAUUUAAACUAGGCUUACAGUUGCCAAAACAGAAUGGCUCAUUGCCAUUUUGGGGCCACACAGCUUGGAAUUUUUAUUUUUCAAUUUGACUUUUCGGUUCCUGAAAUUCAUUCUGAUUGGGCAGAUAAAAUAUAAUAGAAUUCUACAGGAUGUGUUGCUGUUGUGUGAAAAUAGUCAAGAUCCAAGGAAUCCCAGGCAAGCACCUCCAGAUUGUAUAGGCAUCAGACGCCAUCCUGGCACCUGGGCAUCUUCACUUGAUCACAAGUGGUUGAUAGCCAGGUGCAAAAUGCACCUGGCGCCUGCCAAAUUUCGAACAAUCACUACCACCCUUCCCAUAAAAUAAAGAUUCUAGUCCUUAUGGGUUUAAACUGAGUUAUAUAGGAAGCUGCUUUAUACUGAGUCAGAUCAUUGGUCCAUGUAGCUCUGUAUGGUCUACACUGACUGGCAGCGGCUCCCCAGGAUUUCAGGCAGGGGUAUCUACUGGAGAUAACAGGGGUUGAACCUGGAACCUUUUGUGCCCAAAGCAAGUGUUCUGCCAUUGAGCUACGGCCCUUCCUGGUUUCCGAAUGUUGAUUGGAGGGUGCCAAGUCUGCUUUGACUUAGUGAGCACAAGGAGCAGGAAUGGUUUGAAACAAAACCCCACACAGGGCUUAAGGGCAGGAGAUAUGACUGAUGGUAAAAAGGACUGUAUUUUGAUUGCUGUGAAUGUCCAGCUAGCGUGUUUGCUGUGGGUUUCCAGGUACUGACGUGAUCACUGCCUAUACUGUGUGCUCAAAUGGUGCCCCCAAAAGGUUUUGGGUCACGUCCACACCGUGGCUUUAAUGCACAUGGUUUCCCUCAAAGAAUUCUAGGCUGUAGAAUUCCUAGAGCUACAAUUCCCAGCAACCCUUAGCAAACUACAGUGCCCAGAAUUCUUUGGGCGAAAUGAUGUGCUUUGAGUGUGCUUUAAAGGUACAGUUCGUACACAGCUUGAAUGUAGACGUAAAAGUUAUCAGAAUAAACACCUGAGGCUGCUCAAAUGCCACACAAUGCCACGGUUUCUUCUAAAUAAUCCUAGUAAACUGUAGUUUCCCAUCGCAGAGCUACAAUUCCCAGCACCCUUAGUAGACGACAGUUCCCAAGAUACUUUGGGGGAAAGCCACACGCUUCAAAUGUACAGUUCAGCUUCUCCGAAUUGGUUUUUAGCAUCCAAGCGAAGGACUCCUACCAUAUGGAAUGAGCAAAGGAGUGCCAGUAAAGUUUGAUCUUAGUUAAGCUAAUUUGCGGAAAGACGCCGAAUGCAGAUUGGUUGUUGAGCCAGUUGCUAUGCGCAGGUCCGUCUCAGAGUCUAUGGCUCUCCCAGCAGCCGUUAAAUUGGUGUUACGGCACUUGUGAGUCAAGGCAUAAAAACCUAAUAGCACCAGCAGCCAUCAAAGUGCCUGUUUAUGUGUGCGGGGCCAAACUGCCGCUGCAGGGCAGAGUAGGGCGGAAGGCUCAUUGCCAUAAAAUGUCGGCGAUCAAUAUCUUAAAACCACACUUAGAAAUCAUCCAAAUCUCUCUCUCUCUCUCUCUCUCUCUCUCUGUGUGUGUGUGUGUGUCCCCCCGCUCCCACAUCCUUGUCCUAUGCGCUAAACGCGAUGCCUGAAAAUGGUCCAAGAACUUCCCCGUUGGCUUUGUGCGGGCUUACAUAACACCCCACAUCAUUUGCAGUCUGCAGACAGGCUGCCACUUCCGAGAGGGAGGGCUUCCGCAUCGUUUGUAGUCUAAAGCGCGGCUGGAGUUUGAAAACACCAAUUCCACAGGGUGCAGACCCUGCACCUGUGGAUGAAAGCCUCUUUUCCUUGGCAAGGCUGCUGCAGGAGCCCUGCAUUUGCAAGCCCCUCCUUUCGCCGCUCCUUCCACUCCAGUGAAUGGACGGGUCGCUUUGCCACGUGAACACCAGGGCUCUCAUUUCACCGUUCUGUCUUGGCAAUAUCCAUUUGUAAAUCCAGUUAUUCUGUUUGCUUGUCUUUCCGUUGCAUUUCCCCUCUUCACCUCCAACUGCAUUCCUCUCCUGAUGCUCGUUUGUGGAUGCUCCACUGUCAGAGGCAGCAAUGAUUCUGUUCGUUGUUGGAGACCACAGAAGGUGCUCUUGUGCUUGGGUCCUGCUUACCUUUUUCUCCCACAGGCAUUUGGCUGCCCCUGUGAGAACAGGAUGCUAGGUAGGGUGAGCCAUUGGCCUCAUCCACCAGGGCUCUUAUGAUACUCUCAUAUUUUUGAGCUCAAGGCCAUUGGUGACCCCAAAUGCCAGCAAACCCAGGGGUGAAGGAAGGCUAACCAGCACCCGGUGUGGGGUGCUGGGGGCGGGGUAAACCGCCCGACAGCGCAUGUGCUACUGCGUACUGUGCAUGCACGUGCACAGUAUGUAGCGGUGCCGCACAUGCGCCCCGCAGCGGUUUGCUGAUGGCGCCGCUCAAGCGCCGUAUGGACGGCGGUGGGAUCCCGCCGCCACCGCUGCAACCACGAGCGGCAGAUCCUUCGCACGUGGCUGUGGCGGCACAAUGGUGGCGGAGCGAGCCCCCUGCAGGGUGCCUUGUCACCCCCUCAGAGAUGGCACCUGGAGCGGACCGCCCCCCACCUCCCUGCGCCACUGAGCAAACCAACAUGUCAACAAGCCAUUAUUCAUACUCCCCUCCCCCUGGCGUUGUAGGCAGCGCUGACCCACAUGGUGGCUGCUUCACAGGGCUGGUAUUCCCAUCUCUCGGUCUUAAUUUGUCCAGUUUUGUUUCUCUUGUAAUCACUAAGUGAAGCUAAACACUUUGAAAUGGCCGAGCUCGACUCAUCCUGUGCUUGCAGCUGGCAUCCAUUCAUUGUUGGUAAUGAACAACCUCUCCACCCCGAACGUAUGAAAUGGAAUAUUUUCCACCAGAAAAUAAGGCACCGGGGGGGGGGGGGGAUUCACAUCAGUGGUACUGGAAAUAAUUUUGGCGCCGGGGUGGGGGGUGCAAGGCAAAAGGAAUUAGGAUUAAAACCUCUUUUUGAUGCAGUGGGGAGCAGUAGCCACAAGUGGGCAGUGUGGAAUAACAGCUGGAGAAGGGAGAGCAGCUGGAGCAGAGCUGUUGUGCCAUGUGUGAGGAUUAAUAUUGAAUGCUAUGCCGGUGAUCCUAAGACUUGAGAGAUACUGACAAGGUGGGAGGGAGGCCCCCCUGCCUUAAUGCUUCAGAAGAGCAGCCAUAUGUCUCUCCCUGCAAUUUUAUCGAUUCCCAGAGGUAGAAAAGCACCAAGAUCUCGCUCGCUUUAUUUCCUGCUGGUGUACCAUUUUUUUAAAAACAAGCCAAAGCUUUCUUUUUAUACUGUUGAUAUGCAGCCAUGUGAAAGACCACCUCUUUUUUGACUGCUCCAAUUUCCCUUACUUUUACUCCAGGUGAAUUUCUCUGCUCCCUACUAACCCAAAGUGAACGUGUGGGUUUGCUUUAUUGCAAUACCUCCCCUUGUUAACCCGGCAGCUGGGGCUGCUGCAGUCGAGACUUUUCUUUUGGGGACCCUGCAGUCUUUUCCUUGAAAGGCCUUUUCCUGAUGAGGGCCGCACUCACUUGGCGCUGACCUGUUGUGGGGGCCGAGGGCACUUCUUCAUACAGAGCAUGGUUAAAGUAUGGAACGUGCUGCCGCAGGAGGCGGUGAUGACUGCCCGCCGACCAAGAUGGCUUUAAAAGAGAAUUAGACAAAUGCAUGACAAAUUCAUCAGCUUGGCCUCCACAGUUGGAGGCAGCAAUGCUUCUAAAUACUAGUUGCUAGAAACCGCAGGAGGGGAGAGAGCUCUUGUGCUGUAGUCCUGCUUUUGGGCUUCCCAUUGGAGUAUCUGGUUGGCCACUGUGAGAGCAGGAUGCUGGACCAGAUGGGCCACAGGCCUGAUCAAGCAGGGCUCUUUUUAGGUCUCCAUUGGCGGAUGUCGAGGCAUCUGAUUUCUGGCCCUUGACAUCCUUCUCCCUCCCUCCUCACCCAGUAGACUGAUGAGGAAGAGAUGGAAGACGCUUUCCAGACGUCUCAAGGAAGUGCUUAUGAAAUUAGGCCAAGGGGUGCAUGUGGUCUUAGGUCUGUAGCUCCUCCCCUAACUACUGUAAGGGUAGCCUGGGUAUGGGAGGCUGAACUCAGUCCUGCCUAGAUGUAUGUCAGUAUAAUACAGUCGUACCUUGGAAGUCGAACGGAAUCCAUUCCAGAAGUCCAUUUGACUUCCAAAACCUUCGGAAACCAAAGCGUGGCUUCUGGAAGCUCCUUCAGCCAAUCGGAAGCCGUGGAAGCCCCGUCGGACUUUCGGCUUCCAAAAGAAUGUUCGAAAUCUGGAGCACUCACUUUCGGUUUUCGAUCGUUCAGGAGCCAGAACGUUUGACUCCCAAGGCGUUCAGGAGCCGAGGUAUGACUGUAAUAGGUUUUCAAGGAAGUCUGUAUCUUCCCUUCAUAAGAAUAUAAGAAGAGCCCUGCUGGGUCAAGCCAAAGGCCUGGCCCAUGCAGCAUCUUCCUCUCCCAAACCAGACCACCUUUGGUCAACCAGAUGUCCAGAUGGGAAGCCCACAAAUAGGCCCUGAACACAACAGCACUCCCUCCCCAUUUGUGAUUCUCAGCAACUGAUACUCAGGGAUGCUACCACUGACAGCGGAGGGAGGCCAUAACAUAGAGCCAGGGUGGUGUAGUGGUUAGUGUGUUGGACUAGGACCUGGGAGACCAGGGUUCAAGUCCUCAGUCGGCCAUGAAGCUCACUGGGUGAUGUUGGGGCCAGUCGCUCACUCUCAGCCUAAACUAGCUCAAAGGGCUGUUGUGGGGAUUAAAUGAGGAGGGGUGGGUGGGGAAACCAUAUAUGACACUUUGAGUUCCUUGGAGUUGGGAUAUAAAUGCAAUAAAAUACGUAGAGCCCUACUGGACCAAACGUGGGGCAUCUUUUCCAGAUAUCCUGGACCCAAUCAUACAUAACAAAACCAGUCCCUGCGUAUGAAAGUCAUCUGUCUCUGCUCCUUUCUAAUACUUCCCUUUUGUUACCUGCUUUCCCAUAACCACAGCAUUAAAAAGCCCAUGCUUUAAUGCCUCCUCUCCAACUGCUUAAUUGAAGAAUAAUGCAUAUACGGGAAGGGAACGCAACUGCUACUCUAAAGAGAGAGUGAAAGCUUAAUCCUCAGGGUAACUGCCUGAUCAGGUUGCUUUAGCUGUCUCCAUAUUUCUAUGAGCAUUGCUCUGCUUACAUAACCCAUCUCCUUCUCCCUUGCUGCCCUGCAUGCUCAAAAUGUCUUCCCAAACACCUACAAUGUGCCACUUCCAUUCAGUGGAAGAUGUGCAAAGUUAACCCGGUAGAAAGCACACAGGGAUCCCAACGAGUAUACAUAUCCUUAUGAAAUGGGAUGCAUGAUUUACAGCCUUAAAUAUAAAUUUGCUGCUGCAACAGUGCACGGAGACUAACCGAUUGCUACCCUGCAGAAGAGCAACUAAAUUUUGAGAUGUGUACGCCACUGGUUAUUCUUUUACCCCCCCCCCUUUUGAGUGAAGCAUUCAAUUUGUUAGUGAAUUCCAUAGUUGUUGCAGUUCUUAUUGAAUUUUUUUACUAGCAAGUCCCAGAGUGGGUUACAAUAAUUUAAAAUACAGAAUUGAAAACAGUCAAAACCAAUUAGUCAGAGGGAUAGGGUAGGCUCUGGAAACACACAUCUCAGGGGUCAAAAGCUGGGGUAAAGAGGGGCAUCUUCAGCAUUUGCUGAAAGUUGUGUAGGGAAGGUUCUAGAUGCACCUCUGUUGGGAGUUCCACAACUUAGGGGUUGCCACAGAGAAGGCCCUCUCCUAGGUCACUCCCUGAUCCCCCUGAACUUCUGAGGGUUGCAUAAGUACAUAAGAAGAGGCUUCUGGAUCAGGGCAAUGGCCUAUCAAGUCCAGCAUCCACAGUGGCCACCGAGAUUCCUCUUCCGGGGAACCCUCAAGGAGGACCUGAGGCCAAGAGCCCUCUCCCCUCUGGUGGUUUCCAGCAAUUGAAAAGCAUUGCUUCCUCCUCCAACCAUGGAGACAGAGCAUAGCCAUCAUGGCUAGGAGCCAUUGAUUGCCUUCUCCAUGGAUUUGCAGUUGUUCUGCUCCUUGUUGCAGCUGUCCUGUGGAGCAGUGUAUGAGUCACCCAAGAGAUUGUCAGCUGCAAUGUCCUUGAUGGCAGGAGCAUUUGCCCACCAGACAGGAACCCAGUUGGAAACCCCUAAAUCAGAGAUGGGGAACCUGCAGCCUUCCAGAUGUUGUUUGAUCCCCAACUCCCAUAAUCUCCAAUUGUUGGCCGUGUUGCCUGGGGCUGGUGGGCGUUAGUUUCCACAACAACUGGAGGACUCAAAGGUCCCUGCUUUAAAUGUUACAGAACAAGCAAGCCCUGUGUUGCUUUUGUUCUUCUCCCAUGGAGGUCUUAUUUCUGCUUUUUCCAGUCUGGCGGUGGCGAUGGACACGACCACACGUCGUCCAAAGCGAACUUGUGUCUGGGAGCAGGCGGCUUUUAACUUUUGUUUCCCUUUUCCUCAGGUCAAGUGGAAAGGGAAGGACCUGUUUGACCUGGUGUGCAGGACACUGGGACUCCGCGAAACGUGGUUCUUUGGCCUGCAAUACAUGAUCAAAGACACAAUGGCGUGGCUCAAGAUGGAUAAGAAGGUAAGGACGGAACGUUCUUGUGGACAUUUCACGGAUCUGAAUGUUGGAAGGUUCAGGGCAGAGAAAAGGAAGGAAUUCUUCCUGCAACGCACAGUUAAACUAAGGAACUCGCUGCUACGGGGAGCAGUGAUGGCCACCAACUUGGAUGGCUUCAAAAGAGGAUUAGACACAUUCAUGGAGGAGAAGACAAUCAAUGGCUAUUUGCCAGGAUGGCUGUGUUCUGCCUCUACAGUUGCAGAGGCAACAGUGAUGAUGAUGAUGAUGAUAAUUUAUUAUUUAUACCCCGCCCAUCUGGCUGGGUUUCCCCAGCCACUCUGGGCGGCUUCCAACACAAUAUUAAAAUACAGUAAUGCAUCAAACAUUAAAAGCUUCCCUAAGCAGGGCUGCCUUCAGAUGUCGUCUAAAAGUCUGGUAGUUGUUGUUCUCUUUGACAUCUGCUUGGAGGGAUUCCACAGGGUGGGUGCCACCAUAAGAAGACCCUCUGCCUGGUUCCGUGUAACUUGGCUUCUCGCAGGGAGGGAACCGCCAGAAGGCCCUCGGCGCUGGACCUCAAUGUCCGGGUAGAACGAUGGGGGUGGAGACGCUCCUUCAGAUAUACUGGACUGAGGCCAUUUAGGGCUUUAAAGGUCAGCACCAACACUUUGAAUUGUGCUCGGAAAUGUACUGGGAGCCAAUGUAGGUCUUUCAAGACCGGUGUUAUGUGGUCUCGGCGGCCGCUCCCAGUCACCAGUCUAGCUGUCGCAUUCUGAUUAGUUGUAGUUUCCGGGUCACCUUCAAAGCUAGCCCCACAUAGAGCGGAUUGCAGUAGUCCAAGCGGGAGAUAACUAGAGCAUGCACCACUCUGGCAAGACAGUCCGUGGGCAGGUAGGGUCUCAGCCUGCGUACCAGAUGGAGCUGGUAAACAGCUGCCCUGGACACAGAAUUGACCUGUGCCUCCAUGGACAGCUGUGAGUCCAAAAUGACUCCCAGGCUGCGCACCUGGUCCUUCAGGGGCACGGUUACCCCAUUCAGGACCAGGGAAUCCUCCACACCUGCCCCCCUCCUGUCCCCCAAAAACAGUACUUCUGUCUUGUCAAGAUUCAACCUCAAUCUGUUAGCCGCCAUCCAUCCUUCAGCUGCCUCCAGACACUCACACAGGACCUUCACCGCCUUCACUGGUUCUGAUUUGAAGGAGGGGUAGAGCUGGGUAUCAUCCGCAUAUUGAUGGACACCCAGCCCAAACCCCCUGAUGAUCUCUCCUAGCGGCUGCAUGUAUAUGUUGAAAAGCAUGGGGGAGAGGACAGAACCCUGAGGCACCCCACAAGUGAGAGCCCAGGGGUCUGAACACUCAUCUCCCAACACUACUUUCUGAACUCGGAUUCUGAAUAUAGGAAGGGAGAGUUCUCUUGUGCUCAGGUCCUGCUUGCAGUUUUCCCAUGGGUAUCUGGUUGGCCACUGUGAGAACAAGAUGCUUGACUAGAUGGGCCGUUGGCCUGAUCCAGCAGGCUCUUCUUACUUUCUCAUGGAUUCCAUGGGGACCAGCUUCUUAGUAAACUAGCCGUAAGAUUACUGCCUCCGAUUCCUAGGUAGCAAGUGGCUGCGAAUUCAUUCCUGUAGCUCAGCUGUAACUUUUGCACUGUAAGCCUGAGUGUUAACUAUAAGUCAAGGCUAGCAUAUCUGAGCUGCAUGUAGUACUGGCUAAUUCUCUCUGGGGAAGCUUGCUCCGAGAUGGCUUUCCUCUCCUUAAUCUGUUCCCAGGCAGCUGAAGUUGGAUGACAUUUCGGGACCAGACGUAUGUUGUGCAUUAAGAGUGUUUACUCAGCGCACCGUUCCCUCUAGCUGGAUGUGUUUGCCUUGACUGAUGGGACUUUGCACUGUCUGCUACAAAAUCUGUCGAAGGCAGCGGUGUGGUGCCAAGCAAAUGCUUACGUCUUAACUAGAGACCUGGGGCUUUAAGCUAUACUGCGGUUUCCUAACUAGGGAAGCUCCGAAUAUCAGAAACAUUGCAGAAAAUAAAGAGCAAGGCCAAACUGAGAUAAGAGCAAGGAAAUCUUUAUUGGUGGAUGUCCAGUUUCUCUGGAAAAAUAGUAAAAAGUCUUUAAGUGUGUCUAAACAUUUAGAAAGGCCUAGGAAGCGCAUGGGGGGGGGUGUCUGCAGGCCAUCUCUUGCGCCAGGGGAGCAUACCAGGAAAUCUUAAAUACCCAUUGCUGAGUAUUUAUUUCAUAAAAUCUAUACGCUGCUUGAUUGUAAAGAAAUCCCUCAACGUGGAUUUCAAUUAAACAAUAAUCAGCAAAAAGAAAAAUUAACAGCGCCAAUCUAAGACUUUAAAAAAGUGAAAAUAGCAAUGGGCUGAGAACAGAUUUAAACUCGCAUCCGUUUUCUAAACAUCUGAGUCAGUCUGCUGAAACAAAAGUGUUUUUAGAAGGACCCAAAAAGUGAAGGUAACAAUAGACUGAUAACAAUAGACAGGGAGUUCCAAAGUGCAGGUCCUGCCAAAUGCGGAAUGUGUAUUAUGUGGCACCUGUAAAAGCGCCAGUUCUGCCGAUUGAAGGAGUUGAGUGGGUGUAUAUGGGGCAAAGUGAUCUAGUAGGGGAAUUAUUAAAUAUUGCUUUAAGGGAAUGAAGGACUGACCCACACCAUAAGGCUAAAGCACAUCCCAGGCACAUUUGGAAAACGUGGCUUCCUCCAAAGGAUCCCAGGAACUGCAGUUUGCCAAUCACAGAGCUACAAUUCCCAGUAUCCUUAAGAAACUUAAGGAUUCCCAGGAUUCUUUGAGAGAAGUCCUGUGCUUUAAACAGUUGCAGUGCCGAGGGCCUUCUGGUGGUUCCCUCACUGCCAGAAGCAAAGCUAAAGGGAGCCAGGCAGAAGGCAUUCUCCCACCAGAUGUCAAAGGAAAAAACAACUACCAGACUUUUAGGAGACAUCUGAAGGCAGCCCUGUUUAGGGAAGCUUUUAAUAUCUGAAGGACUAUUGUAUUUUAAUAUUUUGUUGGAAGCCUCCCAGAGUGGCUGGGGAAACCCAACCAGAUGGGCAGGGUAUAAAUAACAAAUUAUUAUUAUUAUUAUUAUUAUUAUUAUUGACGUAUGUGUAGAUUUGCCCUACAUUGUAAGGCAGCGUAGGGACUGGACUUCUGAAUCUUGGCUUCAACAUAAUGUUUUGUGCCACUGGACAGUUGCUGAAGUUCGGUCUGCUCUGUUCUGUGUUAAGAAACUAAAUGUGAUGAUCAAGGCUUUUCAUGCAUUCUUCCAAGAGAUUAAAAGGGAGAUCUAAUUCUGCAGGUCCUGGACCACGAUGUUCCAAAGGAGGAGCCGGUCACUUUUCACUUCCUGGCCAAGUUUUACCCAGAGAACGCAGAGGACGAGCUCGUUCAGGACAUCACUCAGCACCUAUUUUUCCUUCAAGUAGGUGUUUUGUAAGGGAGACUAAUGUUUGCCUGACCCAGCGGGAGGGAAAAGUGCUUUCAAGUUGGAAUGGAGGCUUUGCAUAUUUUGGCAGCCAGGAGGCAGCUGUUGUUUCUGACUUUGAAAAUCCAGCAUCUGAAAGGGAGCCCUUAAGGGUUUAAUUCUGAUGCAUUGCAAGGGGUUGGACAAGAUGUCCCUUGGGGUCCCUUCCAACUCGACAGUUCCAAUUCUGUGAUUCCAGGGUCAGAGGUGAGAGUGGGCGGAGCUGUGGGUGUGAACCUUAGCUUUGCACAGUAAGCCACAAUCCAGCCACACAAAAGCCAGCGUGGUAUAGUGGUUACAGGGUUGGACUUCAACCUGAGACCAAGGUUCAAAUCCUCACUCAGCCGAUCAUUGCCUCUCAGCCUACCCUACCUCACAGGGGUAUUGUUGGGAUUAAAUGAGGAGGAAGAGGAGAACCAUCUACGCCACCUUAAGAUCCUUGGAGUAAAAGCUGGGAUAUAAAUUCAAUAAAUAUAUAAAUAAGAAGUCAGAGGCUUUUACACCCCCCCCCCAAUCUAGGAAGAGAAGACAUUACAGUGGUACCUCGGGUUAAGUACUUAAUUCGUUCUGGAGGUCCGUUCUUAACCUGAAACUGUUCUUAACCUGAAGCACCACUUCAGCUAAUGGGGCCUCCUGCUGCCGCUGCGCUGCCAGAGCACGAUUUCUGUUCUCAUCCUGAAGCAAAGUUCUUAACCCGAGGUACUAUUUCUGGGUUAGCGGAAUCUGUAACCUGAAGCGUAUGUAACCUGAAGCGUAUGUAAUCCGAGGUACCACUGUAUUACAGUUGAAGGACACAUCCCAGUGUGACACUCAAAUGAUGUGGAAGGGGACCAGUGCUGGGUGUGGCAUGGUUUUGGGAGAGAGCCCCAAGGCUAAGAUAAAGGUCUAGAGGACUUCAUUUCCCUGCCCUAGUCUACAAUGUUGUGCCUGGAUCAGGGAAGGAGGCCUGGUCUAUUCCUGCUUCAGUUAGAUAUUUCUAUGGGAUGUUGGGUUAAGUUGCUGCCUCUCAGCCACCAUUUCGCCCUCUGUAAAAUAGGAGCAGUGACCUACCUCGCUGUGCCAAACAAUAUUUUGCAUGUUUAAACGGGGGACGGGGGGGGGCAGCAUCAAUUUGGGGUUGGAUCCAGACUUGGUUGUAUACAUAGAGUAGACCAGGGGCCACCCACGGGGAUCGUUUAACCGGCCCACGAGCCGUCCCCGAACAGAGCCACCUGCCUGGCGAGUCCCUGUCCGCUGCGCUAAAUUGGCGCAGCGCAGCGACUCGCUUCCACGGCGUUGAAAAUUGCAUCUGCGCAGACGCUGGAAAUCACGGGUGCGCAUGCAGUUCAGCCCACAGAGGGAUCUCCACUGGAGUGAACCGGCGCAGGCGAGGAAAACCUUGCCGACCUCUGGAGUAGACGCUUUGAAAAUCAUUGUGGCCGUCUGCUGGAGUUGUCUUUCUUAGCUGUGCUAUAGCUCCUGCGUUUUUUGUUUUUUAUUUAGGUGAAGAAGCAGAUAUUGGAUGAGAAGAUUUCCUGUCCCCCAGAGGCAUCUGUUCUCCUUGCCUCUUAUGCAGUCCAAGCCAAGGUAAGGACAGUGGCAUGGAUGACUAUUUUAUUUUUCAUAAAAUUUAUACACUGCUCGACUGUAAAACAAACAAACUCAACAGCUUCAAAGUGGUUUACAAAAAGAAUAAAACAGUUAAAUUAUCCAUAAAUACACUUAAAGACAGCAACUUUAAACUUUCAAAAAAGAAAUCAGUGACAAGCGAAAAAACAGAUUAAAACACACAUUAUCAUUCUACAUAUCUGGGUAGGCUAGUUGAAACAAAGAAUGUCUUUAGUAGGUACCGGAAAGAGCACAGUGAUAUCAAUAGGCAGGGAGUUCCAAAGGGUGGAUGAAGCUAAGCUGAAAGGUCAGUUUCCUACCAAUGGGGAACACAUAUCAUGUGGUACCAGUUCCACAGACUGAAUUGUUCUAGGGGGGCGUAUAACGUGGUUAAGUGACCCUAAGUUGUUACGGGCAGUGGGCGGAGCCUAAGCCAGCUGUGGGCGGGGCUAGCAAUACGGGUGCAACUCCUUGGUCUCAUUUUGAUGCUUUGUUGAAGAAACGUCAGAGUUCUCGUCUCCUAUAUCGCCACCAUGAUUUAUCGCCUUCCACCCACAUGUCUCAAGGCAGUGUCCAAAAUGCAAUAAAAACAGUUUUUAAAAAAAUCUUAGGAAAUGACAGCAGAUAAAUGCAAAAAGUAGAUACUCAUAGCAGAGACCUAUUUAUCCAGCUGGGAACACCUGUCGGGGGAAAAAACCCUCUCUACUUGUUGGCAGAAAAGUGCUGAUAGCAGGUGCCUGUUGUAUCCUGACAGGGAUGCCGUUUCACAGCUGAAAGCCCUGCUCUUAAGUUUCAGUGAAGCAGGCUUCUGAUCUCUUCGGAACUUGCGGGUCUCCUGCAGACUGCAGUGACCUACUGGGUAAAGAAGGGAUUCUGCCCAUACAGCAGUCCUCGUUUUGCUGAAGGGUCAGCACUCGCCUCGGCAAUGUGGUCAGAUACCUCAUUUUGUCGAGCAGAUGUGUGGCGUCUCAGGGCUUUGCGGCAAUCUCCAUUGAUGGCUUCUCCACGUCUUCAGCUGCAGUGGUGUGAGGAGCGGGGGGGGGGGCAGAUUCAUGCCUCGCCCCCACCUGGCAAACGUUCAUAGCUUACUAUGUUCACUGAUUAUACCGCUUCCCCACCCCCCCACCGCCUCUUGUGUCAUUUCAUUUGAAAAACGAGAGGAAAAGAACACUGCUUGUGGGGGUACAGUUGUGUAGAAAGGCGAUGCUUGAGACAUAAAUAUUGAUAAAUGCUUAUUGUUGAUGCAGUAUUCUUUGCGGCUCCAACGAUUGGUGACUAAUGCAUCUUACCUUUUCCUUAACCAAAAAAGAGAGAAGUCUUUUCAUUUAGGGAACUGACCCGCAGAGGAAGAUGAGUCUCUUAAUAAGUGUUUACAAAAGACUGCAAUGUAUUGGGCCCUGUGCACCGUCCUGCUAUUAGACCACACGGGUGAGCGUUGAUAGUCUCCUUUUGCUGCCUGUGCAUCAUGUUCUCAAGCAGGGGGUGUGUAGAACAACGCUAAUUGGCAGAAAAGUAGCUCUCUGGAGCAGACUUUGCCGUCUUCUACCUGUUGAGCUCCAAAAUCGUUAUUCCUUUGUGUGUUUUCGCCUCAGCACACGGUUGUAUAACAUUUCUUCUUCCCAUAAAGGAGCUCUUGCUCGUUUAUUUCAUCUGUUGGCCUUGUGGCUGGAAAUAUAAUGUUGUCAUGUACAUCUUUUUGAGAAACUGCAGGCAGGGGGGUUCUUUAAAUCUGCUUGUCGGUGAUGACUAGCCCUCUCACCAGUGGCCAGAUGCAGAUUGGGGGUAUGUGGGUGUCAUGAGAGGGACCAUGUGCCCCGGGCAGCAGGUUAGAGAGGUGGCAAAACCACACCCUGUGUGGUGGAUCCUGCAUUUCCCUUCUUAGAAAAGGUGGGCGUAGCCUCCGAUGUUUCUCUGAUGAAAAUAGGAACGUCCUAUUCCACAGUAAUAACAACAAUAAAUUUACUGUAAAUCUGACUGGGUUGCGCCGGCCACUUUGGGCGGCUUCCAACAUUAAAUACAUUAAACAUUAAAAAACUUCCCUGUACAGAGCUGCCUUCAGAUGUCUUCUAAAGGUUGUAUAGUUACUUAUCUCCUUGGCUUGGGGGUCGCAGGACUCCAACAUUUCCCCAGUGAAAAUAGAGACGUCAUAAGGCAUGGGUAGGCAAACUAAGGCCUGGGGGCCGGAUCCGACCCAAUCACCUUCUAAAUCUGGCCCACAGACGGUCCAGGACGGGAAUCAGCUUGUUUUUACAUGAGUAGAAUGUGUCCUUUUAUUUAAAAUGCAUCUCUGGGUUAUUUGUGGGGCCUGUCUGGUGUUUUUACAUGAGUAGAAUGUGUCCUUUUAUUUAAAAUGCAUCUCUGGGUUAUUUGUGGGGCAUAGGAAUUCGUUCAUUUCCCCCCAAAAAAUAUAGUCCGGCCCCCUGCUGAAAAAGUUUGCUGACCCCUGUCUAAGGAAAAGCGGGACAUUCCAGGAUCAAAUCAGGAAGCGGGACGGCUUCUGUAAAUUCGGGACUGUCCCUGGAAAAUAGGGGCACUUGGAAGAUUCUAGGUGGGUGGCCACCUCCCUGCUUCUUUUAAUAAGUGAGACCUGGUCAUUUACAUAAGGAAUGACCAGACAUGGGCUGCAGGUCUGCGGCACAUCUCUUCCCCCCGCCCCGCCUUUCUCCCAUGCCAUGUUGACAUCAGGACCAGACUCCUCUUUUAUGUUCCUGCUAAAACAUGUACGUGAUGUGGCUGGCUAUGGCGUAUCAACGUUGUCUUGGAAGCCGCUGUCAUUUUCUCCUUCCUCUUCCUGGAGCAGGCAAGGAGAUGGGUCUUUCCACAGAAGCCUGCAUGGGGCACAAAGGGAAGAAAUACUUUCUCUACUUUGUCCGCCCUCUGCUGGUGCCAGUGGCGCAGACCUUUGCCCUUUAGAGCAAAAUUUGUAGACCUGGCACUCUGGCAAGUUUCCCCACCCUGCAUGCCCUCCCCAAAGACUCUCCGCUAACUUUUGCUGCUCCCUCAUUCAAAACGUGUAGCACAGCCUUCCCCCAACCACAAUUCCCAUCAGCCCCAGUCAACAUGAGUCAGAUUAGCUCCCCCAAAACUGGAGGUUAGCCACCCCAGCUGUAUUACAUUCAUGCCAUUGUGCUCAUGGGCAGGUGUUUAAAAAAAGUGACUUUUUUUUAAAAAAAGGCCCAAUAAACGCCUUUUUCUCAAAGCAAUAAAUGCACCAAAUCCUUUUCCUAAAAGUGUGAGUCAUCGUCAUAAGUGACUCUGCCUGUUACGGCCUCUUGGAUUUUGUAGUAUUGCAGCUCCUUCCAGCGCUGCUGCUCCUCCCCCCUCCCCCUAUUUGUUAUUUCUGAAACUAAUAAUGUUUUGGUAUCUUGAAUAUAAAUGUGAACAAAUUUAUUUGGUGCAAGCGAAACCAGAUGUUUGCGUGACAGAAAGACAAUCUACAAGUAAAAACACAAACAUGAAUCAGUGUUCCUUCAAGAAGAACCGUUUUCGUGACACUUUUAAAUAUCUCGUUUAAUUGAAAAGCUCUCUCUGCGUGUGCUUUUUCUCUCCUAAAAGUUUGCAAGGUUACGCAAGCCAACAUAUCUUGAAGAAUGUAUGCUAUCCUUCAUUUUCACAGCCACCCACCCCCUUUCCUAAAUUUGAAUCACCAAUCCCUCAUCCUGGCUCGCUGUUGGUAAAUCACUCCCGAGCUAUUUGUUAACCGUGCUCUGAACUCAUAAGUAAGGCUGUCAGCUGAUUUAAAGAUUAUUAUUAUUGUUUAAAAAAAUGGUUUUGACUUUUCUCCAGUCAGUUAAACUUGAAUUAUUGCAAAGCUGCUGUGAAGGUGCCUUUUCCGGGGAUUCGUGAAGGAAGGUGUCUCUCUCUUAAUGUGUCUGAGAAAUACAAGGAGAGGCUGCUCAGUGUUAGAAGUCUACCUCUUAAAAAUGUCCCUCUUAAAGAUGUCAAAAUAAGGUUUGCUAGGACUAUAGAAUAUCCAGUUUGAAAGCAAAACUCUACUACCACUUUUGGUCAGUUGCAUUGUUACUCCUACUGCUGGUGUGUUGCAAAUGCACUGGCAGGAACACUAGAUUGGAUCUGCUAGUGCCUUUGCACUGUGCUGACCUUGCUGGUGUUCCUCCACUCCCAGGAAAGCAACAGCAACAGAACCGAUCAGAGUAUUGUAGCCCUGUCUGAAUUUCGUUACUGAGCAAGCAGUGGCCAGGAGUCUCCAAGGAACACUUUCUUGAGAGCAGAAUCCACAUACGAAGGCCGACAGCCCAAAGGUCAUGUAGUCCAGAUGAUCACAGAGUCAUGGGUCCAGGCCAUAAGUCAGGAAGUCCAGAUCAGGGAGCCAAGGAUCCAGCAGGAAGCAGCAAGGAAGGGCCAGGAACUACAGGAAUUGUUGGCAGCACCUGGCUGCUGCUGAGUCCUCUGUUUAUGAAGGCCAAAGCCAGCUGGUUCUCAUCAGUGCCUUCUCUCUGUGAAGGCUGAUCAGCUGCAGGUGGAGUCAUUCCACCUUCACCCCCUUCAGGCUGCUGUUCAGCAGGCGAAGCUGAUCCCUGGCCCAUGACACAGAGGUCAGGGAAGCUCAACUGUGUCAUCGUCUGCUGCUGGUUAAGUGAGCGUUGCCAUCUUCUCUGGUCUGCACCCUUUUUGUUUUUAAAAUAAAGGUCCUAACACUUUUAUCCAAAAGGGCCACCAUGCACUGAGUUUGGAUGGAAGUAGGAAGGAGAAACUGUCUUUUUUUUAGUCAUUUGCAUUCUUUGCCAAGGGGCUUAUUAAGGCAGUGGGUUUGUUUUUCUAACCCUCCUUAUUUUACGCUGCGCGAUGACUGUGAGGUGGGUCAGGUUGAGAGAUAGGGACUGGUUCAAGGUCACCCAAUGUGGAUCUAAAUCAGGGGUCAGCAAACUUUUUCAGCAGGCGGCCGGUCCACUGUCCCUCACACCUUGUGGAGGGCCAGAUUUAUAUUUUGAAUGGGGGGGGGGGAAUGAACGAAUUCCUAUGCCCCACAAAUAAAAGCACACAUUUUACUCACCAGGCAGGCCCCACAAAUAACCCAGAGAUGCAUUUUAAAUAAAAGGACAUAUUCUACUCAUGUAAAAACAUGCUGAUUCUUGGACUGCCUGUAGGCUGGAUUUAGAAGGCAAAUGGGCCGGAUCUGGCCCCCGGGCCUUAAUUCGCCUAACCAUGAUCUAAAUGGUAGUGCCAUUUAGCACCACUGCGCUGAGCAAAGACAUUUUCUACUUGCCUCGCUCCCAUAAGAGGCCACCAACCUAGAUGACGUUAAAAGAGAACUGGCAAAUUCAUGAAGGCUUUUAAGGGCUACCCGCCAUGAUGGCUAUGCUCUGCCUCCAUUAGUGGGCAUGCUUCUAAAUACCGGUCGCUAGAAACUGCAGGAGGGGAGAGUUGCUCUUGCACUCAUUGGCUGCUUGCAGGUUUCCCACAAACAUCUGGUUGGCCACUGUGAGAACAGGAGGCUGGACUAGAUGGGCUUUUGGCCUGAUCCAUCUGGUUCUUCUUACGUUCUUACGCAUUGCAACAUGUUUUCCUAGCUGUGCCGAAUUUCAUCGAUUUUUGUGCCUGCUGUUUCUGUGCUUCGAUUGAUGAAUGGAUUGAUUGCAAUUUUAUGAUGAUGAUUGAUCGCAUGUCCCAUCAGGUGUCUUAUACUGAAAGGUGGCAUAGAGAUUAUAGAAGCAAUAAGAAACAUACUGAUUGAAAUCCACCUAGCCCAUAAUCAAUCUGUGAUGGACUCUGGAGUUGCACUGAUGAAUCUGUUAAAAGCCCUCCCCAUAAUUUUUAGUAUUUUCGACUGCCCGAAACUGUAAAUCCAUUUUCCUUGGACAUAAAUGAGACGCUUUGGACCACACCCUUCUCUUGGUGGUUGGGUUCCCCCUGAAUAUCUCUGCUCCUACAGAAACCAGUGGGGAGCUGUCAGGUGCCCAGCACCGCCCUGGAUGUUCCCUUACAAAGUUUCUUGCAUAAAUUGGAGUCUGAGUCAGAUGCUGAUGGGGCAUUUCCUUUCGCAUCUGUGCCGGCUCCAAAUUUGGCACUUCCGCCUUGAAGCCCCUCUUUUCUCGCACCGAACGCCUUUUGCCGCCUUGAGGAUGUGUGUGGGCAGCUUGUUGAUGCUGAUUGUCAAGCUCUGUAGCGUGUGUUGUCCCGCUCCCCCAUCCUUGCUCAAAACUUUUAAAUAGAGGCUGAUUGAGAAGGACUCCUGACUUCCUGCCUUCGCUUUAUUUGAUCAUUUGUCUUGCUUAAAAAACCGCCAUGCAGGACUCUCCUCCCCUCUGACUUUCCUCGUGGAUGUUGAGGAUAUUCUUUGCAUACCGGGGUUAAUUAUUGCAUGAAAUCACGUCCUGGCUUUAUAAGUGAAUGAUAGCAGGACGCUGGCAGCUCUUUCAUUGGCGGGCCAAAAUGGAAUCAAAAUAUUUCCGGUACAUAUAUAUCUAUAUCUAGAUAUAUUACUUGUAAAUGGCCUUCUCUUGGAACACCCGUUCAGGGGGCGGCUGUUACGUGGCCCUUUGUACUGAAUUCCUUCUGCAUGUUCUAUGGGAGCAUCUGGCUUGAGUUCUUAAUUUCCAAAUUGACAGUUUCAUCGGGCUUCUCGCUAUUUGAAGGGUAUCGGCUCAAAAUGAUGGAUCGUAUGAACCCUCGUGAGUAAUAAUUUUGGUGCUGUUUAGUGGCCCAAUUUAGGUAAAAGAGCUUUUGGCAGGCAGAUUGGCUGCUGUCUCCAGCUGCCCAUCUAAAUCUUGCUUACAUGGAUGAAAGGUUUUUUAAACUUUUUAUUUUUCAUGUACAGUGGGUGCUCGGGUUGCAAACGUUAUCCGUCAGGGAGGCAUGCUUGCAACCCGCAAUCUGCGCACGCUUGGGUUGCGAUUUGGCGCUUCUGCGCAUGCGCAAAGCGCGAUUUAGCACUUCUGCACAUGUGUGACAGCCGAAACCCGGAAGUAACCCGUUCCAGUACUUCCGGGUUUUGGUGGGUCUGUAACCCAAAAAACGCAACCUGAAGCGUCUGUAACCCGAGGUAUGACUGUAUAACUAUAGCGUGUAAAAAAAAAUCCACAAUACAUAGAAGCCUUUUUCCUUGUUACGUUUACAAGGUGCUCAAGGCAGCAUAAAGAGCUCUCUUCCUCCCUGUUUUAUCUUUACAACAACCCCACGAGGUAGGUCAGGCUAAGAGACAGUGAUGGUCCCAAAGUCACCCAAUGAGCUUCAUGGCUGUGUGAGGAUUUGAACCCUGGUCUCCCAGGUCUCAGUUCAGCACUCUAACCACUACACAAAUACUGGCUUAUAUUUGGUUUGGUAGCAAUUCUACCUUUUGUAUCAUUAUUUUUAAUAGGGGGAAUCUGAAGAGCAGUGCACUGUUUCACUGCAGCAUACCAGAUCUCUCCAGGAAAGUUAUUGUGAUGCUGGUGUUGAGGCCCCAGUUUCACUAGGUCUUGCCCCUGGUAUGAGCCCGUGCCACUGUUCUACAAAAUCAUUUUCCACCUUUGCUUCGUUGCCGGUACUUGCUCUGUCCAUUGGGGCCAAAUUGCCAUAUUAAAGAUUUUCCAUUCUCUGUCUUCCAGUUUUCCAAUUUCUUGGUCUUCGCUGUUGCAUCUUAUCUUGACUGAUUUUCUGCCCCUGCUUUUCGCUGUUUUAGAAUCUGUUAAAAAUCCAGGGAAAUUAUGAGGGCGUUUCCUUUAUUGGUAAGAUGAAAAUGCAUUGCAUAUUAAGAAAUUUACAAGGUGUUUACGCCCCACACACAUUCUAACCAAUUAUAGGCAUGCAUUUAAAGUAUCUUUUCCUUCACACUGCAUUCUUCUACUUCUUUUUGUAAAAGUAAAAAUAAAAAUCUGAAUAAAAAUGGUUGGGGUGUAUGUGGGUGUGUAUCCAUUUUAUUCCUGGUCACCUUAGAUUUAUUGUAAUAAUAACAAUUUUGUAUAUGUACUGUGUGUGUAUAUAUACUUAGUAAAGUUCAGAAUAGGCAGUGUCUUUUCCCCCCCAGAAACAAAAAACGAUUCCUUCACACAAAAUAGCCCUAUUUACACACACACAAAAGCUUUUCUCAGACUUUUUGUAAAGGAAAACAUGUUGAGAUUACUGCUUGGCGAUAGUCAUUGUGCAUUUUCCCCUGAGUGGUUCCGCCCCACUCAAACCUUUGAGAAGGUUGCCCCAGCCCAAUUUAUUUUCCUCUGCUCUGUACUGCCAAAAUAGUUGUCAGACUUCUGUUCCCAUAUAAUAGCUACAGAAUCCUAUUUUGCUUCUGUUGUGUGGAAGAUCUGCGCCCUGAAAGCUAUAGAAAAUGGCAUAAAGUCAACAGCUGUAGAAUCUCCUGGAACUGGCAUUGAUGUGGAAGACUUCAGGAGAGCAGCUUGGUCAGAACUAGGGGUGGGCGAGAAAUUCGGUUUGAUAUGCAAUUCGGUGUAUUCUUAUCUAAAUUUGCACAUUCCAAAAUGACAGGUGAGCCUUCAGGAUUCGCAACCCUCCCAAUCUUGUGAUACAGUUCUCCAACCCAAAAAUGGUGUACAAAACACAUAUAUUAGGGGGAAGGUUGCACAAAAAUGCAUAUAUUAAGAACAUAGGAAGAGACUGCUGGAUCAGGUCCAUAGCCCAUCUAGUCUAGCAUCCUGUUUUCACAGUGGCCAAUCGGAUGCCCCCAUGGGAAACCCACAAGCAAAAUAUGAGCACCAAGUCUCCCUUCCUGUGGCUUCCAGCAACUGGUAUUCAGAAACAUGGCUGCGUCCAACUGUGGCGGUGGAAUGUAGCCAUCCUGGCUAGCAGCCAUUGAGAGCCUUCUCCUCCAGAAAUUUGUGCAGUCCUCUUUUAAAGCCAUCCAAGAUGGCGGUCAUUACUGCUUCCUGUGGGAAUGAGUUCCAUAGGUUAACCUUGUGCUGCGGGAAGGAGUCCUUUCUUUUACCUGUCCCGAAUCUUCCAUCUUUCAGCUUCCUUGGACAUGCACGGAUGUGCUUAAGUUUGUGCACGCUCUGUAGUUUGCAGCUGCACCAGGGGUGGGCAGCCUCAGGCCUUUGGGCCAAAUGCAGCCCUGCAGGCCUCUCUGUAGGGGCCCCUUGGGACUCUAGCUCUGUUCCUCCUUCCAAGUGCUUUUGCCCAUAUGGAACAUAGAAUUAGAGAGUUGGAAGUGACUCAUAUGGAACAUAGAAUUAUAGAAUCAUAGAGUUGCAAGGGACUCCUAUGGAACAUAGAAUCAUAGAGUUGGAAGGGACUCAUAUGGAACAUAGAAUCAUAGAGUUGGAAGGGACUCAUAUGGAACAUAGAAUCAUAGAAUCAUAGAGUUGCAAGGGACUCUUAUGGAACAUAGAAUCAUAGAGUUGGAAGGGACUCAUGGAACAUAGAAUCAUAGAGUUGGAAGGGACUCAUAUGGAACAUAGAAUCAUAGAGUUGGAAGGGACUCAUAUGGAACAUAGAAUCAUAGAAUUGCAAGGGACUCAUAUGGAACAUAGAAUCAUAGAGUUGGAAGGGACUCAUAUGGAACAUAGAAUCAUAGAGUUGGAAGAGACUCUUAUGGAACAUAGAAUUAUAGAAUCAUAGAGUUGCAAGGGACUCAUAUAGAACAUAGAAUCAUAGAGUUGGAAGAGACUCAUAUGGAACAUAGAAUCAUAGAGUUGGAAGAGACUUAUAUGGAACAUAGAAUCAUAGAAUUGCAAGGGACUCAUAUGGAACAUAGAAUCAUAGAGUUGGAAGAGACUCUUAUGGAACAUAGAAUUAUAGAAUCAUAGAGUUGCAAGGGGCUCAUAUAGAACAUAGAAUCAUAGAGUUGCAAGGAAUUCAUAUGGAACAUAGAAUCAUAGAAUCAUAGUUGCAAGGGACUCAUCUAGUCCAACCCCCUGCAAUGCAGGAAUACGCAGCUGUCCCAUAUGAGGAUCAAACCUGCAACCUUGGUGUUAUUGGCACCAUGCUCUAACCAGCUGAGCUAUCCCUUCAUGUCCUUGAACUGCAGCAAUGCCUCUUCCUUCCCUGGAUGGAGAGAUGUGUGCAGUGUGCAUUUGUGUGAGUGUAUAGAAACAUGCAACAUUGCCUACUAACAUAAGCGUUGCAUCCAUUGCUCUGCACACGUUUUACUUUUAGCCCUGCCUGCCACUGAAAGGUUGCCCACAAGUAGGGAUGGGAUUCACUGUUCUGCACCUGUUCAUCUUUUGAUCACAUUGUCAUUUCUCAAACUUGGCCUGCAGUGAUUUGCUGAAUGUGUAUGAUCUCUUGCAAAAAUAGUGUUAUUAUUCUUCAUUCUCCUGACGGUGGCAUGGUUGCCUCUUGCAUAGAACGCAUUUCCCUAAUAUGUGCAUAUUUUUCGCUAUUUGCAGUACCCGCUGCUCUUAUUGAUCGCCCAUCCUCAAGUAGCCAUCUGGCCCCAGGGGGUGAGAAAACAAAACAAAAGAUUUAAAAUCAAUAUCUGCGGGUGAAUGGCACAGGCCAUCAGCAGGACAUCUCCUAUGGGGAAAAAACAUUUAACAUAUAUUCCCCCUUCCUCUUCUUCUUGAAAGCUUGUAAAAAUCCUCUUUUUUUUAAAAAAAAGUUGUUGUUUCCUCUUCUGCAUGAGAAAUAAAUGAAAAACACGAUAUUAAUAUAUGCUGACGAAAGUACAGAAAACUUGUGUGCUUUGAAAUGCCCUCGGUUUUGUACAGCAGUGUAUGAGACGGUGCCUCUGGGGAGCUCAGAGAAUAAUUCUUCUAAAAUUAAAAAGCGAGAUUCUGAUUUUAAGGUUUUGUGGGGUUGGGAUGAGGCAAGAAGCCAACACAGGCUUGGAGGUUGGGGGUGGGAAGCUGCAUUGAACCCACCACAGUCAAAGUCUAUAGUUGGAUUGCACUAUGCUUUCCUUAACAGAGGAGAGAAUUAUCUUCUGGUCUGAUGGCGAUUAAAUAAAGAAAACUUUACAAUAAACAGAAGGUCAUUUUCUGGCCUGUUAAGAUAAUUUAUCAAACGCCCUUCACCCUAAGGUCCCAAUGUGGAUUACGACAUUAAAAUAAAACAUUAUUUUAAAAAGUUGAAAGCAACUUACAAUCAUAAACAUAAGAGGGGUCCUAAAAAAUAUGCACCUAAAUUGACAAUUUAAUUGUUACUGGUGUGGUGUAAUGGUUAGUGUUGGACUGUGACCUGGGAGACUGGGAGACUCAGUCAUGAAGCUCGUCUUGGGCCGGUCAUCAUCUCUUAGCCUAACCUACCUUGCAGGGUUUUUGUGAGGGUGAAGGGGGGGGGAAGAACCAUGUACACCAGCUUGAGCUCACUGGAAAAUAAAGGUGGAAAAUAAAUAUAAUAAAUAAUAAUACAUCAAUUAAUUAAAAAAAAACAACAGGGUAAAGAGGUACAUCUUCAUCAUUGUCCGGAAGCUGUAUAAUGAGAGUGCUGGAUGCACCUCUGUUGCAUUCAGUGGAUGAGCUUGGGAGUUGGGACCCUUCCCUAACAAUAGAUCUCUGCUUCUUUAAAUGCACCAGGGCCUGUCUCUUUCUCUUUGUGCACCAGGACUGGAUAAGUACCCCUGUUUUAACACUACACAUCCCUGUUUUGUGUUUUUUCCCCUCCAGUACGGUGACUACGACCCCACUGUUCACAAGCGUGGCUUCUUGGCCCAAGAGGAGUUGCUUCCAAAGCGGGUAAGGCUCUGUCUUGCUCAGUCGGACACGGGCAAAGGUGGAGAGGCCUCAGAUCUUAGUCAGAGAGCAGCAUGUCAGGCCUGAAUCCCCAGAGAGCUGCUGCCGAUCAGUGUAUGCCGAGCUAGAGGGACGAGUUGGUCUGCUUCAGCAUAAGGCAGCUUGCUGGCUUCCUUGGACAUCAGAUGGCUGUUAAAUGAUAGCAGAACAUUAGAAUUGCCUUUUCCCCAAACACACUUUCCAGAUUGGUCUCUCCAGCUCUGCUGAAGAUAAUGACCGUUAUUUUGGUCUUCUUCACAAAGGCUCUUGGAUGGGGAAGGGCUGUAGCUCAGGGGCAGAACAUUUGCCUUCCAUGCAGGGGGUUUCAGGUUUUAUCCCCAGCAUUUCCAGGUAGGGUUGGAGAAGAUUUCCUAUCUGAGCUGCUGCCAGCCAGUGUAGACAGUAUUUAGCUAGAUAUACAAAGGCCCUGACUAUAUAAGGCAGAUCCCUACAGCUCAGGCUUCCUCAAACUUGGCCCUCCAGAUGUUUUGAGACUACAAUUCCCAUCAUCCCUGACCACUGGUCCUGCUAGCUAGGGAUCAUGGGAGUUGUAGGCCAAAAACAUCUGGAGGGCUGAGUUUGAGGAAGCCUGCUACAGCUGAUGGGAGCUGUGGUCCCAAAAGCAUUUGGAGGGUAGACUGCUUUAGGGCUUGAAGAAGCCUAAUCGUCUGUCUGCCUGGGCUAAUAAUGUAAUUGUAAUGAACUGUCAUUUAAUGAACAGGAAGUGGUUUGUUUCCCUACUUUGUUGAGAUGCAAAUAUGCAUACCUUGGUUGGGAAAGGAAAGUAAGGCACCGUGUCCAUGCCUCUGUCUGUCUGCUUCAGUUACUUAUAUUGGGCAACAGUGGUUCAAAGACACUAUAGUACUGCUUGAUGAGCCGUCCUGCAGGAUGUGGCAUUUCAAACAUGGUCUAACUUUGACCAUUAGCCUGCACUGUCCAUUUCUGAGACAAAACUGCAGGUAGGUGGGGCUCCACUGAGCUAAGCUACUGUAUAGAUCCUAGAAUCAUAGAAUUGCAGAAUUGGGACUCCCAGUCCAAACACCUGCAAACAUAGCUAAAGACUCCUUGCCAGAAAGGCACCCAUCCUCUGCUUAAAAACCUCAAAGGAGAGUUCACCACCUUCCGAGGUAUUCCACUCCACUGCUUAACCAGCUCUUUAACCUCAGAAAGUUCUCCCCAAUGUUUAAUUGGAAUCACCUUUCUUGUAAUUUGAAUCCAUUGGUUUGGGUCCAGCCCUCGAGAGCAGCAGAAAACAAGCUUGCUCCAUCUUCCAUGUGACAGCCCUUCAGAUAUUUGAAGAUGGCUUUGUGUCUCACUCUUCAGGUGAUAAACCUAUACCAGAUGACCCCAGAAAUGUGGGAAGAAAGAAUAACAGCUUGGUAUGGCCAACAUCGAGGCAGAGCCAGGUGAGUCUUUGCAUCCUCAGUGUCCUUUUUAUAGCACUUUGAGGGGUUCCAAUCGAGUGGUAUAUAAAUUUUACGAAAUAAAUAGUAGCUGGCAUACCAACCAAAGUUUUUACAUUCAUAACGAUGAGAGCUGGAAAUUUGAAAAUUUGUAGGAAUCUGAAAAAUCUCAAGAGUUGAUGUGCAGCCUGCCCUGAAAGCAGAAUCUCACGUCCUUUGUUUUAAGGAUGGCAGCAAAGCAUAGGUCUGAUCACAGCUUAUACUUGUGACCUAGAGAAGGGAUCAUUGUGGAAGUCCUAUAACAUUUAGACGUCUCUAAGACAAGCAUAGAAAACGGGUAGCUUCCUGGUUACCCUUAUUUUGUUCUGCUCCUCUCGCUCCAUAAUAGUGGAGGCUGACCCAAUAGGGCAAAUGGGACAGUUCCCCACCAGCCUCCCUUCUUAUUUACAACCAGUCCAUGGGGUGGCCCUGCGUCUCAUUGGCGCUGGUUCUGCCUACUUUUGGUACCUCUGCCUUCUGCUCUUUGAGUAUCAGUAGCGCCAACCACUAUUGCACCCUACAACACAACAGUGGACAACUCUUUCUUUUCACUAAGGGUGAUCAACUGUGCCCCUGAAAUUUAGGGUGUUUGGGAAGGGGGAAAAUAAAAAUAUUUCCUUUGCUGAACAUCCAUUUUAACAGAAAUUAGGAUGCAGUAAACCUGCAGGAAGGGAUUUGCUGUGGAUCUUUUUUUGCUUAUAUCUCUUACAUAUAAUAAAAAGGGAAGGUUGUCAUCAUGUAGCAGUUUGCUUGGCCACUGAUAGGUGGUGAUAUGCACUAUAGUGUGAGAACAGGCUUCUGAGAGCUGCUGGGCAGUGGAGGCGGGAGAAAGAGGCAGGCAGGCAGCUGCAUAUGGAGGUGGGGGUUUUUUGGCCAGGAAGGGUGGUUUAGGUGAAGUGCAAGGGAGGAUUAAGGUUGGCCAGAGGGGUGUUGUUGCCAGACAGAGCUGGCAAGCAAAGUGAGCGGCGGCACAGCCUCUAGUUUGUGUGUGUGUGCUUGUGUUUGUGUAAUACCUUGAGACCAUCUUGAGCAUGCUGUGUAAUAUCUCUGUGAAGCUAAGAACCCGUUUUAUUUCUUGGUUCUCUCCCAGUCUCCUGCAUAUUCCAUAAGGUCCUGUUUCUGUCAAGCUUUUGCAGCUUUAAACUGUCUGCCCCACUGUUCACAUUUACAGGGAUGAAGCUGAAAUGGAGUACCUGAAGAUUGCCCAGGACCUUGAGAUGUACGGCGUGAACUACUUUGCGAUCCGGGUAAAAGCCCCAAGUUUUGCGUUGCACUUUUUUUUGGUGGUGGUGGUGGGGGUUUGAGGGCAGGAGGCCCUUGAACAAAAGAAGAUGGGAACCAGUUGUGCAGAAGGACUCUGGUCAGUAGACUCUGGCUUUGCUAAAGCUUCCUUCCGUAAUGCAGAGGAGAGUUUGAUGCAGAACCUUUGAUGUACUGGCAGCUUUCCUGCCGUAGCCUUACCUGCAACCAGGAAAGGGCCGCUGAGAGGCUUCCCCAGGGGGAUGAAUGCGUCACUGCUGCUGCAGUUCAUUCUGCCUCGGGAAGCCUGAGUGCUCUAGCUCUGCCUCCUCCUGCCCUCCCUCUUUGGCCAGGUUGAUCCUGUAGAACAAAGCUUUUUGGAUUUGUGGGCACAUUUGCAAAUGGAAUAUACACUGUCGUUGAGCAACACACACACACACACACACACACACACACACACACACCAUAACUUAUUCUAUUGGCUUUUUUCAACCUUAAUUCAGGGAAGAGAUGUAGUUCAAUGGAAGAGCAUUGCUUUGCAUGCAGAAGGUCCCAGGUUCAAUCGCCAGAGUCUCCAGUUAGGGCUGGGCAUUUUCCCUGUCUGACUGAAACCACGGAGAGCUGCUGCCAGUCAGUGUAGACAAUAUGGAGCUUGAUGGAGCAAGGCUCUGACUUCACAUCAAAUACCAAGCAUAAAACUAAAAGGAAGAAAAGAAAAUACUUCUGAUUCUUUGUGUAUCAGCUUUAUAGACUUCUGCAAAACCCUUGCUUCAUAAUAGCACCCAGCUCUUCUGCUUUCUAUAGACCAACCUUUUUCCAGUCUCCAAACCAGCUUUGUUUUACAUUUUUGUGCAAAAGUCCAUAAGGUGCCUUAUAGCAAGGCUCUGAACUCAUAUAAGGCAGCUUCCUGUGCUUGUGUGUGUUAAGUGAAGGGCUGGAGCUCAGUGGUAGAGCAUCUGCUUUGCAUGCAGAAAGUCCCAGGUUCAGUGCCUGGCAUCUCCUGGAAGAUCUAGGAGAGAUUUCCUGCUUGGAACCCUGAAGGGCCACGGCCAGGCAGCCGAGGCAAUACUGAGCCAGAUGGGCCAGUGGUCUGAUCAGUAUAAGGCAGCUUCCUAUGCUCUUAAAAAAAUUUUUUUUUGGGGGGGAGACAACUUGACCAGGGGAAACCUGUAAGCACAAGGGAAAGCCUCUGUGUGUGCAUGUGCACCCACGGGUGCUGCAUUGGCAACCCCUACCGUGGAAUUUGCCUCCUGGCAAAUAGAAGGGAAAGAAAUGGAGGCAGUGAGAAAUUUUACUUUCCUGGGCUCCAUGAUCACUGCAGAUGGUGACAGCAGUCACAAAAUUAAAAGACGCUUCUUGGGAGAAAAACAAUGACAAACCUAGACAGCAUCUUAAAAAGCAGAGACAUCACCUUGCCAACAAAGGUCCGUAUAGUUAAAGCUAUGGUUUUCCCAGUAGUGAUGGAUGGAAGUGAGAGCUGGACCAUAAAGAAGGCUGAUCGCCGAAUAAUUGAUGCUUUUGAAUUAUGGUUCUGGAGGAGACUCUUGAGAGUCCCAUGGACUGCAAGAAGAUCAAACCUAUCCAUUCUUAAGGAAAUCAGCCCUGAGUGCUCACUGGAAGGACAGAUCCUGAAGCUGAGGCUCCGAUACUUUGGCCACCUCAUGAGAAGAGAAGUCUCCCUGGAAAAGACCCUGAUGUUGGGAAAGAUGGAGGGCACAAGGAGAAGGGGAUGACAGAGGACGAGAUGGCUGGACAGUGUUCUCAAAGCUACUAACAUGAGUUUAACCAAACUGCAGGAGGCAGUGGAAGACAGGAGUGCCUUGCGUGCUCUGGUCCAUGGGGUCACGAAGAGUCGGACACGACUAAACAACAACAAACCAUAGAAUUGUUGGCUAGACUUAGGUGGGAUUCAUGUGUCAGAUUCUCUGAGCCAUUUCAAAUGGAGACAAUGUAGAAUUAUAGAGUUGGAAGGGACCCCGACGGUCAUCUAGUCCAACCCCUUGCAAUGCAGGAAUCUAAAAAAAAAAAAGGAUCCAUGACAGAUGGGUAUGCAAGCUCUCUUAAAAAAAUCCAAUGUUCUCUCCCCUUUAGAAUAAGAAAGGAACAGAGCUGCUGCUGGGCGUGGAUGCCUUGGGCCUGCACAUAUAUGAUAUGGAAAACAGGCUGACCCCCAAAAUUUCAUUUCCGUGGAAUGAGAUUCGGAACGUCUCUUACAGCGAUAAGGAGGUAAGGCACACUCCUCUUGUCCCCCCCUCCCCGUGUCUCUGUCCAAGUGCUGAAUUGAGAAAGCGGCCUCAUGCACCUAUUCCUUCCUGCUGCCGGUUCCCAGGAUACUUUAGGGGAAGCCAUGCAGUGGAAGUGGUUAGAGGGUCAGACAAGCACCUGGGAGACCAGGGUUCGAAUCCCUACUUGGCCAUGUGAAGCUUGGGCCUAUCAUCAUCUCUGAGCCUAACCUGCCUCUCAGGGCUGCUGUGGGGGUUAAAUGAGGAGGGGGAGAUCCACGUCUGCCACCUUGAGCUCCAUGCACGGAGAAAGGUGGAAUGUAAAGACAACAAACAGCUGUUAAAACACUAAAAAAGUUCAUUAAAUGUACAGUGUACACGGGUGGCGUUGUGGUCUAAACCACUGAGCCUCUUGGGCUUGCCAAUCGGAAGGUCAGCGGUUCAAAUCCCUGCGACAGGGUGAGCUCCUGUUGCUCUGUCCCAGCUCCUGCCAGCCUAGUAGUUCGAAAGCAUGCCAGUGCAAGUAGAUAAAUAGGUACCACUGCGGUGGGAAGGUAAAUGGUGUUUCUGUCUGCUCUGGUUUCUGUCACGGUGUCCUGUUGCGCCAGAAUCAGUUUUGUCAUGCUGGCCACGUGACCCGGAAAGCUGUCUGUGGACAAACACCGGCUCCCUCGGCCUGAAAGCAAGAUGAGCACCACAACCCCAUAGUCACCUUUGACUGGACUUAACUGUCCAGGGGUCCUUUACCUUUACCUACAUACAGUGUAUAUAAAUUCAAUUAUUAUUAUUAUUAUUAAUAAUAAUAAUAAUAAUUAAUAAUAAUGCCCUUUUGACUGUGGUCUGUCUGGCACAGGGAUGGCCAGAGUGGCUGCACCUUGCCUCCCAUCAACCCUGGACAAUAUGGCCAGGAGGCAGGGAUGAUGGGAGUUGUAGUCCAACAGUGUCUGACUUGCUCCAUGCUGGCUAUCCCUGAUAUAGCAGGACUGCAGAGAAUCCCUUAACCUCCUGGACUCUGCAGUUCUUUAAAAACAGUCACCGCUUUUAAUUGGUACAGCGGUGCCUCGCUCCCCUGUCCUGGAAAACGUUGACUGCAGUUUUCUUUCUUUUAAGACUGAUGCAAACAGUGCAAUGCAGACGAAAUUAGCAGCGGCUUUUUCUUUUUUGGUGGGAGGCGGGCAGGAAAAGGAGGAUUGAUAACAUUUAAACAGUAUCUGGUGAGGGCCAAGAGCUUAAGGCGUUCUACUUCAGUUAUUAUUGCUGAAGCUUGAAGCAAUUAGUUAUGAUGUGCUCUUUUAUUAAAAAAAAAUAUACAGUUUUGGAUGCAUAAUCCUAUUACAGUUAGCAUUCUUGCGAGAUCCUUUCCCCCUCUCCCUUUUCUGGCUACACACAAGUUUUAUCAGUUAUGCCCCCCCCUUCCCUCCCAUAACACUGUACAGUAUUCCACCAGGAAUUGAGAGGCCCAGGACCUCGUCUGCUGGGCCCGGAACAUAAUAGCCUGUAAUAGAGCCGCCCCUCGAGGGAAGGAUCUGUCAUCUUUUAUCACGUCAAUAAUCCUCGUAAUAAGACAGCCGCAAGCGAGAUGUGACACGAUAGUAAGCGGGGCUUAAUAGUGGCGCAGGACAGCUGUACCGAAACAUCAGAGGUGUUUAAUCUAGUGUGUCUAUUAUCAAGCGCACGUCUGGGACUGCAAUGGUCCUCGUGGCUGGCAGCAAAUCCUCAGGGAUUUCCCCCCACUGCCAGAGUUGAGAUCUGAGGCUCCGUGCUGCUUUUUCGUCCUAUUAUAUGUUUUGUUUAUUGAUUGUGUUUAAAUCCCACCUCCCCCCGCCCCCAAGGAGCUCAAGGUGGUGUUUCUGGUUCACCCGUGUCCCCCAUUUAAUCCCCACGAUGACCCCGCGAGGUAGGCUAGGCUCACUGGCCCAAGGUCACAUAGUGACCUUUACGGCCGAGUCGGCAUUUGUUGUUGGUUUUUUUUUUGUUUUUUUAGAUAAUAUUUAUAAUUUAUAAAUAAUAUUUAUAAUAUUUAUUGAUAAUUUCAGGAUUACAAGAAAAAUAAAAAACAAAAAACAACACUACAAUACAAAAAAAAGAAAAAAAGAAAAAAGGAGAAAAGCACAAAAUAUAAAAACCAAUAUGCCAAUACAGCAAAAGAGAGUAAAAAAGAAGAAAAAAGGGAAAAAAAACCGGAAAUCCCAAAUUGCGUAUCCAUAAUUUCCAUUUGCAUACUUCCUUGACCUCUUCACACCUCCCUUUUUGUAUUCUAGUUUAGUAAUUAUUUCAGCAAAUUCUUUCCAUCUUUCUCAAUUUUUGUUAUAAAAUUUAUCUUAACAAUUUAACCUAAUAAUUAACUCAACAAAUCCUUUCCAUCUUUCCCCAUAUUCUGUUAUUCAAAUUACCUUAAUUUAUUUAACCUUAUCUUACCCCUAAGUACCUUAAGACUUAAAUCUUAGUUUUCAAAUAUACAUAGCUCCUGAUAUCAUUUCUGCUAGAGUCGUAUAGUUUCAUUCCCACAUUUUCCCUAAUAUUCAUUAAGCUGAUUCUAAAAUAAAAAUUUUCCAUUAUAAAUUCUCUUCCAAUCAUCAUCCAGCGUCUCUGCUUCCUGGUCUCGGGCCGUGUCAGUCCUUACUGUCCAUUCCAUCUAGUCCAUCAACCUGGAAGCCUUAUGUCCGAGGCCCUUAAGUCUCUUCCAUGUCCCUUCUGCAAUUCUUCUUCAUCUUGUUUGUGCUUGCCCUUUUCCUUGUCUUUUGUUGGUCUCUGUCUUAGUUUCUUUCCUUUCUCAUUGAGGAGUAGGUCUCUGGGGGAUUCCAACCCAAAAUUGUCUCCAUCACCCUUCAUCCAGCUCGCCCAUUCCCCACAGUCCCACUCCCCACAGUCCUCGAUAUAAUCCAAAAUGUAUUUAAAAUCAAAUUUCAAGGUCUCUCCAAAGCUAGGAACCUCCUCAUCUCCAGACUCCCCUUGGCCCACUCCAACUUCAAUCUUCAAUAACAGUGGCUUAUGCUCCUGUAGGGCCUCGGGUCUCUCCAUUUGUACUAUUUGAGGUGCAGCCGCAUCCUCCUCCAUUGUCAUCUGCACUUGCCCAGUCAGUACAGAUUCAUAGGUUGGUUCCUGAAUGAUUUCUGUAUCAAUGUUCCCUGUUUGUCCACAGUUAUUAACCACAACCGUCAAAUCCAUUUUCUCAUUCAUCAAGUCCAUCUUCUCAUGCAUCUGUUCCAGCAAAGCAUUUGUCUUGCAUAAAGCAAGCACCCAGUCUUCCUCCCAGCUCAUCUUUGUUCAAGGUCAGAAAAGACUGUUCCCACGGUCUUAAUCUCACAGAUGUUAGGUCUCAAAUAUACUACGGCAACAAUUUAGCAAGCUCCCUCUAGAGGGAGUCGGCAUUUGAACCCUGGUCUCCCAGGUUCUAGUCCAACACUCUAACCACUACACAGCACUGCAGCUCUGCUUCCCAUUCUAGGCAGGCUGGCGACUCACCUGGCAAAACUGUUAGAAUUCCUGCUCCGUGAUUGCAGUCAUGGGAUUUUUGUCUAUCACGUGACGGUGUAUGUUUUGACUCCACAGAGUGGGAAGUGACAGAGACAGGAUGUUUGUGUUACUGUGUUCCGUAAAGUGGGACUAUUGUUCUUUGUUCUUUUUCUCUUUGCUGUCUGAUGCUAGAGAGAGAGGGAGCCAUGUUGCAGUGCUCCGUGUGUGUUUAUAUGUAAAUAAAGUAGAUUAGCCAAAAUACUGCGUUGCUGAGGUCUGUUACGAAAGCUGCGAAGACUCUGCAGAUCCCUAAGUGUGCCGAUGUCUGUUGGCAUCAGUCGCUGUGAUGUUCAGGCAGAAGAAAGCUUUUGAAGCUCCUGAACGAUCGCCCAGGAGGGAGAGAACAUGCCAGUCGGGCAUGUGUCUCUGCCAGGGUCCUACUCGAGUGUAGGACGAGCUCCUGACAGAAACAACCCAACACGCUUCUUUGCUAAGAAAAGAGACAGGCUAGCACUCUUUCUCCCUCUCUCCAUGCACUGAGAAAUAAGACUGUUUAUUCAGUGCCGCCUGUGAGCAAAGAAUGCCUCAGUUUCCACUUUAUCUGGGUAUUCUGAGAGAGAGGAGGAUGAAGGAACAGAUCUCUCAAAUUGGCCGCCACAAAUUUUGCUGCAGUGGCUACUGGCUGGAUUCUAGGUAUUUGUUUGAUUUGUCCUCCAUCGCUCUUCUCCUUUGCUUACUGGCUUUGCUAUGGGAUCUAAGUUUGUGGGGUGUGAAAAUGGCUGGAGAACACUGAACUUCCCUAACCCGAGAGAGUUAUUGUCUUUUGGCAGAUUCUGUGUUGGCAGCUAGCCAGAAAGUAAAACUUCAAGGUGCAUUCACCUUUAAAAGGAAAGGCUGCAGCUCAGAGGGUGGAGGGUCUACUUUUCACACAGAAGGUCCCAGCUAUCUCUUCCUAGGGACGGGAAUGUCCCCUGCCUGAGACCCUGCCAGUCAGAGUAAGCAGUAUUGAGCUAGACUGAUCCAAGGUUCUGACUCAGUAUGGAUCGGGGUUCUGACCCAUACCUCAGUGUCUAGAGCAUAUGCUCUACAUGCAAAGGGUUCUUCCAAGUUCAGUGCCAGGUAGGCUUGGGGAAAAGGCUCCCUACUUGAAACUCAUGAGAGCUGCUGCCAGUCAGUGUUGGCAGUACUGGGCUGGAUGGACCACUGCUCUGACUUGGUAUAAGAGAGAUUCUGGCGCUCCUUUCCGAUGCGCAUAAGACUGGGCUCAGCUAUCAGGGCGCACCCCUCUUCCUCUAUUUCAUUUUCACUCCACUCUUUGACAACUUCUUCCUCCCUCGCAGUUUACGAUAAAGCCUCUGGACAAAAAGAUUGACGUCUUCAAAUUCAACUCUUCAAAGCUGCGUGUGAAUAAGCUGGUAAGUCUGAAGGAGGAUGCAAGAGUUGCAUUGUGGCAGCCUCUCUGCUGAGCAGCCAGGCAUCCUUCCAAGGCAAAGGGGCCCCAGGCUGCACGAAAUGCUGGUGUGCAGGAGAUGAAACAGAUGAUGGCUCUGGGGAACUGGAAAGGCACAAAUCGCACUGCAGACCUAGAGAGCCGGUGCCAGCCCAUCUGCAUGAGCCUGAUGCCCUCCAGAUGUUAUGGGAUGCAACUCCCACCAGCCUCAGCCCAGCUGUAUGAUGCUGCUUGGCUUGCAGAAGGUCCCUGGUUCAGUCCCCAAAAGCAUCUCCAGGUAAGGGCUGGAAGAGAUGCCCUGCCUGAAACCCUGGAGAGCCACUGCCAGUCAGUGUAGACAGUACUGAGCUAUAUGGCCCUAUUUAGAGAGAGAGAGAGAGCGCGCACAUGAGACUCUUAAUCUCAGGGUAGCAGCAAGCUUCUCGAUGAUUUUGUGAGUGACUCUUUCUCUUGCGUGAAAGGCUGGGAACAAGCCCGCCAUUGUUGCUGCAACAACAGCAGCAGAGGCCUGGCUUUGUCUGAAUAGCUGGCAGAUUCUGCUUGGAAAAUUGGUCUCUUGGAGCGCUGGGGAAACUGCAAGCUCUGUGGUCAAACACUGUGCUCAGGGCCUCCAUUGUUUUUCCUCCCAACUCCUUCCGCUGAUCCCCAUUCAAGAGCCGUGUAUAAAGGGGGUUCGUCUCCUUUCCCCGUUUUCACCGACUUUUUUCUGAGCUAACCCUUCAAGGAUCGGUCUGCCUUAUAGAGACAGCUAAUUUCCAACCCACUCAUGUGUUUAUUAUUUAUUGGAGAACUGCUGCCAGUCAGUCUGCAUCAACGUGAUGCCCUACAGAUGUUCUGGACUACAAAUCUCAUCUACCCCAGCCAGCACAGCCAUGCGAUGUUGGGGCCGAUGGGAGCUGGCUGAAGAUGGGAGAUGGCACAUCCAUUGCACUAAAUAGCCAUAUUGUUUUUUAUUUGCAUUUUUAUAUUUUAAUCCCCACCUUCCCUCCAAGAAGCUCAAGGUGGUGUGCAUGGUUCUCUUCCUCCCCACCUUAUCCUCACAGCUACCCUGCGAGGUAGAUUAGGCUGAAAGGGAAUGGCCCAAGUUCACCCAACGGGCUUCAUGGCUGAGCCAGGGAUUUGAACCCUGGUCUCCCAGGUCCUAGUGCAGCACUCUUAACCACUAUGCCACCACUGACUCUCUUUCUCAUUUUGCAUUUUAUUGUACUGCAAUUUGAAUUGGAAUAAAAUACCAAGGAUAAGUAACAAAGGAAGCAAUAAAACACUGAGCAAAGCUCGGCUCUGCCCUCGCUGGUCUUGGAAGGAUCCUUUUAAAAAGCCCCAUAUGUCCAGAGACUUUGCGCCUGCCCAUUGGGGGGAUAUAGGAAGCUCUGAACACAUAUUUUUUUAGAUGUCCCUUUUACGAUGAGGCACGUAGAGAUACCAUUGACCCCCUGCUGGUGAGGUUUGCUGACCUCCCAGAAGAGCAAAAAUUUGAUCUUCUCCUGUUAGGCAAAGAUCACAAGACGACCCGGAUGGUCGCCAGAUUCUGCACACAGAUCCUUAGGCGCAGACCAUCCCCCGAUUCAAACUAGUUUGUUAAGAAAAUUCCCAAACUCGGAUCCACAGGUGACUCUGGGUCAUUUCUCUACAGAAGUUUAUCUUAAAGUUUUUAUGUGUUUAUACGCCUAUCACAUUUUAAACUUUAAAUCCAUUGUUGUGUAUUGUUUUAAAUGUUUGUUUGCUUUUGGGAUUGUAGUCCCAUUUGUGUUUCACAAGCUGGCCAAAACACUGAGCUAAACGCACCAGCAGUCUAAUGGCAGUAGGCAGGUUACUAGGUUACUAUUUACCAUUUAUUUAGAAUCAUGAGGACUAGAAUCUUCCUUUUCUUUCCAUUGGGAAGAGUUUCUUUUCAUUGGCAGAGUCUCAGGUUUGAUCCUUAGCAUCUCUAGGUAGGGUCAGGAAAGACAGCCAGCCAGUGUAGACUAUGGAAUGGGGGAAGCUGUGGUCUUUCAGAUAUUAUUGGACUGUGGACUCCCAUCAGCCUCAGCCAACAUAGGCAAUAGUCAGGAAUGACAGGAGUUGUGAUCCAACAACAUCUAAAGGACCACAGCAUCAUCACUCCUGAUGUAAAUAAAGCUGUGCUAGAUGUCCCAUUGGUCCGAUUCGGUAUAAGGAAGCUUCCUAUGAUGGUCACGUGUGUCUGAUCUAGACAUUACAGUUGCUACAUGGAAGCCACCAGAAACAGUUCUCCCUUGGCAUUAUUGAUGGCUGUGGCAUGUCUCAACAUGGUGGGGUAGGCAUGCACUUCUGUGCAACAAGGUGGGGUAGAGGACAAAAGUGUUUUGUUUUCAAAUGCUUGGUGGCGUGAACACAAACUUCUCCUCUUCUUAAUGGCUGGACCAGAUCCUGCAGCUGUGCAUUGGAAACCACGACCUGUUCAUGAGGAGGAGGAAAGCAGACUCCCUGGAAGUCCAGCAGAUGAAAGCCCAGGCCCGGGAGGAGAAGGCCAGGAAACAGGUCAGAGAAAGGGAGGGUCCUGUUCCUUUCUUAACAACUACAGUGGUACCUCGGGUUACAUACGCUUCAGGUUACAUACGCUUCAGGUUACAGACUCCGCUAACCCAGAAAUAGUGCUUCAGGUUAAGAACUUUGCUUCAGGAUGAGAACAGAAAUCGUGCUCCAGCACUGCCGCGUCAGCAGGAGGCCCUAUUAGCUAAAGUGGUGCCUCAGGUUAAGAACAGUUUCAGGUUAAGUACGGACCUCCGGAACGAAUUAAGUACUUAACCCGAGGUACCACUGUAUUUGAAUUGUUCACUUGGGAUCUCUUCAGAGGAAACUGCUGCAACGUCGGCAUUGCUGCGAACGUUCGGCACCCGCGGGCGAGAGCUGACAAUCCCAGGCAAAUUUUGCAGAUUUUUGGAAACUUGGGGCAGGGCAGUUUUAAAGUUGCAUAACAGAGGGAUCCAGUGCUACAGCUGUGCUAGUUGAAGCCCAUUGUGUAACAGAUUGAGCAGCCUCUUGUGCAUAGUGAUAGCAGCAACUGGCUUAUGCAUUCUCUCAAAGAGUACAGCAAAGGUGCCUGCCUGAUGUCAAUAGGCAGGGAGUUCCAAAGUGUAGAUGCCGCCGCACUAAGAUUGUGUUACUACAAAUGCGGAACGGGUGUUAUGUGGAACCUGUAACGCUGCCUGUUCCACAGAUCAGUGUGUUUGGGUUGGCAUAUAUGGGGAUCCCCAACAUUUUGGGGUCACCGCCCUCUUGGUACCAUAACGUACCACUGCCCUCUACCCUACCUUAUAAAAUGCAUUAUUCAUAAUAGCGGUUUUCACAAACCGCUAAGGAAGAUAAUAACACAAUAAAAUUCCAUAGAAUCAUAGCAUUGUAGAGAUGGAAGGGUGAUCUAGUUUAACUCCCUUCAACACAGGAAUAAACACGAAGAGUUAAUUGCAAAUAAUAAUAAUAAUCAUCAUUAUUAUUUAUUUAUACGCCCAGAGUGGUUUCCCCAGCCACUCUGGGCGGCUCCCAACAGAAUAUUAAAAACAUGAUAAAACAUCAAACAUUAAAAACUUCCCUAAACAGGACUGGCAUCAGAUGUCUUCUAAAAGUCAGAUAGUUGUUUAUUUCCUUGACAUCUGACGGGAGGGUAUUUCACAGGGCAGGCACCACUACCGAGAGAAGGCCCUCUGCCUGGUUCCCUGUAACCUCACUUCUCGCAGUGAGGGAACCUCCAGAAGGCCCUCAGAGCUGGACUUCAGUGUCUGGGCUGAACAAUGGGGGUGGAGAUGCUCCUUCAGGUAUACUGGGCCUGAUAUUCCAAAUGCACAUUUAGUUAGUUAUUUAAUUAUUUAGUUAGUUGCACAUUUAUUCAAAACUCAACUCAAACUAAUCAGCUUAAUUCAACACUAUUGAUGAGCGUGAUCCAAUGUUGCCAGCUUUUCAAAGCCUGAUAGUCAGUUACACCUCCAGCAAGCCCCCUGCCCACCCUCUUGCAUCUCAGAGCGGCUCCAGCUAGUCCUGCCCACUUUGGGAUCCCACUGGGGCAAGGCAAUCCCAGGAGUAAACUGGUCCCAAGCCUUCAAGGGCUUUAUACCAACGGUAGCACCUUGAACUUGGCCCUGUGAGAAAUGGGCAACCUGUGCGGAUCUCUGAGCAGAGGUGUUCUGCGCUGACACGGUCUCCCUCCCGCCAGCAACCACGCUGCAGCAUCUUGCGCCGACUGCAGUUUCCGGGUCAAUCGCUGGGGAAGCCCCACAUAGAGUGCAUUGCAGCAGCGCAUGCUUGCAGCUGCCAGUGCCCGAACUACUGGGCCAGAAAAACGGUGUCCACUCUGCGGGCAUACGAUCUUUAAAUGCUGUCCAUCCUCUCCCCUGCCGUUCUGUAAACCUAUUUCUCGGUCGUGGCGCUCGUAUGUUUGCUGUGUCUUGGGGAGGUUGGCUGCGGUUGUGGGAGGGAGGGGGAGCCGUGUCCUAAUUAGAUGGUGAUGGAAUGCGAGCUGCUCUUCCACCGCAUGCCGCCUGCAUGCUAAUUCCGAGCCUGGCCUCCUUUUAUCCGCUGCGGGUCAGCCCAGCCAGCAGACGCGCCGCAUCUCAGGCCGCAGCAUGGAGCCAAUGAGCACAUAUCAGCAAAUUGGAUUGUAUGAAUCAUGGUUUUCUGCUUGUAGACCUUUUCUACUUGCUGAAACCCACACAGCUAAUCUGCGCGGUGCUGCUCGGAAUAUAGAUUGCCACUUCUGGGGAAGCGGUUAGGCGGCCGCGGCCAAGUGCCUCCGUGUGCCAGGGGACGCUCAGCUUACGGGAAGGUUAGGUUAAAAGUACUUGUCUUGGAUUUGCCUGUGUCAGUGAUGUUACGGCUCUUGGCUUAGUUCCAUGGGCAGUGAUAAUAGUUUCUCUGGGUUGGCUGCCUUGCACCCAGGUCAACUUGAGCUGUAAAAAACUGAAUGUGCCCAAAGGAAAAUGGGGGAUGCAUCCUGAGUUCUAGGAGGAGGGAAACGUGUUUUGUCUCAGGGAGUGUCACCCAGCGCAUAAAGGCUUUUAAAAAAAAAAUUCGGUGCUCCCCUUGGGACUGGUUUGGAUGCUCCUCUUGGUGCAGAAUCCUGCAGCUGGACUGCUGGUGAGGACAGACUAACUCCAGCACAGAGCACCAGUGUUUUAAAGGUUGCACAGUCUACCCCUGUACUACCGGUUCAGAUUCCAGGGUCUUGUAUGCAUUUGCAAGCCCCUUAGCAACUUUGGCCAAGGGUACCUUGAGAACUGCCUGGCUCCUUACAUCACUGUGUGAUCACUGAGGUCAUUGUUACUUGGAUGCAUGGCUCAAAUCCACUAGAGCAUGGUGGGCUCAAUUCUGUUGCAUCCCCUCAGGCAGGCCCAAUCACCGUUGAAUUUCCAGCACCUAGUGCAUAACUUUUUACAUUUCUGCAGGCAUCUCUAGCCGUUUUUCUGACUUCUAUAGCUAGUUUUUAACUGAUUUUGUCUCUCUUAACCUUCCUGCACACCGCUCAGAGACAAAGAUAUGGCCAGCAGAGGUUAAAUGUGUUGUUUACCUAGAGCGGGGAAAUGGUUCGAAAUUUUGAGAGGAUAAUGAAGAGGAAGAAGGGAAAAAAUGAAUUGCUGAGGGAGGGCUCCUAAAUCUGAGGGUGCAGAGAGCAGGGAGUCCACCGAGAACCUCCAUGCCGGCCUCUUCCAAAGCAUCUACCAGCAGCCCGGCAGCAAACCCUGUGCCUUGAAAUCUCCCUGCUCUUUAACAAAGCAUCUAAAUUGCUUUGUAAACCUGGAUUGCGGAAGUGGAAUUGAUUGUGGCGAGCAGAUGUCUGAAUUCUGCCGCACAGCCCUGAUAAAUUGGAUUUCUCUUCGGAGCAAAAUGCCUACGACCUGCAUGCCUUGGUUGCUUAUGUACUAUUUUCUGCCGUCCUCACUUCCCCACCCCGCCUCUCCCCACCCCCCAAGAUGGAACGCCAGCGUUUAGCUCGAGAGAAGCAGAUGCGAGAAGAGGCAGAGCGGACGAGGGACGAGUUGGAGAGGAGGCUGCUGCAGUUGAAAGAUGAGGCGACGAUGGCUAACGAAGCCUUGGUAAGUCUCUCUGCAGGGAUGACUAGCUGCCCACUGCAGUGGCAUGGUCCUGUUAACAAGACAUGCAUGGUAGAAGCAAGACCCCUCUCCUCAGCAAGACUUGUCCUUACUAGUCAGAGUAGAUGCUCCAUUCACCUGCAUUCAGACUCUGCAACAUCAAGCUUACUCGUUUGGGAACAGGUGGUGGCUUGGUGAUCGAACACCUGUUUUGCAUGCAGGAGGUUGCAGGUUCAAUACCUGUCUCCUAUAAGUGAAACCCUGGAGAGCCUCUGCCAAUCAGUGUAGAUGGUAGUCUGGUUCAGUAUAAGACAACUUCCUGUUUAAUUCAGCUCUUCUUUUUUUUAAAGAGGCAUAAGGACUAGAAACUUUGUUUAUUUUUUGAGGAGGGACAGUAGCUCAGGGGUAGAGCAUCUGCUUUGCAUGCAGAAGGUCCCACAUCAUCCAGGUUUCAGAAGCAAAGGAUGGGGCAGCUGGUCACCACAGUGUUGGGGGAAAUGGACUCUGAUGGUGCAGUAGGGAGCCUUCACUCUCGUUGGACUACAACUCCCAUCACCCCAUGUGGAGGGCACUAAGCUGGCAAAAGCAAUUGUGCCACCCGCAGCAGGAUAAGUUUAAAUUGCUCCCGUGGUCACCAGCCCAUAUGAGCUGGUUUUCCUUCUUUUCUUUUCUUUGAAAAAAAUAAUUAUUAGUCAAUUAAAAUUCCAUUCAGCAUCCUGCUAAGAGGAAGGGUGACUGAUCCUGCCAGAAUGGCUUGCAAUAGAUGUAAAAUGAAAAGCAAGGAAGAGGAAAAUAAAAGACUUUCUGCAUUCUGCUGCAGUUGUUUUACAGGUGGGAAAGACCACUGGCUGUGUGUCUUUUGCAUGGAGAGUGUUUCAGGGAGGCUGAGGGGUUGUUCCUUUCCAGCUUCUUUCUGACUGCUGCUGGGUGGAAUGGUCACGGACAGAGGUUUCCUUCUCAUGAAGGUGGGCAACCUUUAUCUGUACUGGAACUCUUCAGAUAGUGGCUCUCCAGACAAAUAGACAGACAGGCAAACUGCAUGUAGAAGGUUAGCAUUUCAGGGAGAAAUGUCAGGGAGAAAUGAGAUGCUAGAAGGUUAGCAUCUCAGGGAGCCAGAUUUCUUCUUGAGUUGCUAGUUUUCUGUGUGCCUGAAUUUCCUUUAUUUUCUUCAUGGAGCGACAUUCAGUUCUGGGAGUCCCAAUGCGAGGUGGUACAGACCCCAGUUUAGCACCUGAAAGGAAGUCCAGAGUCUGUUGUGGGAAGAUUUUUUUUUAAAAAAAGCAAAGAACAGAAAAUAAAAGAAAUAAACUUUGUCAGCUGACAUUUCCCAUUGAUCCUGACUUAAAACUUACAAAUUAAUAUCAUAUCGGCAGCCCAUAAAUCCAAACAGGGGAAAAGAAAGAAUUUUUUCACCCCUAGUUAAACUGUGGAACUCGCUCCCUCAGGAGGCUGUGAAGGUCAUCAACCUUAGAUGGCUUUAAAAGAGGACUGGACAAACUGAUGGAGGAGAAAGCUAUUGCUGUCUACUACUCUGUUCUCCACUUACUGUUGGAAGCAGUAAUGCUUCUGAAUACCAGUAGCUGGAAACUGCAGGAGGGGAGUGUGAUAAGAUCCUGCUUGUGGGCUUCUCAUAGGCAUCUGGUUGACCACUGAUAACAGGAUGCUGGACUAGAUGGGCCGUUGGCCUGAUCCAGCAGGCUCUCCUUGUGUUCUUAGGUAUCCAAAUGAGAUUUACGGUGAUAAGCUCCAGCUCCAAUUUCAGAAAAGGCAGUGAGAUCUUCAGGCCCCUGAGUAGUACAAAGUGGGCAUUUAUCCUUCCAAUAUGAGCCUCUUUGCAACCGUGAGGGGUGGCUUGGGUCGUUUUCAUUGCCCAUCUGUUAGGAAGACUUUUGACCACCGACCAUAAGAACAUCAGAUCAAGCCAGUGACUCACCUUAGUCCAGCAUCCUGUUCUUACAGUGGCCAACCAGAUGUCCCAGCGAGAAACCUGCUAGCAGGAUUUGGAGGUCAAGAGCCUUCUCACUCCCUGCACUUUCCAGCAACUGGUAUUCAGAAACAUUGCUGCCUGCAGCAUAGCCGUCAUGGCUUCUAGCCGAACCAGUGGCACAUCGCCGCUGCAUCAGAGCCCCUUGUGUGUAAUUCUCCACCCUUCUUGCUCAGAUGAGAUCUGAAGAGACAGCUGACUUGCUGGCCGAGAAAGCUCAGAUCACGGAAGAGGAAGCGAAGCUCCUGGCUCAGAAAGCCGCCGAGGCAGAGCAGGAGAUGCAGCGGAUCAAAGCCACAGCCAUCCGGACCGAGGAGGAGAAACGGCUGAUGGAGCAGAAGGUGCUGGAGGCAGAGAUGCUGGCGCUGAAGAUGGCGGAAGAGUCGGAGCGAAGGUCAGGCGGGGAGGGAAGCACACCCACUGGUUUGGGGGCUUUGAAGCAUUUCAUUCCUUGUUUUUCUUGCCAUUGGGUUGUGCCCAGUGUAGCACAAAGUUAAAGUCUACUACUACUACUAAUUUUAUUGGGUGGCUCCCAACAGAAUAUUAAAAACACAGUAAAGCACCAAACAUUAAAAACUUCCCUAAGAAGGGCUGCCAUCAUGUGUCUUCUAAAAGUCAGAUAGUUGUUUAUUUCCUUGACAUCUGAUGGGAGGGUGUUCCACAGGGAGGGAGCCACUACCGAGAAGGCCCUCUGCCUGGUUUCCAGUAACCUCACUCCUCACAGUGAGGGAACAGCCAGAAGAUCCUCGGAUUUGGAUCUUAGUGUCGGAGCUGAAUGAUGGGGGUGGAGACACUCCUUCAGGUAUACAGGGCCAUUUAGGGCUUUACAGGUCAGCACCAUGAAACGUACUGGGAGCCAAUGUAGGUCUUUCAGGACCGGUGUUAUACCUUCCUAGCGGCCGCUCCCAGUCACCUGUCUAGCUGCCGCGUUCUGGAUUAGUUGUAGUUUCAGGUCACCUUCAAAGGUAGCCACAUGUAGAGCGCGUUGCAGUAGUCCAAGUGGGAGAUAACCAGAGCAUGCACCACCCUGGCAGGACAGGUAAGGUCUCAGCCGGCAUACCAGAUGGAGCAGCCACCCUGGAAUUAACCUGCACCUCCAUGGACAGCUGUGAGCCCAAAAUAACUCCCAGGCUAUGCACCUGGUCCUUCAGGUGUGGGCAUGGCCAAUGAGCAUGGAAUGAUCUUAAGCACUAGACCAAGUUCAAUGAGAUGCCUCUUAUAAACCAGUUCAGUACAGGUGAACUCCUUGAUUUCCUUGGGAUGGCGUGUUGUGAUCCCAUCCUUUUCACACACACCUUGGCCCUACUGCAAUCCCUAGCUUCCCCCCUCGCCACGCACACACUUCGGCUGAGCACCCCAGCGCCGAGAUGUACCAUCCUGCCAAGCCCUCAGGCCUGGGCCCCCACUGGGUCUUCAGCUGCUCAAGAACCGCCACGCUGCCGUCUCCAAAGCAUUCAGAUGCCAUUAAUUAAGUUUUUCGCCUCUAGAUAUUAAAACACCAAAUUCAUUACUCUCCCCCUCCCUUGUCCCAAUAUCUCGCUCCAGAUCUCCCCCUCCUCUCCCGGCCAAUCACGAGGCUCCCACCGCAUGCCAGGCCUCCGUCUCCGUGGUCCUCUGGGCAUACAAGGGCCGCUGCCAAGGGCUUUUGUCAUAAAUUGCAUUCAUUAGUGGGUGAAUUAACAAUAGCCUUAAUUUCAUUCUGAACUACUACUUUCCCCCGCUCCUGUGUCUGGGCUUCUGUCUUUGCCCGCUUGGUAACUUUCUUCUCCUUCCUUUAUCCCUCCGCCCCGCUUGCCAAAAACAUCAACGCCAGAUAUUGUUCAGAAGAGCUGAUUACUUAUUUUCUCUCUCCUCUUUCCCCCCCACCCCACCCCCUCAACCGCUUCAGAGGAACCUGUCGAGGAUGAGGGGUAGGCAGUGGUUCUUGAAACCUCCAAUGCCGUAAUUCAGUGGUGCUUGUCUUUCCUUAGAUGGGUGGUUCAAGCCACCCUUAGUGGCAUGAGAUUAGCGUGUAGAACAAGGCUGUGGGAACCUUUGGCCCUCUCUGUUCUGUUGGACUCCAUUUCCCAUCAGCUUCAGCCACCAUGGCCAGUGGUUAGAACUGGUGGGAAUUGUUGUCCAGCAACAUCCGGAGGGCAAAAAGUUCUGCAGCCUACGUUUUAGAAGAUAGAAGCUUCUGCUGCUGGGGGGUGGUGGGGGGUGGUGGUGGGAAGCAGAACCUGUCCUGGACAACAGUCAAAAACCAGUUUUUCUCUCCCUACCCCCCACCCCCUCGUUUCAUUUCUCCUUCCCUGGACAACAGUCAAGACGGAUGAAGUGCUGCCGUUUCCUGCUAUUUGGGGAAGGAGAGCAUUGUGGGGAGAGGCAGCCUUUGCCAUCCGGGUGCCAUCCAGAUGAUUUGGACUGCAACUCCCAUCAUCCCCAGGCAGCACAGCCAUUUUGGACUUCAUCUCCCAGCAUGGGGGCUGGGGGCUGAUGGGAGUUGUAGUCCAAAAUGGCUGUGCUGCCUGGGGGUGAUGGGAAUUGGAGUCCAGAUCAUCUGGAGAGAACUAUAAAAACAUUGCCAAGGUGGCAAAGGCUAGGGUAGAGUGUUGGAUUUGGCCCACCACUGCCUCGUUUAGGCCCUUGACCUCCUCUUUCCUAUUUUGCUUGUGUGCAGGGCGAAGGAGGCCGAUCAGCUCAAGCAGGACCUCCAGGAAGCUCGAGACUCUGAGCGAAGAGCCAAGCAGAAGCUAUUGGAAAUAACCAGCAAGUCAUCUUACACAGUAAGAAAACAUUUUAUACAUAGGGGCAUCAUUUUGCCCCUGGUGAGUCUGUGCUGCUUGCCCCUGGGCAUCCUCUGAGAUCUGCUACCCGAAGCCCAGCAUUGCAAUUAUGCAAACCGAGCAGAGCUGUUCCUUUGCUGACUUUAUAUACAAUUUUCUGCUUUUCUGCAGUGGCUCCCCUUUUGUGGGAUGUUCUUUCCAGGGAUGCUUUCCUGGUACCUUCAUUACAUAUCUUCAGGCGCCAGGCGAAAACAUUCCUCUUCUCCCAGGCUAUUUAAACAAUCUAUGGCCUUUUAAACUCUGUAUGUGUAGCAGGGGGGUUGUUGCUUUUGUUUGUUACCAUGUUAUGCAUUUUUGUUUUUUUAUAUUGUAAACCACCCUGUGAUCCUGGGAUGAAGUGCAGUAUAGAAAUCAUCAUCAUCAUCAUUAUCCAAAGCCACAUGUUCUGAUGUUGCUUUUAGCAGAAACUGCUCAAAGCUUGUCGCUCCAGUUUUCUAUGAGGUCUAGAAACUGUAUUCAUUUUAAAAAUGAAAGCCAUGAUGAUCAGGGGUUCCGCUUCAGUGUCUGGAUUUCCAGGUUACAAAUCAAAGGCUAUAAAAUUCUUCCUUAAAAAAAAAGUUGGGAGGGGACGCUUUGGGGAUUCUUCCUCAUUGUUGGGGCUCCUACGAGACGACCUGCUGUGUGUUUGGUGAUCAUAAUCAGCCAGUUUUCAGCUCAGAGUAAUUUGGGCAUCUGUUCCCGGAGUUUUCAGCACAUGGCCGGCUCCUUUAAUCCCUUUGUCAUUAUCAACCUUGGCAGAAAAAUAACAAGACCUCCAAUUAAACUGGAAGGCCACAGACUUUUUUAUGAGGAGCAAAACACUGGGCUUUUGUUAAACGCCCACACUUGUUAACCGACAGAACUUGCCGUUACGGAGCGGCACUGAGCUUCUGUGUCGCCCUCUGCGGUUCUGGUGUCCCAUUUAUUUCGCUUUGUUCGUAGCAAGCACUGUGCCAGGGCUUGGAUUCGAUAGAGCAAAGAGCAGCGCAAUGCAAGAGAGAACAUCCCGGUCCCAGAGGCUCUUAAGUUGGAGAGAGGGACACGGGCAACUUGAAGAAUAAGAUAAAAGUUAAAGGACUGCGCCCAAAGUAGCGCUGAGUAACGCAUCCCCCCGUGCAAGGAUUUCUGAUUGCACAAAGGCACCCCCUCCGGAACCCCCUAAAUAUCUGAUAGGGGUUCCCCAAACCUUCAGAGCAGAUUUGGGGUGGGCAGGGGGAGGGUCCCAUUGGGCAAGUGACUACGCUACACCUGGAUCCGUAGAAAAGCCGUGUGGAACUGUUACAAACCCAGGAAGCUGCAGUCAGAUCGUUGGCCCAUCUAGCUCAGUACUGUCAACACUGACUGGCAGCAGAUUGCCAGGAUUUAUGAUGUAGCACAUUCCCACCUAUUCCUGCAUCUGUUGGGGAUUGAACCCGGGGCUUUCUGCAUGCAAAGCAGAUGCUCUUCCCCCCUGAGCUAUGGCCUUCACCACAGCACCCCAACCCCAGGAAUCAGCAGGUCUUGCACCCCCUCACUGGGAUGGCCAAGUCUAGGGUGCGGGCUGAUCCCUUACCUGGGAAGACUCCUGCCAGCAGCCUGCUAAUAGCAACACAGAAGGCAAAUACAUAUUUAUAAUGCCAUGGCAGAAGCGUGUGAAGCGCUGCUUGAUAGUGUCCAUCGCAAUUGAGGGGAUUCAAAUGAUGCAGUCCUUCAACACACGCACAUCCAGCAUUUAAUUUAGAGCUCUGGGAAGCUUCUAGCGUCCCCAGUGCCUCCAGCGCUGAAUUGUUCACUCCUGUUACACAGAGAAGGGUGUGCAAGUUGUGUUCUGUGCUGUCACAAAUAAACCCCACAAACAGGUUUCUUUUACAUUAGUUUUACCCAGGCUCUCUCGCCAUCCCAAUUUGUCUUCGAUACUGCAUCACCCUGACUGAGUGUUUAAACAAGCAGAACAAAGGUGGCUUGGAUUUAAUGGCUCCCCGCUCUCCCCCCCCCCCCAGUUCUCUGAGGCUGUCUGCUAACGUUCAGAAGCUUUUAAGAGCACUGGCUGCAGUGCCGAAAUGAGCCUGCCAUUUCUAGCCAGAGGCCCCUUGAGUUGAAACACUGGUUGCUCGGGUGUUCUGUCAGAGACAAUCUUCGGAACAAACACUCUCAGCCUGUCUGGCUUUCCCCUACAAGAGCCCCUGACUUUAAAUGGGUCUGGUGCCAGCGAUUGCACUUGUGGGCGAUUUCAAUCCAGGACAGACAAAGCACUUCUUCACUUCUUGAGUGCAUACUCAAGAUACGGAAAGAUACAUCCCAGAAGAUGUAGGAAUGGCCAGCAACUUAGAUGCUUUUAAAAGAGUGUUAGACAAAUUCAUGGAGGAUAGGGCUAUCGAAGGCUACAAGCAUGGCUUGUAUUGCUUCUGAAUAGCAGUUGCUGGAAACCACUGGAGGAAAGGGUUCUCUUGCGCCUGGGUCCGGAUUGUGGGCUCCCCCUAGGCGACCUGGUUGCCCACUGUGGGAACAGAAUGCUGGACUAGAUAGGCCACUGGCCUGAUCCAGUCUGGCAUGGGGAACAUAGGAAGCUGUCUUUAGACCAAGUCAGACUUAAUCGCUCCAUCUAGCUUAGUACUGUCGACGUUGUAUGGCAUCAGCUCUUCAGAGUUUCAGCAUCUAACAUUCCCGUACCUACCUGGAGAUGCUGGGGGUUGAAUUUGGGACCUUCUGCAUGCAGAGCAGGUGCUGUACUACUGAGCUAUGGCCCAAUCCCCCCAAAGGCAGAAGGGGCUGAAUGGAGAAACCAGGAGGAUGGAUGGAGAUGCAAGGAUUGCAAUAAGUUCGAAGCAGGACUGAUCUCUGAAAGACUGAUUUAUGGUGACAGAAGCAACAGCAUUUGUCACAAUCACCUGGCCCCUCUUAAAGAUUCAUUGUUUCUCUCCGUAAUCUUCACAACAACCCUGUGGUGCAGACUUCGCCAACCUGGUGCCCUCCAGAUGUUUUGGGCUACCUGCGCUGGCUGGGGCUGAUGGGAAUUGUCGUUCAAAACACCUGCAGGGCACCAGGUCAGUGAAGGUUGCUGCGGAGUGUGGCUGGGAAACCUUUGACCCUCCUAAUGUUGCUGGACUCCAACUCCCAUCAGUCCCAGCGAGCGUGGGCAAUGGUGAGGGGAGAUGGGAGUUGUAGUGCAAUAACAUCAGGAGGGCCACUCCUGGUAUGGAACUUCCAUUCUCCUCUCUCUCUCUCUCUCUCUCUCUCUCUCUCUCCUUCCUAAGGAUUCACUGUUCUUUUAAGCCAGUGGGGCUGGCAGGAGUUGUAGACCAAAAUAUUUGGAGGGCACCAGGUUGGGAAAGACUAACCUGAGCUCCUCUAACCAUCACCUUGGCUGGUACAUUUCUGGAUAGGCUUGCCUAAUCAAAAAACAAUGUUUUGAGAAGGCACUGAAAAGAUUACAGUGAGGGCACCUGCCUGGUGUCAAUAGACAGGGAAUUCCAAGGUGUUGGUGGGGCCACACUAAAACAUUGGUUUCUUUCCAGUGCUGUCACAUAUGUAGUAAGGUUUGUAGUGCACUCUGAACCUUUGAAAUGCUGUAUGCAGUUGCUAAGCCUUAUGUUAUUAUGAAUUGGGAGAGUGUGCUGAGAUAGGGAUAAAGACUAUUUUACCUGGGGUCCUCAGGCCCUAGAGUUCAUUCAUUGUGAAGGUGAGAUGCAAAACAUUCUGGUGUUCAAAGCAUCCUGCUUUGGGAGGACUGUCAUUCGCACGAUGAGCAUCAGGCCAGUUUGUCCUUGACUAAACUCUGCAAAACAAAACAAGGCUUCCUUAUCAUGCAUGCACCCCAGGUUUUCAUUGGGAGCUAAUCAGCAGGCAUUGCGAGUAUAUUUUUGCCCCUGGAACCGAAGUAUAAUUAAGAGGAAGAUUGUAAGACAGCGGCAGUUUGGCUCCACCCCUCCAGCUGCAUCAAUCCCAAAAAUGUUUCAUAAGAGAAGCGCUUCUCCUUUUUGAAAAAUAAAACCCGCUGCUAUCUCUCCCGAGGAUCUCUUAAAGGGGCCUGACACAAUCCUCUUUCACUCGUGGCCCAUGGGAAUGCUUAGCAUGCCGACUUACUUGCUCUGAAAGGAAAUGAUUCUCACAGGUGGUGAACAAGAAUAUUUCAGAAUCAUUGCAGUUCGGGUGCUAUUCCUCUCAUUGUCCCUUGCUUUCCCUAGGGUUGUCUUGUGCAUUUUCAGUAGACAGGCAUGCAAAAACUAGCAGGAGAGCAAUGAGCAGGCAAGAGGCUUACUGAGGGGUAGCUGUGUUGGUUCAAGCUAGCAUACCUACCAUGGAGUAAAGUUACUUAUUUCGGGGUGAGACAGCCUGCUGCUUGAAACUGGAGGCUGGAGCAUCUCAGUGGUUAAAUCCCUAACACUUUAGUUUAAGAGGGAAACACAAGAAGAGCAUGUUGCCGUAAUCUAACCUAGAGGUUACCAGAGCAAAGAUGACAGAAGAAUUUUUAGAUGUGCUCUAAGUCACCCAGAGUGGCUGGGGAAACCCAGCCAGAUGGGCGGGGUAUAAAUAAUAAAGUUGUUAUUAUUAUUAUUAUUAAGUUAGGUUAUCCCUGUCUAGAUAGGGGUGCAGCUGGGCCACGAGCCAAAGCUGAUGGAAGGCUCUCCAUGUUGCCGAGACCACUGGAGUCUCUAGCAACAGCAGUGGACCCAGAAGUACACCCAAGCUACAUACCUACUCCUUCAGAGAUGGUAUGACUCCAUCAAGAGAGGGCCACCUGCCAUCCAUCUGCUCUAGGGAACCAUCUGUAGCUCAGGUGCAUAGAGUCCCUGGUUUAAUCUCCAGGCAGGACUGGGAAUAUCCCCUGCCUGAAACCUGGAUUGAGCUUCAGCUUGUUGGCUCUCAUCCAGUCCAUUACUGAGGCAAGACAUCGGUCCAGCACAUCCUCUGCCCCACCUGCGGAUGUAAGGGAAUAGCAAAGCUGUGUGCCAUCAGCAUAUUGCUGACCCCACUCAGUGGUUUCAUGUAGACGUUGAGCAGCAUAGCGGAUAAAAUUGAACCCUGGGCAACCCCCCACGUUGAAGGCUCCAUGGGGACGGACAGCACUCCCCAGGCAUCACCCUCUGGAAACGACCAUCCAGGUAGGCCUGCAGCCACUGCAAAGCCAGUGUUUCCCACAGGCAUUUGGUUGGCCACUGUGGAAACAGGAUGUGGGACUAGAUGGGUGAUUUGACUAAUCCAGCAGGCUCUUUUUAUGUUCUUACGUACUGCCAAUCUUUACAAACUUAGGGGAUCUGUAGGGAAGGAGGUGGCCUUUCAGAUAUUUGGUGCCUCUGUCAUUAGGACACAGUAGCACACAGACUCACACCCGGGAAAAGCAAGGGAAGGUUAAUAACUGGAUGGAAGGUACUUUGCAUCGCUGCAACAGGCUUCAGUGGCUUUUGUACACAUUGUUCUUCUUCUCCGGCAUCCGCAUUUCAGCCAGGACCUGUGGUCUAAACAAUUGUGCUUGACGUUGAUCUCUGAGGCUUUUCAAGUGAGUUGUAAAAUCCAUUCAGCCUGAAGCCCUUCUUCUUGGCAUCAGCUGUCCGGAAGAGUUAUGGUUAUCAGCUCCGCUGCUCUGCCCAAUUUGUAGUGUGGGUUUCUAUCACACAUCCCCGGCACUGAAUAAAUGUCAGAUUCACAGGCUUGCGGCAUUGAGAGGCACAAAAGGCCUACCUGGUCAUGCCACGAGGCAGGCUCAUCUAUCCGCCACUCAUCUCCCACUCCCAGCUGCCCACACAACCCCAAGACACGAUGCUCUUUGCAGAAGACACGGGCAGAGCAAAAUUGCUCCACGGGGAUUCAGAGAUGAGCCAAUCCACAAGCCGCAGGAAGGCAAAGAAAACCACCCCAUCGCUAGCCCAGCCCCAGACAUAGCAGUCAGAAUCAGAGAGCAAUCAGGCUCGUGCUACAGGAAUUGUGGUCUGUGCAAAAAAACCCUGCUGGAGUAAAACCACGUCCAGCAACCUGUGAAAAAUAACAAAGGGGUUAAGUGUGUUUCCUGCAGUGAGACCAACUGUACUUUCUUAUUGGCAUUAAAUUAGAUGCAAGAUCACAGCUGGUUACUGAUGGGGCCAGGAUGUCCAUAAAGCGUCCAGGCACCUGCUGGUAAGUAUAUCUUGUUACCCAGGUGCCUCUUCGCUCUCACCUAUCCUGCUAGGAAACAUUAUGGGCAGGCAACUACUGUUGACCUCAACCUGGGCCUCCUUGUUUUAAUUGCUGUGCUGAUUUAAUGGGGUUGUUGCAUUGCAUGUUUUAGUUAGGGAUGUUUAUAUGUUAAUGUUACAACGGGAUUGUUUCAUUGUCUGUUUUGAAUCUGGAUGCUUUUAUUUUUGAAUGUUGGCAUACUUGGUUUUUAUACUUGUAGCCUGCUUAGUUGCCUAAACUAUAUUGAGAUAUUACCCUAUUAACGUAUAUCUGUAUCCCUGUAUCGUAUAAUGGCUCCUAGCCACAAUGGCUAUGCUCCAUCUGCAUGGCCAGAGGCAGCAAUGCUUCUGAAUGCCAGUUAUUGGAAACCACAAGAGGGGAGAGUGUUCUUGUGCUCGGAUCCUGCUUCUGGUCUUCCCUUUGGAACAUCUGGUUGGGCACUGUGAGAACAUGUGGCUGGACUAAAUGGGCCUUUGGCCCUGAUCCAGCAAGCUUCUUCUGAUGCUCUUCUAGAGGACAGCAUUACAACAUGAAAUACCAUCAAAAUUAAAAUGCAAAUCUCUGCAUCAAGCGGCAUAUACAUUUUUGACUGAUAAUAAUAGCAACCUGCAGUGGGUGAUUAAUCUCUGCUUUGCCUUUAGCAGCCGAUGAACUCAGGCUCAACGGCGCUCCCUGCUGACAUGCCAACCUUCAACCUCAUCAGCGAAAGCCUCUCCUUUGACUUCAAGGAUACCGACAUGAAGAGGUUGUCCAUGGAGAUAGAGAAAGAGAAGUGCGUUGUUCUCCUUCUUGGCUGUGGUAACUCAUAGUCUCGUGGCGCUUGUGGCACAGUGCAGAUUCCACCCACUCUUCUUUCUUUCAAUGUGACAUUCAACUUAAAAGCAUAGGAAGUCGACUGAGAUCAUAUCAGACCAUGCUUCCAUCUAGCUCCAUAUUGUCUACAGCAUGACGUGGGGCCUGUGGACCAAUCGUGGCCCACCAGGAGGGUUCACGUUGGCCCACGAGGCCAUUUCUCCCAAGCCAUGCCCACCUGUCCACCAGCUGACGUCGCUGGAUGAUGUCAGCUGUUGGGGGCUGGAUUCAGUACUGCUGGGUACUGCUUUAUCAGGUUGUACCCCACUGGAAAGUUGCAACCAGCAGGAUUGAACCUUCCAUUCAUCAACUGGUGAGCGCAGGGUUCAGUCCUUCUGGGUGCUGUUCCACUAGUGUAUACCCUGCAGCAAACGUGCUGGUGAAGCAGACCCCUCCUCUCACCCUCAAUUUGUACCAGCGGGUGGACUGCCCAUUUCUCAGUCACUUGAUGUCAUCAUGAUGUCAGAUGAUUGACAGUUAGUUGGCUCCAUCUACCCGCCAAAGUUGUCCAGUGUGGGUGGGGAGAUAGUGAUCUGACUUGCUGGGCCAGAAAGGUUCCUCAUCCCUGAUCUACACCAGCUCUCUAGGGCAGAGAUGGCAAACCUCAGCCCUGGGGGGCCAAACGUGGCUGCCUAAGCCUCUCUGACUGGCCCUCGAAAUUCUCCCUAGUCUCCUAAGCUUUCUCAACUUGGGCACUGCAAGCACCUCAGAUUUUUCCCAUGUCCCACAACCAAGGAAGCUGAAUAAAAACUGAUAAAACUAAUAAAAACUGAUAAAAACCGCACAACUGCUGCGGAGCUCAAGUCAGUGCUUCCACUCUUCACUUCAGGCUAACAACUGUAUUACCCAAGGAAGGGUAAUGUCCUGAUCUAGUGGAGGUUUGCAGUUCCCGAUGCCCCAGGCAGGCAGGAUUCCAAGGCAAGGCAAAGUCAGCACCAGUCAAAGUUUGGGUUCAGGACCAUGGACAGCAACCCCUCGAUUGAUACCAAACAUCCAAGUUGUCUCAGCAAAGGCCUGGAGCUGAGUUUUAUGGCACUGUUUCAGUUAUCUGGAAGCCCUGCCACUGUGUCAUGGUCAGUCAACUGGCCAGCAGUGCUUUCUUCUGCCCCCUUUGUUUUUUUCCAAGCAAUGGGGUUUCAACGUGUGGGAAAUCUCACAUUAGAAUCAUAGAAUCAUAGCACUGUAGAGUUGGAAGGCAGCAUGAUGGUCAUCUGGCUCAACCACCUUCAAUGCAGGGAUCUUUUAUCCAACGUGGGGGUCGAACCCAUUGCCUGAGAGUCUCGUGCUCUACUGACUGGACUAUCCCAGCACCAUGGGACUCUCUUGAUCCCCUGAGGAGUCUCUGGACCAGCCAUCAGAGUCUGGCAACGGUGGUGUUUGCUUGAGGUUCUGCAGGAGGGGUGCAGGCUUUGGUGCAGUGCGGACCUAAGCAUGGGUCUGUCUCACCCCUGAAGCUGCAGUUCCUGGAGUACUCUGCCUCUGACAAAUCUUGCUCUGAGGCCGUGACAACUUUGCAGGUUGCUCUCCCUGCGUCAUAUUACCUAACUUAGCGGAGGCGAUGCCCAAAGACAGCUGAGCGGUGUCAUAUUGUAUGCAUGUCGGCACACCUCUGUCUAUUCUGGAGUAGAAUAGACAGGCCCAGGAUUUAGCUGUGAUUCCUGCAUUCCAGGGGUUGGACUAGAUGGCUCCCUGUCUCCCUUCCAAUUCUGCGGUUCUGUGAUUUGCAGCUUCUGAAUUGCUUAUCUGACUACCAGGCUGGUCCAGAUGACAUUCAGUCACCUGUUCCAGACCUGCAGCUUUGUGAGGAUGGGUGGGAAAGAAAAAAAGAAAAAACAACAACCCACCUCUGCUUUAGUGAAGCUUUUUUGGUGCAUUUCAAAGCAAUGUCAUCGGUUUCAUCCUCCAGGCAGCGCUUCAGGGAUAAUUAAAUGAGAAGCCUAUCUAUUUUAGCUGCGUCUGCAAAAAUUGUUUGGUUUCGCGGCUAACGGCAGGCACUCUGUGUGUCUGUGUAUGUCUGUGUGUGUCGUUGCUCAGGGUGGAGUACAUGGAGAAAAGCAAGCACCUCCAGGAGCAGCUGAACGAGCUGAAGACGGAAAUCGAGGCUCUGAAGCUGAAGGAGAGGGAGACGGCGAUGGACAUCUUGCACAGCGAGAACAACGAGCGGGGCAGCAGCAAGCACAACACCAUCAAGAAGGUAUCGUAGGCCACGCCACUGCGUAAAAACCGGGAUUUCUUGGUGCGUGAAAAUGCGGCCGAGCUCAGUUCAGGACAUGACGCGCAGGGAGAGAGAGACCUUGUGCCGUGUUUUGGAGAGCGCCUUUAUUUAAUUCUUUUAUUUUUAUUUCAUAAAAUUUAUAUACAACAGCCCCUUCAAACUGUAUGCAAAAAGAACAAGACAUUGACAUUGUCAGUAAAAAAACAGUUAAAAAUGGCUAUUGAAAACGUUGAAAAACAGUAAUAGCUGAAAUCAACAGUAAGCUAAAAAGCAGAUGAAAACGCAGUUCAAGAUUCUACGUAUCUGAGUAGCCUUUGCCUAAAUCAAAUGCUUCCAUCAGCUGUCAAAAAUGGCACAGUGAAGCUGCCUGAUCUCAAAAGGCAGGGAGUUCCGAAGUGUCCGUGCUGCCACGCUAAAAUGCUCAGUGGCUUACAAACGUGGAACCAGCAUUGCACGGUGGCUGUAAAAGUGCCUCUUGCGUUUAGUAAUUCGCAGUGCUAUUUUUCUGGAGGGGAUGCAGGGGUAUGCAUACCCCUAAACAUUUUGUGAAUCUAAGUUUGGCCUCAUUGAGGAAUGGUAUUUCAAUAUGAGUAGGAAAAUGAGAGUACCCCUAAACAUUUCUUUAGAAAAAAAGAACUGGUAAUUUCCUUAGAGACCCUGAGAAGACCGGGGGAACCUUUGGCUUUCCAGGUGUUGCUGUAGCACAACUCCCAGCGAGUGUUUCUCAGCUAUCUAAUACUUGGGGGCAGGGGCGGGAAAGGAAUGUUUUCCAGUUCAACAUUUAAUAAUAAAGGAGACAAGUGCACCUGACUAGAGGGGGCAUUCCAUAACCGGGGAGCCACCACCGAAAAGGUACUGCCACUGGUCAGCGUCCAACCCUGAUUGCAACAGCACCAAAACACAGUAUCCAAUAGCAAAAAAAUAACAGAGGAGCUUUACAGUUUCACCUUGGUCCUAGAAACCGCCUGCCCCACCAAUGUUGCUCAUAGUCCCUCUCCUGCAACAGGUUCUUAUAGGGCUUCCAAGAGCAGGGGGGCACAGUAUGUGGCUGGAGAUCUCCUUCAUUUCAUAACAUGUAGAGCUGCGGCAGGGAAAAAGUCUUGGAGUGAGAGAGGGGAAAGGCAAUACAUUUCACAAGGGCCGUGUUGGAUUCCCCCCCAGAGGCCCACGUGGUCCACCUCCGUGACUGGCCAGUUGCAUAAAACCAGGAUCUUUUUUCUGCCGUUGCAGCCCAACAGCUGGUAUUCAGCAGCAUACUGCUCCUGGAUGAAGAGGUUCUACUUAGGCAUCAUUUCAGAGCCUCAUUUUCCAUAUUGCUGAUCUCAGCAAGCAAAAAAAAGUUAAAAAUUCAGUUGACUGUUGACUGUCCGUGCUUCCCUUUGUGUGCCCCGUUUGGUUACAAGAGGAAUAAUUGCCUCAGCUCUCUGCCUGGUUGACCUGCUGUUUCGAAAUCAUUCUUCUCCCAUCGUUGCAGGAUUCAGCAAUGUUGAAAUAUUUGCUGAGAAGAGGGAAAUCUUUGGAUUGCCUUGAAUAUCUCUUUGGAAUCCCAGGAGACUUUGUCAGCAAGGAAUCUCCCCUUUAAGCCAAAGAUAACAAGCUUUCUAUUUAAAAAAUCCCUUGGCAGAUGGAGGGAGGAUCGUUAUAGACAAGAAACUUGAGCUGUGGGUCUCAAAUUGCUUCAUCUCAUCUCUGCUUUGUUUUAUUUUGAUUUAUUUCCUACUUGGAUUUUGUUACUUUAUUUAUUCAUUUGUUUUCUUUGUGUCCCACCUUUCCCCCCUUUCACCUCUAAGGAGCUCAAGGUGGCAGACAUGGUUCUCCCCUUCCUCCUCUAAUCCCCACAACAGCCCUGUGAGGUAGGUUAGGCUGAGAGAGGCAGAGACUGGCCCCCAAGCUCACCCAGCAAGCUUCAUGGCUGAGCGGGGGAUUCGAACCCUGGUCUCUCCCAGCUCCUAGCCUGCCACUCUAAUCACAGAACCAUAUUGGCUCGUGACAGUACCGACAACAUAUUUCAACCCAGGACCCACCUUUUAACCUCAACCCAGGACAUGGGACCCAUUUCUGUUUUCUUUUUCUUUUUAACUCUAUAUGUCCAGAUGCAAAGGAGGCUGUUUUAUCAUUAAUAUGUAGAAAGUAUGAUUUUAGGAAGGGCAGCUUGUCGUGUUGGGAUGGACUGAAGUAGGACGGGCAGGGAGGGGCACCCAUGCACCCCUGACCUCCGUGCUGCGGCAUUACUGCUGCUUCCCAGGAGGGGCAGAGGGAGGGUCAAGGUCGCAGGGUGACUGCCAUUAUCCUGGUGCACCAACAAAACCAGUCCGAGGCUUCUUCCGGUGCCUACUGAAAUCAUACUCUGCACCCUUUUUCCUUGCUGCCUGCAAGGGACAGCUUCAGAACAGAUCUCGUGCUGGCCUGCAUUGCAAUUUAAAUAGAUAGAAGGAAAGAUCAAUAGAUCAAUAGAUAGAGGUUGAUGCCCACUGCUGCGACAGGUGAACACUCUCCUGGCCCAUAGUUCAUUUCUUUCAUUAAAAUGUAUAUACCACUUUAUUGCAAAAAAACACAAGCAAACCCUCAAAGCAGUUUACAAAGAAUAAAAGAGUGACAUUUUCAGCUAAAACAACUAUUCAAAGCAGUCAAAAGACAAAAUCAGCAAUAAACUAAAAACAGAUUAAAACAUACACUGACAUCCUACAUGUCUGGGUAGGCCUGUCUAAACAAAAACGUUUUAGCAGGUGCUGCAAAGAGUACGGUGAAGGCACUUACCUGAUGUCAAGAGGCAGGGAGUUCCAGAGGGUUUAAGUGCUGCUGUGCUAAAACUAUCCAACUGCCAGGCUUGCCUGUAGCAUUUUGGCUUGCCCUCCAAUGAAAAUGGAAUACAAUCCUUGCCCACGAUGUUUUCCUGUGCGCGUCCCGUUGAAAUGGGACUUUGAGUGAGCCUUGGGCAAGAGAGCUUUCUGGAGGAGAUAGUGCCCUGUGAGCUAUAGAACCACCAACCCAAUUUUCACACUUUGUUUGAGGAAGAAGCGACCUGGGAACAUUGACACUCUCGAUUUCACAGAGGACCUCUUCUUUUGUGUGUUUGUUUCUCAUUUUGCUGGUUUAGCCUCAAGCCCAGGGCAGAAGACCUAUCUGCAUUUGAGACCUUCCAAGUAGGUUAUUCCAAGAUUUCUUUGCGUGCGGUGAUGGGAUGGCCACCUGUCUCUUACUAACCCCUGCAUGAGCUUGCUUGUGGGAAAUCCACUGCCUUUCACCACCCCUGGCAGGGCUGUUGGAGCUUGUCACCCCACGGCACAGUCCUUGUGAGGGUGAGAUCUGGCAAACGGGUCAGGAACCUUAUGGUACCCCUCCUCCCGGAGGGUGCGAUGCUGGAGGGGACCUCUCCUCCUUUUUUGCCGCGUCCCCCCACUUUUGGUGCAAUUCCACCAGUCCAGCCUUUGCCAGCCUGGGGCCCUCCAGAUCUUUCGGACCGCAACUCCCAUCAGCCCCUAGUCAGCACGGGUAUAUGGUGCUAAAGGAGCAUGGUCACACUGGCAGGGGCUGAUGGGAGCUGUAGUCCAAAGCAUCUGGAGGGCAGCAGGUUGGCAGAGGCUUAUCCUGCCACCUGCGCUUCUUCACUUAGCCCAACAGAUCAAUAAUACUCCAUUAGGAAAUUUAUUCACUUAGCGUAUAUCCGAAACACAGCUGUGCAUCUUUCUCCCGCCAUCACCCAGUUAACAGCGGAUGUUAACAGUUGCUGGUUCAUUUCUGGGCCCGGUUAGAGGUGCUCACAUUUAAAUCCCUAAACAACUUAGUCCCCUAAUUUGAAAAGACUGCCUCUUUCCCUACAGACCCUCUCAGUUAUUAAGAUUGCCAGAGGGGGAUCUCUUGGUAGUUCCUCUGCCCCCAGAAGUUCAGUGGACAGAUGAAUGAGGAGAGGGCCUUCUCUGUGGUGGCUCCUAAGUUGUGGAAUUCCCUUUGCCACAGAAGCAAACCUGGCACUUUCAUUAUGUGUAGGCUAGAAACACCCCUCUUUACCCUGACCUUUGAUACUUGAGAUGUAUAUUUUUAAGCCCCACCCUGUAACCGUGGCUGUUAACAUGCUUUAAACUGUUUUUCAUACUGUAUUUCUAAAUUGUUUUAACCUGUCCUGGGACAUUAUGGUGGAGGGUAGCGGUAAUGAGAAAUCAUAGAAUUACAGAGUCGGAAGGGACCACAAGGCUCGUCUAGUCCAGGCGCCUGCAGUGCAGGAAUUUUUUUGCCCAACGUGAGGCUUGAACGCAUGACCCAGAGAUGAAGAGUCUCAUUCUCUACCAACUGAACUAUCAAAUAAAUCACAGCAACAAUAUGGAAGGGUUGGCUUCCUGCAGAAGCCUCUGCGUUCAGAAGCUUGACCUUUCCCAAUUCUCCGCCUCCUCUUCAAAAAGCGACGGCAAAGGAGCACUUACACAAGAACAGGAGUGAUGCCUCCUCAUUUUAGGCUGCAUGCGUGACGGGGAAGGGAGGGGCAGAUACCUCUCCCUCUGUCCCACGAAAAGAAUCGCCACCCUGCAGGGAAAGUCCAGAGUUGAAUCCUCGGCUCUGUUCCUCAUCUCCUGCCCCCGCCCCUCAUUAAUCACCCCCCUCCCUUGGCAGCCGAUUCAUUCCCCCUCCUCCUUUUUUAACUUCUGAAAAAUAAAUCUUUCUGAAACCUUUUUUUGAAGCUGCCGCUCUUGCUCUCUCCCGUUCGAGUUGAGCACUUCAAAGCUGCUCCCUGGUCUUUGGAAGCCUUCGCUCGAGCGUCCUCAUUGGCUGGUGCUCUGGCACCUCUUCUUCGUGCCCCCCGCGGUUUGCUCCGCAGAACCGUUCAGAUCUCGGCGAAGGGCAGGAAUGCCACCCAGGCUGUUCCUGCGGGACGAUCCUUAAUUGGAACGGCUUGUCAUCGUUGGCACCUUUCAAGAUGGGCCGUGGGGGAAUUGUGGGGGGGGGGGAGCGGGCUUUCAGAGUCUGCUAACUGGCCACACUAGCAUUACAUAAGGACAUCUGAAGCACCUGCCAGCGGCCCAUCUCGCUUGGAUCCUGUUCUUACAGUGCCUGUUAGAAACCUGCAAGCAGGAUCUGAGCACAAGAGCAGUGUCCCUACCCUGUGGUUACUGCCAGCUGGUAGAAUCAUAGAGCUGGAAGGGAUCCCCAAGGCUCAUCUAGUCCAACCCCUUGCAACGCAGGAAUCUUUUGUCCAUCAUGGGACAUGAAUCCAUGACUCUUGAGAUUAAGAGUGUCAUUCUCUACGGACUGAGUGGUUGCUCCCUCCAACUGUGGAGGCAUAGCAAUUGUGAGCAUAGCGAUUGUGGCUAAUAGUCGCCAAUAGCCUUUUCCUCCAUGCAGUUGCCUCACUCUCUUUUAUGGUAAGGGACGCAGGUGACGCUGUGGGUUAAACCACAGAGCCUAGGACUUGCUGAUCAGAAGGUCAGCGGUUCGAAUCCCCACAGCGGGGUGAGCUCCCGUUGCUUGGUCCCUGCUCCUGCCAACCAAGCAGUUCGAAAGCACGUCAAAGUGCAAGUAGAUAAAUAGGUACCGGUCCGGCGGGAAUGUAAACGGCGUUUCCGUGUGCUGCUCUGGUUCGCGAGAAGCAGCUUAGUCAUGCUGGCCACAUGAUCCAGAAGCUGUACGCCGGCUCCCUUGGCCAAUAAAGCGAGAUGAGCGCCGCAACCCCAGAGUCGGCCACGACUGGACCUAAUGGUCAGGGGUCCCUUUACCUUUACCUUUACCUCAUCACUGCCUCCUGCGGGAGCAGGUUCCCCAGAUUAACUAUGUGCUGCGUGAAGAAGUCCUUGCUUUUCUCUGUCCCAGAUCUUCCAACCUCCAGCUUCUUUGGAUACCCACCAGUCCUCAAGUUACAAGACGGGGAUAAAAACUCCCCCCUGUCCACUUCCUAAAUUGAAUCUUGAAAGGGAAGAGCAGAAAGAAUGAUAAUAUUGUUCCCCCGAUGCCACCUCUUCCCUGGAGCUCUUAUUUUUGGUGGCUUCAAGUCCUGGUAGGUCCAAAGAUGGCUUUGUAGCUAGUCUGUUUGCUGAAAAGCAGCUUUCUGGUCCUGUAGCUAAGUAUAUACCUAGGGCAACACGGCGGGGAGGUUUCAUGCUGGUUUUGUGCCCCAAGGAAGCAGGUGAGCCAUCAGUGAACAAAAAGGAUGAAUGGUUGCUGUGAUGACACUUGGUUUAACUGGCCUGUUGCUCCAUUGCUUCUUGUCUUUGGCACAUGCAAAAUCUUAGAUGAGCAUUUUUUGGGGGGGAUUUUCUUUCAUGCUCUUCAAACAUAAAAGUUACUGAGGCCAACAUGAGGCUACUUUGGCAAUCUAGAAAUUCUGGCUAGCAUGUCCUCAGUGGGGCAAAUGGUGGCGUCAAACCCUUUGGAGCCUGCAUUGACUUAGGCUAAACUUCUGCCUUCUGUUAGAUCUCGGGUUGUCUUUUUCUCACUGCCUGGCUUCCUAAACUAACCCACUCUCCUUGAGUACCUCGCCGCUCACACUUUGCUGCACGUCACUGGAAUACAUCGCAUCCAUCGCCUGGAAGAAUUUCCUCAGGUCUUUCAAGGCGGCAUUUUGCAUUGCCAUUAGGGGCCUGAUCCAUUCCCUGGCCCCAUCCUGCAGAUGCCCGACAAUGUAUGCCACCCUCUCCCCAUCGUCCGCAAAAUCCUUAUGCUGCAGGUCCAAAGCGUAUUCUAUUUCCGUUCGGAACGCGUUGUAGUCCUGGGGUUUCCCCCCAAACUUGUGUACCAGUCCCGGUAUCUUCCUUGCUACGGGGGUGGUCCUGACCUGUGCAUCGUGAGCCUGCCUUUCUUCCAACCGCGCCGUGAGAAGAGCCACAUGCUGUUCCAAAUCUUGGUUCCUCUCCACCAGAUUUUGCACUCCGGCUGCUCCCUCCGUGGCGCCGGCUUCUCCGGUUUGGCUCAUUCUGCUGCCUGCCUGUCGCUGCGCAAAAGCAACGUCAAGGACUGACGGAUUGCUGUAAUAAAUGUAGGGGUUGCUCGUGCGCAAGUUGGUGCCACUCCUGGCUAGGUUGCCUUGUUAAACCUUUUCUGUCUGGACAGCCCUGCACUUCGUGGCUGUUCAGUCGCUAGCAGAAUCCGUCAGUGGGCGUUUCUUAAACCUUUCCAGCAUAAAAGUUGUUUGACUCCAAGUCUCCUCCUACUCUCCCUGCGCGAAGCCUUCUGCGCAGGGAGGGCGUGGGUAGCGGAGGACCCGUGCUCUCCUCGCUGAUCUCCGACGAGGAGUCCUGGAGCCUCUCGCCGAUUCCCCCAUCUGCCCCCCUUUAUCCCUGGUGUUACGCUGAUUUCUUUCCCCAGCUGGUGAGCCGCCUCUCCCCCUGCUGGGCCCUUCUCCAGCAUCGCUUGAGAGCCUAGCCUCCGCCUCUGGCUCCGAUGUCAGUUCCCUGACAGGGUCCAUUCGAGCCAUUUUUUUAUUCUUCAAUAUUUACUGUUUCCCAGUCCCAAUAGCCUGGAUUUCCACUUCCCACUAUUGCUGAAAAUUAUUGCAUGUUACUGCAGCAUUUUAAAUUUCACUCUGAUUUGUAGCUUUCUUACACAAUCUCUAUGUUGCUUGUGAUUGAGCAGCAUUAGCCAAGGACCCGAUAUUUCAAAUUCUGUAUGUGUUCUCAGAGGGAGAGUCUGCAAAGCUGGAAGCUCUCCUUUGAAGAGAGAUGGAAGUCAGAUAUCUUGGUCAUCCGGAUUUUCUGGCCUUCUUCUUGAUGCUUGAAUCUUCAUAGGAACAGUAUGGACUUUACCUCUUGACUAGAAUUAAGCACUACGCUUUGUAUGUUCUCUGUUUAUUGAGACAGCAAACAAACCUCCUCUUGUGCUAAUCUUGCUAGGAAAAACAAAUCCAGAAAACGAGCCAAGAACUUGAUCUUAUACUUUUCAAUCUUCUGAAUAAACGUUUGAGUAGUACAGUCGUAACUUGGAAGUCGAACGGAAUCCGUUUCGGAAGUCCGUUCGACUUCCAUAGCGUUUGAAAACCAAAGCGCGACUUCAGAUUGGCUGCAGGAAGCUCCUGCAGCCAAUCAGAAGCCGCAAAAGCCCCGUCGGAUGUUCAGCUUCCAAAAGAACGUUCAAAAACCGGAACAGUCACUUCCAGGUUUCAGUCAUUUGAGAGCCAAAACAUUCAUGAACUAGGCUGUUCGAAAACCAAGGUACGACUGUACAGGGCCUUCAAGUUUUGGAACACGUUAUAGAGUUGCAUAGGAACAUAGGAAGCUGCCUUUUCCGGAAUCAGACCAUUCAUUCAUCUAGCUUAGUAUUGUCUACACUGACUGGCAGCAGCUCGUCAGGAUUUCAGGUAGGGAAUCUCUCCCAGCCCUACCUGGAGCUGCUGGGGAUUGAACCUGGAUUGUUUUGCAUGCAAGGCAGAUGCUCUUCCACUGAGCUACGGCCCUUUCUCGAAGGAGAAAUAGACAGAUCCCUGUCUCAUGCCAUGGACAACUUAAAAUUUUAUACAGCAUUUGGGAAGACAGCAGACAGACAGCAACAGAGGACAAAUAUAAGGAAAUUCAUUUCCACAUACUUAGAUUUCCUUCCACUGGGAGGCUGCAGACUGAAGGUGCUAAACCAAAGCUUUAUUGGCAGAGGUGGGUACAGAAAGAUAAUUUAAAUGGGACGCAAGAGCUGGUCCUGAGAGGGGGUUAGGGAAUUUGUUUAUUAAAAAUCUCUCCUUUCUGCUGUAAAACAGCCCUCGAGGCAGCAAGGAGCCCUCAGAAUAACACUCAGGGGGUUCCAGAUAGAAGCAAUGUGACAAUGCUUAAUGUUUGGCUCCUGGGUUUGAUCGGUGCUUUGUUUGAUCUGCAGUUAGACAAUACUGCAAAUUCUAUGUCCUUUUAAAAUGUGUUUGUGGGAGGGUUUUUAUGGUUUGCUUUUGUUUUUAUUAUGUAUUUUCUGUUCUCAUUUUGUAUUUUUGUUUUGUGAUCUUUGGAUGAAGGGUGGCAUACAAAUUUAAUAAAUAGCAACAAUGAGGAAGGAAGGAACACGCGGUGUUGCCUUACACCAAGUCAAACCAUUGGCCCAUCUAGCUGAGUAUGGUCAACAAUGACUGGUAGCAGCUCUUUGGAGUUUCAGGCAGCCCUACCUUGGGGUUAAAUCUGGGACCUUCUGCAUUCCAAGCAGCUGCUCUGCCACUAAACAGCUAUUCCCCUUUGGACUUGUUGGAUUUAGAUCCAUGCAGCACGGUCAGAUGCUCCACCUUGAGCUAUGGCCUCUCCUUCGCUUUCAUCCGGAGGACCCUGUAUUUCGGGGGGUUGGACUAGAUGACCCUUGUGGUCCCUUCCAACUCUACAAUUCUGUGGUUCUAUGUCCCAGUUCCGAAUCUUUCAUUUGGGUAGAGGCCCCUCUGUGAUGAAGCCCCAGCAUGGGAACAAAGGUCAUGUUUGCGACCUCCCGAGUUUUCCUCUCCACCUUGGAUGGAGCCUGCAGAAUUUUUCAUGUUUAAUUAUGUGGUUAACAUGCUAAUCCCCUUUUUAUGAGCUCUGGGGGCGCAGCACAGACAUCUCUUCAGGAAGCUGAUUUCCUCUGCACGUAGUGCGCUGGCUUCGCUAAUUCCAGCUGGCUGAACUUCAGGGGGGCUGGCUGCUGCUUCAGACUUCAGAAGAAUGUAGGAGACGGGGUUUGUUUUCGUUCUUGAGGGUCUCUCAUUCUCUCUAUGCCUCGGACUUCAAGGGUUUCCUCUUAGGCCAGGCUGAUGAAUCUGUGACGAACGCUCAACAGGAGCAGGCAGGAUUUUGGAGCAGCUUCAAACUUGUUUUUCUUUCUUCCCACCAAAGAGAAAAGGCAUGCGUUUUGCCUGCAAAACAGGAAAGGGGAACCAGAGCGAUCCAGCUCUCCUUUCUGGGAAAGAGUAGGCAGUUGGCAUGCCUUCAUAAGAACAUUAGAAGAGCCUGCUGGAUCAGGCCAAUGGCCCAUAAAGUCCUGCAUCCUAUUCUCACAGUGGUCAACCAGAUAUCUUUUCUGGGAAGCUGCUGGGAACCUUCUUUUCUGGGAACCUUCUGUUUGCAGAGGUUCUGUUCCAAAUCUAUACUGUCCUCCUUCUCCUGGGAAGAUUCAGGAUUAGGAUCAGGGGGAGGGGGUGGCUUCCACCAUUAUUCUUCAGUGCAGUCCUCCUCAACACAGUCCCUGAUGAGCAGAGCCAUCACGGCUAGUAGCCACUGAUUCUCUUAUUCAUGAAUUUUUCCAGUCCUAUUGUUAAGCGAGUGGCGCUGUGGUCUAAACCACUGAGCCUAGGGCUUGCCGAUCGGAAGGUGGCGGUUUGAAUCCCCGCGAUGGGGUGAGCUCCUAUUGCUCGGUCCCUGCUCCUGCCAACCCAGCAGUUCGAAAGCACGUCAAAGUGCAAGUAGGUAAAUAGGUACCGCUCCGGUGGAAAGGUAAACGGCUUAGUCAUGCUGGCCACAUGACCCGGAAAAACUGUCUGUGGACAAAUGUCGGCUCCUCGGCCAGUAAAGCGAGAUGAGCGCCGCAACCCCAGAGUUGUUCGCGACUGGACUUAACUGUCAGGGGUCCUUUACCUUUACCUUUUAUUGUUAAGCCACCCAAUCUCAUGGCCAUCGCUGCUUCCUGCAGGAAUGAGUUCCAUAGCUUAGCCAUGCAUUGCAUGAAGAAGUUAUUUCUUUUAUCUGUCCUGAAUCUCCCAACCUACAGCUUCAUUAGAUAUCCAAGAAUUCAGGGAGAAAAACCUUUCUCCAUCCUCUUUCCCCGUGCCUUCCCACGCCAAGGCUCACUACAACCCCCAGUCCUCUUAAGUAGCUAGCUAUUCUCCUCCAUAAACUCAGCCUUUCAGAAAGGUUCUUUUGGUAUAUUGUCAUUGCUGUGGUGGAGAGCUGGAUUUAAUGGGCAGCCCAGAUCCUUAUCCUCCCCACUCCCCCUACGUGGGCCUGUCCCCCUGUCAAUAGUCUAGAGUCACAGUGCCUACGAUCCCCCUUUCAGCCCUGCCCCAUUGAAUUAAGCAGGGCUUUCUUUUUAAUAAAUGUGUAUAGAAUAUUACUCUUUCAGAUGCAGAAAAAGGCUGUUCUUUUGCUUCAAAGGGUAUAUUAUAAACUGAAAGGAAAUGGAUUCAUGAAAGCUAAUUUUCUGCGGAGUGGCUACGACACCUCCAGCUUGCUCCAGUAUAUGUUUACUCAGGAGCAAGUCCCACUCAUUUCUCAGACUAAACGUGCAUAGAACUGCAGCCUUUCUCUGUGCAAUUCGGAUAUUCUGCGUUCCUAUAAUACAAUGAAAGAGUAGCAAUAAAUGUUAUUGUUUAUUGCUACCCUUCCAUUACAUUAUCAGGAACAUUUCUGAGUUUUAUGAGUGUGUUCUGCCUUUGCAUCAUGAUGCUGAGCUCUAGAUAAUGUUUCUAAGCUUAGGUAAUAAAGCCUUGCUUUCUUUACCGCUGGUGUCCCCAGUGUGACUGGUAGGGUGGAAGGCAGGGAGACCAACAGUAGAGGGAGCCAGAGCUAAUGACAGGCAGAGCCAACUAAGACUGGGUGUAGCAUCAUAGAAUCAUAGAGUUGGAACGUCACCAGCUUAAAACGUAACUGGGUCAUUAUUCUUCUCAGCCCAGAUCAGAGCUUGUUUGGGGUCAAACUCAUCAAAAGGCAGCAUUUCCCAAGAAAUGACAGGAUAGAUAUGGAUUGUGGCUAACAUUGUGUGUACACCAGUUCUCAAACCAGUGGCGAGAGCGCACUAGAUGCAGAGUAAGCAGGAGCGUGUACAGAGUCUAAUUCAGCUUUUGCCGUCCUCCUCCUUCCUGCUGCACUGAGACUAAGGAGGAGGAAACUGCUAGAAAGUAAGCAGGCAGGCAGGUGGGGGCUGGCGGACAGCAGACUGAGAUUUGGGGCACAGUGCCCCAUUCCCCCAUUUGCAGGGUGGGAAAGGGAGGCCUGAGAAGUUUAGGGAUGUUAAAAGGAGAUUGCUUAGAUGCCAGGGUGACCUUGUCUCUGCAAAACGCAGCCUCUGUGCCGUUUGCCAGUGACAGGUAAAUGAGAUGCUGUAAACUUUUUAUGCUGCUGAAAUACAAGGCAAGGUUGGCAGCAUAGUUGGUUUUUUUAAAAAAAGGGAUGAGAUACUGUUUGCAUUCUUUUUAAGGGCCUGAAACUAAAUGUUGCAUGCAAAUCUGUGCCAUGAGACCCUGGUUUCUCGAGAAAAGCUGUUUUGAGAGGGGGGAUUUGGAGUAGUAAGUAGCGUGUAUGUUAACCCUUUGGCUACAUGCUGUUUCAAAUCAAUCCCUUAAGAACACAAGAGGAGCUCUGCUGGAUCAGGCCAAUGGCACAUCAAGUCCAGAAUCCUGUUCUUACACUGGCCAACCCGAUACUCCAAUGGGAAGUUCCCAUGCGGGACCUGAUCACAACAGCACUCUCCUCUUCUGAAGUUUCCAGUGACUGGCAUUCGGAAGCCUUGCUGCCUCCAACUGUGGAGGCAGAGCAUAGCCAUCAUGGCUCGUAGACAGCAAUAGCUUUCUCCUCCAUGAAUUUGCCUGGUCCUCUUUUGAAGCCAGUUCCGCAGUUUAAUGAGCGAGUUCCACAGUUCAAUGAUUUGGACUGAAGAAAUGGCUUCUUUUAUCUGCCUUUCCAAAGGGGCUUUUCUGUCUCACACACAUCUCUAGGUAGAUCUGGAUACUCCGCUUCCUUAAUUCUUCCUCUGGAGUCACAGGAAGCCCCAUCUGAGAUUCCCAAGUGGAAACAGACUCCUAACUCAGAGUAGUCCCAUUUCCGUAAACCCCACACCGUGGCUGUUUCUCCUCCUCCUCCCACUUGCCACCCCCUCCAGUUUUAUUGGGGAAAUGGCCUAAAUGGAUUUGGUGGUCUCAUUUCAAUUCUGUGCAAUUUUUGCCAAGCCAGCAAAAAUGGGGGGCCCUGCAGUUAUUGGGUUAGCUAGUGCAAAAUGAGCUUGACUGCAACAGAGUUAUUGGUUCCUCCAAAUCAAAUAAAAGCCCCGGGUCUCCUGGGGGGAUACAGCAGCCUCCAGGCAGAAGGAGCAAAGAAGAUAUCCCCCCUCUUUUUCUUCUUCUUCUUCUUUCUCCUUCUGGCUAUUUGAUUGCCUUCCUCUUUUCUCCCUCUCCCCUUCAUAUAUAUAUAUUCUUUGAUUCGCCCAGUUAGCGCAUUGUAGAGCCUAUUCUCCUUCCUCUCUCCCCUCCCUCCCUGCAGGAAGAGGGACGGAUCGCACAAUGGCGCCUUGUAAAAUCAAUUUUCUCCCUGUGACAAAAAUGUAAUUUGCUCUUAAUCACCCAGGUUUGGCUUGCACGAAAUCUUGCUGCGUGCGAUGGCACACACAUGCUUGCUUCCCCCCUCCCCGCCUUGCAUCUGCGUCGAAGAAAACAGCCCACACAUUCAGAGACACCUGUAGUAGCAGAGGAGGAGGAAAAGCUUGUGUCUGAUCUUGUCUCCUUCUAGAGAAGGGGGUGCUCGGAGAGAAGCAGCAGAGGCCGGGGUUGGUUGGGGGGCAUGCAUCUACUUCUCGUAACCGCCAGGCUGUUUUGGAUAAAGAACGGCAAGCAUGGGAAACAGGCGGCCUUUGCAGAGCCAGCCCUUCUCCCUGCAGGCUUCAGCGUAGGAGGAUCUGUGCCAUCGAGGUGUGCAAGUCGUUGCCACUGAUUAGCCCGACGCAGGGAAGAGUGAAAUUGGUAGUUUCCAGAAUAACAGGGCGAGAUGUUUUGCUGCAGGAUUGCCCUCUGCAUUUAAAAACCGGGGGAGAGGAGGGGACCUCAAACCCAGGGACUGAAUACGCCACCCCCCUGAGCCUCUUUAUCUGACCCUCAAGGCUUUCCCAGCAGCACCACGGAUGCCCCCUGCUUGGCACCCUCCGGGAGCCUCUCUGCCUAGCUUGAAGUCUGCUUGCACCUCCUGCAUGGCUAGAUGAGAGAGGAGAAUGUGUAAAAACUGGCCUGCCAUCGGAGGUGGUUGAAGGGCAGCACGACCGGUGGGGUCACAAUGGGUGCCGUUCUGCAGGGGGAGCCACAACAAUGCUGUAGCCCCUGGAACAUGAGAGGUGGGGUAGGGCGUGCCAAAUUUUAGCAUUGCUGCUGAAAUUUGAGAGCCUGGAGUCUGUCGCUGACGCUGCUCAAAGGCAAAACUGGAAUCUCUGCUCGCUUUUGCUUCUGGCCCUGCCCACCAACAGCAUGCGGCCCCUGGAAGGUUGCUCAGGAGGAAAAUGUGGCCCUCUGCCUGAAAAAAAGUUUUUACACCCCUGAUUUAAAACAGGAACCCAACCAGGGUCAACUAGGUUGUUCCCUCUUCCUAUUUUAUAUUUUAUUAUUGCAGUUGUUGCUCACCUUUUCCUGUCCGAGGAGCUCAAGGUGGCAUGCAUUGUUCUCUUCCUCUGCACAACAACCCUGUGAGGCAGGUUAGGCUGAGAGGCAGUGACUGGCCCAAGGUCACUCAUCAAGCUGCACGGAUGAGUGGGGAUUUGAACCCUGAUCUCUCCCAGGGGCUAGUCCGACAUUCUAACUACUACACCACCAUCAGCUCUUGGUUCUCACAUCCCGCUGAUGUAGCCAUUCUGGUCCCCCUUGACACCCUACGUCCCCCAACACGAUUCUGCGGACACCAGGUGAGGCUCCUUUGAGCUCGGAAUGCCUUUCCGCUGGGCUGGACAUGUCAACCUUUUUCAUUGCCGCCCACUCUCCAUCCAAGCGCCAUCGGUGAGCAGCUGUCCCCAGAGCAUCCGUCCCGGCAAGCAAGGUGGCUGUCAGAAAAGCAACAGGCAGGCUUGACAGGUGAUGAGAUGCCAGGCAGAGACCGAGCAGAUUCACUUGAGCAACUGAUGCCAGGAGGGGAGGGGACAGGCUGGGAGCAGUGUGCCCCUGCCGGGGAUCCUUUUGCAAUGGAGAGAGACACACACCAGUAUUUCAUUUCUUCCCCCCCCCGCCCCCCGCUUUCUGGCGGAGCUGCUGUUUUUGACAGUGCACCGUUCCCCGCAGGAUCAGAGGCAGAAAGCGUCCGUCCGCUCAGCCAAGAGCAAACUUAAUUCAUCCGGCGGCGGGCAGGGAUGCACACAGCUAGCUUUAAUUGGAUGUGAGGAGGCAGCCGUGGAGGAGAGAUGUGGGCCAGACCUUCAGCGUCUGGCGGGGAACUCCCCAAUUUGCGAGAUUCUGCCUAACGGUGCCGGGCGUCCUCCCACACUCCUUGGCUGGCAGAAGCAGUGCAAAUAAGGCUUGGCGCGGCUCUGUGGGGUCUCCCAGAUGGAUCUCCUUGGAUAAAAUCUUGUCCUUCCCACAAUUUAGAAAUAGACAUCUGCACUUGGAGGCAGCAGUGCUUCUGAAUACCAGUUGCUAGAAACUGCAAGAGGGAAGAAGGCUCUUGCUUUCGGGUCCCGCUUGCUGGCUUCCUGCAAUAGCAGUCUGGCUGGCCGCUGUGAGCAGAGGCUGCUGGACUAGAUAGGCCAUUGGCCUGAUCUUGCAGACCCAUGUACAGUGGAACCUCGGUUGUUGAACGUAAUCCGUUCCAGAAGACCCUUUGACUUCCAAAAUGCUUGACAACUGAGGCGCAAAGAGCUGUUGCCAAUUUCAGUGGUGGAAAUUGAGAAACGGGCCUCGGAAGCCAAGGCGCAUUCAAAAAUGGAAGCAAUUACUUCCGGGUUUUUGGCAUUUGGGUUCCAAAACGUUUGGCUUCCGAGACGCUCUAAAGCAGAGAUUUCACUGUAUUUAUAUCUUUACUUGAUAGUUCAUUCAUGCUGUGAUCGGGGGGACCAGCCUGUGACCCCCCAGGUGUUGCUGGAUUCCUAAUGCUAUUAUUAUAACCAUAUUGGUGUGAAUAGGGACCACACUUUCUGACUUGUAUUUAAACCUGAGUGUAGCCAAUAAUGGUGUUCUGGUAGGGAAAGGAGCCGGGAUUUCAUAGGUUUUGUUUUAGGAAUGCAGCCUGCAUUUGGCGGCAGCUUGUAUUUGAACAGAUACAACGUGUUUUUAAAAUAAUUUGUUCUCUGCCAGCCGCAGUUUCCCAUAUUGUCAAUACUUCACUGAGCCAAACCUUUCUUCUUCUGCAUGUCACGUAGUAGGAUGAAGUUCUUGCGAGGCUUUAAAUACACCUGAUUUCACACACCCAGCACCUGUGCUAACUUUCAGAUGGUCUUGAUUUGUAUACUUGAUGCUGGAAUUACAUCUGUAACCAUCCCAUCCAUUUCAAAUCCAUUGCGUGCUUUAUACAAAGGACUGUCCUGUGGAAGGUGGAGCAAGCUUGUUAUCUGCUGCUCCAGAGGGCAGGAUCCAAACCAAUGACAAUAAAGGAGAUUCUGACUAAACUUUCUGAUGGCAAGAGCUGUUUGACAGCAGAACAGGCUCCCUCAGAAGGUGGUGGGCUCCCCUUCGUUGGAGGUGUUUCAACAGAGGAUGGCUGGCCGUUUCUCAGGGAUUUUUAGCUGUUUUUCCUGCUUUGCAGGGGGUUGGACUAGAAUGACUCUACGCUUCUAUGAUUCUGUGAUUCCAUGACCUCCAUCCACUUACAGGCUGCCACCAAAUCGAAGGGAGGUUCUGCUCUGUCCUCUUCCUGUUUAGCAUCAGACUCACAGCUGUCAACAUUUCCCUUUUUUUUAUGGGAAAUUCCCUUAUUCUGAAUAGGAUUCCUCACAAGAAAAGGGAAAAGUUGACAGCUAUGAUCAGGCUGGUGCCAGAAGCAGCCAGGAUUGUCUGCGCUUGUUACCUAAGAAUGUGUGCAUAGGCAGAGCAGACACUAGGCAGUCGUUCGCAGCCGCUGGAUACAUUCCAGCAGAGGGCAUUAAGCCUCUGCAGUAGUCUCUUCUUCAAUCCAGCCCCCCCGCCCCCGGCCCCAGCAAAAAGUAGUUGCAAAGGAAGCUGCCUAAUCUAUACCCGGUCAUGCCAUUGAGCUUGCUGUUGUUUAGUCCUCCCCGUUGCUUGCUAACAGAUCCUUUAAAACCCGAGUUGCCAGAACCCGUGCCGAGCCGCAUGAUCGGCUGUAAGGCCAAGGAACUGGUGUGCAAAAGGCAUUUGAGGCUGGCAGGUGUAGGAGUAGCAGCCAGGGAAGCCGGCGAGCGUGAGUUACGGUGCACUCAACGCUUCCUGUAAGAGGCUAUUUCUCAGCAAAACACCCGACCCUUUGACUGGAGCCGCUCACGGCUUUGUGUCUGCCGGAAAUAAUGUUCCCAAUUAGUUAAGCACCUUUUAGAUGCGCCGCACCUCGUUUGAUAAUCUGGGAGGCAUGAUGUGUCCUAGGAUGCCGAUUAAGGAGGUAGUAAUCAAAUACGGCAAUUAUCUCAUAAGGUCUGCGGUGGGUCCCUUUCACAGUCGCCUUCCUGCAGUAUUGCAAUAAGAUUCACACAAACAUGCUCUCUCCUUCCUGUUGAAGGGGCUGCUGGCUUUGUCCUCUGCCCUGAAGGGAUCUGGAGAAGGGUGUUUACAUGAGAGAAGCCAAAGCAGUUUAGCUGUCACCGGCUUCUGCCUGUGCAUCUCGGAGCUAUAGAUCUCUGAAGAGGAAGCCGGGGGGUGUCUUAAGAGAAUUCCACAGUGCUCUUGCGAAACGGAUUGCCAGAGCCUUCCCGGUGAAGCCGUGACACUUGCCAUCAAGAUAGCUUGUGCAUUUUUCACUUGUGGAAAUUUACAACCGCAGUGUGUUGGGGGCUGGUAAAAAGCAACUCAAACUACUGGUUUAAAUGGGUGAUUAUUGUUUUUCUAAUUAUUAUUACUAAUUGUUAAGGAGAAGGGCUCAGUGGCAGGGCCUCUGCUCUGCAUGGAGAAGGACCCAGGUUCAAUCCCUGCCAUCUCUAGGUAGGACUGGGAGAGAACUAUGUCUGAAAUCCUAGAGGGCUGCUGCCAGUCAGUGUAGACAUUACUGAACUAGAUGGUCUAAUCAUCUGACAUGGUAUAAGACAGGUUCCUGUGCUCCUUUGUUUGUUUGUUUGCUCAAUUGCUUGCUUGUUUAUUAUUUUAUUAAAACAUUUCUAGACUGCCCUUCAACCCUCUCUGUAUGCAACAGUGAUAUGCAAUAUGCAUGAGUAAGCCUAAACAUGUCGCCAAAAUGAAACAGAAUUUUUUUUAAACCCAUAUGAGCUAACUGAAGUAACCUACUUUAAAAACACCUUGGCAGAAGUGAGUGUAAAGUCAGUGUUAACUAUGCACCUUAGGGAAGGCCAUUCCAAAUGUUUGGGGCUACCAAAGACAAGGCUCUUUUCGUUGAUGGUGGAUAACUAACUGCACUUAGGAUAACUAACCUCACUUAAGAGGCUGAUAUAGGAAGAGGCGAUCCUUCAGGUAUUUGAGUCCCAAGCCAUUUCUCAGAAGCAAACAGGCACCCAGCAUAAUAGGUGCGGAGUGAUAUGACUAAAUUCUGAUGGGGAGGGAGACGAUAUUACAGAUGGGAAACACCUGGUACUGGGGAUAAUAGCUACACUGAUGCACAGGAAACUGAGGCAGUGCUACAGAAACCUGCUAAAGGUCAGGAAACUAGAAGAAGGUAGCAGGGAAUGACUCAGUUGUCUCUAUACUAAUGCACAGAGUAUGGGAAACGAGCAAGAUAAAGUUGAGCUCUCAAUACAGGUUGACAAAUGGGAAGAGAUUCAUAACUUGGGAGUAUGGAAGGCAUAUUGAGAAUAUAUGAGUAAAAACUGUAGGAGAGGGAAACAGCUGUGACCUUCCUGCUAUAGUCCUCCAAGCGGGAUGAAAUACUUGAAUGCAGAUUACCAAAUUACUGGAGCAGAUUACCAAACAUUCAAAAAGGAGAGUUAUAGCAGUCAUGGGAGACUUCAACUACCCUGGUAUCUGUUGGAACUCAAACUCUGCUAAGAAUGUAAAGUCCAACAAGCUCCUCCAUUGCCUUUCUGACUAUUUCAUUUCUCAGAAGGCAGAAAGACAAGCUGGAAGUACUGGGAAUCUUGGGAGGCAGUGAUCAUGUCCUCUUGGGUUUCAUGAUACAGAGGCAAGGGAAAGCUGGGUGUAGCCAGGCAUGCACUCUGCACUUUAUGAAGGCUGAUUUCAAAAAGCUUAAGGAACUGCUAGGUGAGUUCCCAUGGUCAGAAAUGCUUAAAGAGAAGGGAGUCCAAGAUGGAUGCGAGUUUCUUAAAGGUGAAAUACCGAAGGCACAAAUGCUGACAAUUCCAACAAGAAAGAAAAGCGGGAGGCUUCUAAAGAAACCAGUGUGGCUGCAUAAGGAGCUUACAGAUGAGCUGAGAUUUAAUAAAGGCAUGUAUAAGAAAUGGAAGAAAGGGGAAAUUGUGAAGGAAGAGGAUACACAAGUAGCCAACAGUUGCAGGGAGAAGGUCGGGGAGGGGUAAAGCUCAGAAUGAGCUCAGGUUUGCAAGCGAGGUUUUAAACAGUAACAGGUUUAUUCUGCUAUGUUCGAAACUUUCUGAGUUCUCUAUGUCUUUGGGGAAGGAGGGGGGGUGAAUGCUUUCCAGAGACUGUGAAUCUGUUAACUCUUUCUCUUCUAAUGUUUCUUCUGCUAGCUAUUCCCCAUCCAGUAUUUCCCAGCUUCUGCCUUCUGAACUAUGCCCCUCUGCAAACCACUGUUCCAAACCUAUACUGUCCUCCUGCUCCUGGGAAGAUUCAGGAUCAGGAGGAGGGGGUGGCUCCCACCAUUCUUCCUCAGUGCAGCCCUCCUCAGCAUGGUCCCUGACAGUAAGACCCCAGGUUCAGGCCCAGACACCUCCAGCUUAAAAAAGAAAAGAAAAAAGAUCAGGUUUGCAGGUAAUGGGAAAGAUCGCUUCUACUAGACCCUUCAGAGUCAUUGCCACUCAAAAGAAGACAAUUCUGGCCUCAGGUGGACAAAUAGCCUGGCCUGCAAAGGGACAGAUGCCUGUCUUCCUAAGAGAAUAUGUGUCAUUUGGAUCUCCUGGCAUUCCUGUUAAAUCCCUCCAGCCUCUGUUGAAGCCUAUCUUGUCACACACCCCUCUCCAUUAUCAUACAUAUUUCUGUGCCCACACAAACCCCUGGAUCCAUUUGCGGAUGACUCAUUUUUCCUUUAGACAGUGAGAUGAGCCGAGCAGAGAGAGAGAGAAAUCCAGAGGGGCAAAAUACACUUGGAAAGACCAGAGUCCUUUUGAAUAGCACUCAACGCUCUGUCGAGGUCACUCCACUUGCCAUUGUCUCUCCGCUUCUUGUGAUUACAGAAAAGCGCAGCAGAGAUGAGUACAUCUGAUUGCUGGCCCAGUGGGGAAGUGAGCGCGGAACAUUGCUUGUAGAAUCAUAGAGUUGUAGAGCUAGAAGGGACCCCCUGAGGGUUAUCUUGCUCAGCCCCCUGCAAUGCAGGAAUCGCUGCUAAAGAAUCACUGGCAGGUGGCCAUCUAACCUCUGCUUUAAGCAGCUCCAACGAAGGGAAGUCCACCACCUUCUAAGAAAGUCUCUUAUGCUGCUGAACGGCUCUCGCCAUUAGGGAGCUCUUCCUAAUGCUUAGUCGGAAUCUCCUUUCUUGUCAUUAGAAUCCGUUGGUCCAAGCCCUGCUUGCUGGAACUGCAGAAUGCGCCAUCGUCAAUGGGACUGCCCUUCAGAUAUUUGAAGAUUGCUAUCUGUCAGGGACUGGGCAGAGGAGGAAUGGUGGAGACCGCCUUCCCUUCUUGACCCUUCCAGGGAGGAGGAAGAGGAUGACAGUAUAGAUUUACAACAGGGGUUUGAGGGAGGUCGCAGCUCAGAGGCAGAUGAGGGGGAAAGUUGGGAAAUCAUGGGAGAGCCAGAACAACGACAGCCAGCUGACACAUUGUCAUUAGAAAGCAUUCCAGACCCUCCCUCUCCCAGAACCCAGCGAGCUUUAAAAGUAGGAGAGCAAAGAGCUCAAAGGCAGAGGGCACGUAGCAGCACCCGUAGAGUUGGCGAUGAGAAUGACGAAUGAGGAAGUGGGAGAGAAGGAGGGUGGAGAUUCACUCGGGACAACACCAUUAUCCAAGAGGCUGGGUUCUAUAGCCUCUCUCUUUAAAGAUUGAAAUAAAAAAGGACGGUAAGAAACUUUCCCUUGUCUUUAUACUUUCCUGGGCAACCAGCCGGGAACCCCUGACAGCAUCCUGACACUAUCAUAUGGCUUGGCGUUUCUCAAACUUACUCAACUUUAAUAAUAACUUUAAUAAUAACUCUACCCUUUUCUAAUAGGACCGUCUCCCCCCGCGGCACCUGGCUCUAUGUGGAUGAGGGUAUAUGGAUCAUUUCUGUUGGAUUUUUAUAUGUAAUAAAAUAUAUGUAUCAAAGCCCCCCAUCCUCAUCACAGGUACAUUUACACCAACAGGUUGAUCUCGAUCUAGUGGUCAAUUGUGGGGUGUCCCUGGUCGAUCUUUGGACCCCCUGAGAAUUGUUACCCCCCACCAAAAAAGGGGGGGGGGAGCUCAACAGCUUUGGCUUCCUAAAAAAAGCUCAACAACAUUGUCAAUGGGUAGAUCACUGCCAGUUUUUUAAUACUGUGAGUAGAUUGCAGUCUCUUGGGAGUUGGACGUCCCUGCACAAAUGAUUCUUAUCAACCCAUGCAAAUUAUUGUUAGAUAGAUAAUUGCAUUUCUAUUUCACCAUUUUCUCCAAAGAGCUGAAGGCACACAUGGUUCUUCCCCCUCCUCAUUUAAUCCCCACAACAACCCUAUGAGGUUCAGAGGCAAUGACUGCUGCCAGCAGCUUCAACAGUUCCAUCAGAAAUUUCCCACAUGCCUUUCCUGCUUCCUCUUUUGCCACUGUAAGGACCAGUUGUAUACUCUCUCUUUUUUUAAAGCCUGGCAUGUGUUAGAUUUUGUUCCCAUUCAUCCAUGCACACCUGCUUAAGCUUCACAGCUGCAGCGUUCCUGGGAAUCUUGGCUUCCUGUGCAGCAUCUGCUUUUCCUGAAAUGCUUCAAGGUUCUGGUGCACCACUGAUCCUUAAUAUGGCUGCGGGAGGCAGGGAGGGAAGAAGGUGCAUUGUUUUCCAUUCUGCGCCGCAUUUGUCACGUGCAGUGCUGUUUCUAUUCUGCCACAGUUCGUCUUCUGCCCCAAAAAUACAGUAUUCAUCUUGCUAGCGACUGGCAAAAUUAUGUAACCUACGUGUGAUUAAUUUCAUCAAUCAUGUUGUCUUAUUCCAGGUCUUCAGUGGGCACCAAAAAGACAUUGCCUGUGUCAGAUUUAAAGGGGGGGGGGAGUUAAGUGUAGGGGCCUCCACAAAAAAGGCCUGACUCCUACAUCGUAUAGAAUGGACCUCAUGAGAAGAUGGCGUCUGUGGGAGGCCCUCUCCUGCAGAGCUCUGCGAUCGAUGGGGUAUAUAAGGGGUGAGAUGCCUUUUCAGAUAGCCUGGUCCCAGUAGGACUCUAUACACCAAAGCCAGCACUGUCUGGUAGCUAAUUGGUAGCAUUUGUGGAGUAGGAGGUGCUGAGAUCUGCCAGGAUGUCUCAGCAGAACCUCCAUGAAAAGAAGCAGUAUAUCUGAACAUCAGUUGCCAAGCUAGGAAAAAGCCACCCCCCUCUGGGGUCUACUCAUGUAGUAGCUGGAGGCAAUUGGGUCUCGACUGGAUAAAAUGAGAUACUGGAUUAGUCAAAGGGCAUUUUUAUGUGCUCUAGCAGGCUCAGACCAGUCACUCCUGGCAGAAGGCAGCUUGCUGCUUCCUUCCGUCUCAGACCAUUCCUUGAGGCAGUUUUCUGCAGCAGAGCAGGAAGCCAGCACCCUCUUUUAUUAUAUUCCUGUGUGUUUUGUUUUUCUCUCCUCUCCCAGCUCACCUUGCAGAGCACAAAGUCCCGUGUGGCCUUCUUCGAGGAGCUCUAGUAAGCGAGCCGGUUAUUUGCUCCUGAGCCAGCGCCCAACUGAUGCGGACCCUCCGUUUGAGGACUCAGCCAUAGCCAGCCACGAAUCCCUCCUUCCCGGCUGCCCCCUGAACUGUGACCCCCUCUUCACACGUUUUCGAAGAGUUUGACGUGACGCUCCCCUGCUUCGUACUUUGUAGUUUUUUUGGUUUUUAAUAAUCUUUGUAUAACACACGACUGUGAUAUACCAUUUAGCUUCUUCUUCCUUUUUUAAAAAAGUGUUUGUAUUGAUUGUGACUUGUAUUAACGUGCUCCCAAGACGGGGUAGGCGCGGCACCAGCAUGAGACCCCUUUUUGCUUCCCACCUCUCUGUAGGGACACGACGCCGCUCCCUCCUGCGGACGAGAGAGGCGGCUCUUUCCUGAAGCUCGCAUCAAGGAGCCUUUAACAUCUAGCAUGCCCUGUCUGCUAGCGCAAGACCCCAUGUGCUCGUGGGUGCCAGUUUAAAGCUUGCACGACAAAGGGAUCCGGCGCAACAGUUGCACGGGAGGAAGCUGGUUGGGGAACAGCCGCUCCUGGCGCAACAGCCGGUUCUUGUUGUGCGAUCCGUUAUGCGGCCAUCGCGGGUGCUGCAUAUUCGUUCCCCCUUGCACAACAAGUGACUUCAACUUAGCUCCCUACAUUCUGAACCAAAUGGAAGUAUAAUCAGGGAGUCUCUCUUAGACGUCAAGCUCUCUCCUUCCUUCUGAACCAAGCUGGGAGAGAGUAGUUGGGUGGACUCUGAAGGAAGCUGCCUUCUGCUGAGUCAGACCACAGGGUCCAUUUAGCUCAGUAGUGUCCACACCAAUUGGCAGCGUCUCUCCAGGAUUUGGGGCAGGGGGUCUCUCCCAGCAAAAGCAGAUGCUCCAAAAACUGAACUACAGUCCUUCCCCCAUGCCACCUUGACCCAGGGUUUUGUAUUUUGUUUUUGCACUUUGUUUCAAGGCAUAUCAUUUUAAUCACGGGAUUUGGGGUGGGGGGUUUUGUGCAAAAAUUUGUUUCUCUUAAGAACUGUGAUAGCGUCAGGAAUGGGGAGGGAGAAGUAUGGGGAAUUUGGGGGCCCGGAAGCCCCAGUCCAAGGUGCUGUGGAAGAUGCAGGACUUUUAGAUGCAGAACAACAGAGCCCCUCCGCCAUUUGCCCCCAACCCACGCUAAUCCACUGUGAGAUUUUGAACUCUUAACUGACAGGGCAGGCGCCUCUUUGUAAAGACUCCUUUUUUGCUUUUUAAAGUUAAAUUGAGUACUAGACUGCAGUGGCUUCAUGCCUGAGAAAAUACGUGUAGCUUUGCAAAAAAGCACACCCAGCAUUCACUCCUGUGGGAUGACUGUCAGGGAGCAACGUGCAUACACUAAACUACUCUCCCUCUCACUCACACACAAAUCCUUUUCCUUCUCAGCUUCUUGCAUUCUGAUCUUCGGUCCUUUAAAAAAGAAACCCGCAACUCUUUGUGUACUGCAAUACCUCAGUGAGAGACGAUCUCUCUCGCUCAAAAGCCUCAGAUGAAUUUUCUAGCUUCUAAGCCUUUGCACUGCCCCCUGGUCCUGUUGAUAUUCUUUUUGUGCUGCUAUCAAGGGAUGCAAUGACUAAAGGGGCCUGCCAUUUUAAAGGUGGAGUUUCUAUUGCUCUCAAAGUGGUGCUGUUCCCAAAAUAAACAUAAAACCCCAGCUGUGUUAGUUUCCCACUUCCAACAUGGCCACCAUGCCUGUAGGCUCACCUUGUCUCACCUUUCCUCGUUUUAUGAUCGGUCGAAACGAUGGAUUCGUACAAGUUCGAAAACAGGAGUAGAGGGGCCAGUGGGAGGCUGAGCUUAUAAGCAAAGGGUUGUUUCUGGGGUUACUAGUAGCAGCACAGUCAGAAAGAACCAGUCAAUCUGAACCUGGCCAUCUUGUUUGAAAGAUGCCAGAUUAAAGGUGCAUUGGGUGAUGUCCUGUUCAGGAUCCGCAAAACACUGACUGAUUCUGCAUCACACAAAAUCGGAUGUAAGCAGCUAGAGUUUCUGGACAGCUGAAAAGAGAAGCGCUUGCUUUUCCAGGCGAGUAAGAGAAAUAAAACAGCUGAUGAAAGUUUAGGACUAGACAAAUCUUGGAGGAUAUGUCUCUCAAUGGCCACUAGCCAUGGUGGCUGGGUUCCACCUCCACUGUCGGAGGCCGUAUGCUUCUGAAUGCCAGUAACUGGGAAUCACAAGUGCAGGCAGUUGCCGUUGUGCUCAGAUCCUGCUUGUGGGCUUCCCAUUGGAGCAUCUGGUUGGCCACCGUGAGAACAGGAUGCUGGACUAGAUGGGCCAUUGGCCUGAUCCAGCAGCCAGGCUUUCUCUGUCUUUUGCUGGUAAUGGCAAACCAUGUUUUGGCUUAGAUUGUCAAAGCCAUUUUUAAGUCGCUUUUUAGCUUUUUAAAGAGCAAACUCAAAUGUUUUUUGAAAUGCUGGUGUGCAUCCUCACUUCACACGGGCUGAGGCCCAAAUCGUUUUACUGUGCAUUUGUCUGAAUCCUUGAGAGAGCCACGGCACUUGCAGUAAAAUAGGGCUUUGUUUCCUUAGAGCCAGCGGUUCUCAACCUGUGGGUCCCCAGAUGUUGUUGGACUACAACUCCCAUCAUCCCUGAGCUCUGGCCUUGCUAGCUAGGGAUGAUGGGAGUUGUAGUUCAACAACAUCUUGAGGACCCACAGGGUGAGAAAGGCUGCCUUAGAUGGUUGCCUUGGGUGUUACUCUAGCAGUGUUCAUCCAUUGGGAACUGGGUUGCAGAGCUCUCUGGUUCCCACUGUUGCCAGAGUCCUCCUGAUCCACCCUCCACUAUCAAUAGAGGGCUGCCAGUGUCUUCUAGCCACAAUGGCUUUGCUCUGGGGGCAGUAAUGCUUCUGAAUCCCACUUGCUAAAAGCCACAGGAGGAGAGACUGAUCCUGCACUCAGAUUCUGCUUUCUGAGUUUCCCAGGGACAUCCGGCAGGGCUCUUCUUGACUUCACUGCUCAAAAGACCGUGUCCCAGAUUUAAAGAUACGGCCUGUGCCCACCCUGCAUUGGUGGUACAUAAUUUUAAGAUGGGUCUUCUUCAUCGCAUAUCCGCAAACACUUUUCGGAAGCGGGCAAGUCAGGCCCUAGAACCAGACCUGGGUUUUGUGGCCUUACCCACAUGUGAGUCGAAGUUGCAUUUCCUGCAUUGCCUAUCCAGGGGUUGCCAACUUUUUUUUAAAAAGGCAUGUGGGUAUCUUUGGAUUUUGGAGUGGUUGGUGUGGGUGCCACUCCCUCUGGUUAGUUCUCUCGCUCACCCAAGUGUUGCCCGACCUCUCUCAUUGCAUUUGGCUCCUGCAGUGCAAAUUGGGCAACCGUGGAGUAAAAAGCAAGGAGGGUGUGUGAGAUGGUGGAGACAGAUUUGCUGCCUGAAAUACGAAACAGCAGCUGACCCUCAGCAUGGUCUCUGUCUGGAGGUAGGUAAUGGGAACCUGUAGCCUUCCAGAUGUUGUUGAAGUCAUCAUCCCUGGCCAUGAGAUCAUGGUGGCUUCUGGGAAUUAGAGGUCAACAACAACUGGAGGGCCAGGCAUUCCUUGCCCUUAAAUUAGAGUGGAGGGGCCCAGACACAUUUGAUCCCUGGGGCCUCUGUCACUGAAUCCCAGACAUGCGUCUAGCCCAGAUGUUCAACCCAGAGUUUGGUGCAACAACCUUUCCCCACCCUGACUUGUUUUCGUGGAUGGGAGUGUGUCUCUCUUGAUACUAUUAUUUUUUACAAAAAAGAAGUUUGUACUGAAUAUUGAAAAUGUAUAUCUGAAAUUCAGAUAUCUCACAUCCCCCCCCCCCAAAUUGUGUUGUUUCCUUAAAGGGGGGGUCUUGAUAUGGACAGACCCUAUUUUCUAUUCCCAUGGAUUGUUACAUACUCUGCAGAAUUGAUUUGUUUCUCAUUUUGGGUUUUAAUAAAAGUUCCAAGUACUUGGAGAGAUCCGCCGUGGGCGGCA